AUGCGCGCACCCUAUCCUAAUGCUCUUGUUGCAAAGGCAAGGCCAAAACAUGGAAGAAAGUGGUCAGGAAUGAAUAAACCCCAGAAGUUCUGUUCUGGUUUUAUGAAUGAAUAACGCGUGUAAAGAUGAGUAGCUAAUACAGUGGUGUUACCUUCUUCCGCCCACAAUGCCCCAUGUUCACCAUCUCUGUGAAGGUGUGAAAAGGGCUUCUAAGCUAUGUGCUUUUUCUCUUCCUCCUCCUUUACACAGUAAUGCUUCGAAAUACCAGUUGCUGGAAACCCUAGGAGACGAGAGAGGUACUGUUUGAGGGUUCCCCAUGGGCAUCUGGUUGGUCACUGUGAAGAUGCUGGACUAGAUGGGCCACAGUGAAGAUGCUGGACUAUGUGGCCUAGGACCCACGUACCUACAGGACCGCCUCUCCUGGUAUGCCCUGCAGAGGACCUUAAGGUCCACAAAUGACAAAAUUUUGGAGGUCCCAGGUCACAAGGUGAUUAGAUUGGUCUCAACUAGGGCCAAGGCCUUUUCAUUACUGGCCGCGACUUGGUGGAACGCUCUGUCCCAAGAAACUAGGGCCCUGCGGGACUUAUCAUCUUUCUGCAGGGCCUGCAAGACAGAGCUGUUCCGCCUGGCCUUUGGUUUGGACUCAGUCUGACCCUUAUGUUUCCCUCCCUUAUGGUCUUGAUUUAUCGGCUACUUUUAAAAUGAGGCUGCAUUUUAAAUUGCAUUUUAACCUGUAUUUUAAAUUGGGUUUUUCCCCCCUAUUAUGUUUUUGCUGUGAUUUUAUUGGUGUUAGCCGCACUGAGCCUGGCUCUGGCUGGGGAGGGCGGAGUAUAAAUGAAAUUUAUUAUUAUUAUUACAUUUAUUAUUGUCCUGACCCAGCAGACUGCUCUUAUGUUUUAACUGUUAUUGCAAACUUGAACUCACUACCUUGUGAGGGGGAUGCACCUUAGAACGCUUUGCCCAAGCCCCCUUCAAAACCUGCAGUGGCCCUGUCUGGGGUAAAAUAAUUAUAAUGCAUUUACCCAGUCCAACACCUUGGGGCGGGGCAAGGGACCUGAGGCCCUCCAGAUGGUGUUGGAAUCCAUCUCCCAUUAGUCCCAGCCAGCAUAGCCAAUGGGCAGGGGAUGAUGGGAUAUGUAGUCCAGCAACAUUUAGAGGACCACAGGUGCCUCAUCCCUUCCCUGGGAGAUGGACAGGCUACAACUGCAUUUUUUAAAAAAAUGUGUUUCUCUUAUUCUGGCUGUUAUCCAAUGUACAAACCCAUUCAGAACUGGACUGAAGCAAAGUAAAUCACAGAGAAAGAGAGAGAGGGAAAUCAUCUUAAAAUGGAAAGUGUCGGAGUCUGUUUUUCAGGCCCAGCUGUGUGAGCCUGACUCAUUAAUAAUCUCAUCACUCUUCCGAUAUUGUUCCUGAAAUCACUUCUUGAACAUUUCCAUGAAAACAGUUUUUCUUCUUCUUCCUAUUUCGGCACAUGGGACACUUUUAUUAAAGGAGGCACUUACUUAAGCUUAGUCUUCUGCUUCUAUUUAUAACCCAUUGAAAACGAGUUGGAAGAAGCACGUGCUUCCCUUUCCUCACAGUCCAUGGCUGGUCCCCAAGGAGCGGAAGGAGAGGAACGGCAUGGAAAGAUGUGGGGAUCAGCUGAUGGGCCGGGGCUGGGGGGCAGGGAAUAGACCAUGUCUCAGUUACAGAGCAACAGCUUGGCAGGCAGAAGAGCACAGCAUCUCUGUUUAAAAUAAGGGUGCUGGUGGACUCCAGCUCCCAUCAGUCCCAGCUGGAAUGGAAAAAUGGAGGGGAAUGAUCAGGCCCGUCUUAAGCAUAUCCGGUGCCGUGGUGCAAAGAUCCCUCCGGCGGCGCCCGCCCCCCCCCUUUCCCAGAGUUGUCGGCCUCUUCCCAAGCCUCUGCAGGGAUCGCUCUCCUCCUGCAGAAGCUUGGGAGGCAAGCUGCACGCCCGCCAGCCAUAUGGUUCAUGGGACACAGCUGACGGACGUGCAGGGAAAGGGGAGGCCGCCGGCAAAGCCGCGCAGCUCCCCCACUUCCUGGGGUGCCCCUGAGGCCAGCACCCUGGCUCAAUGCGCCAGUAAGCCUAAUGGGAAGGAUGGCUCUGGGAAUGAUGGGUGUUUGGGGUCUGACAGCAAUUGAAGGGCAUGGGAUGUCCACCUCUGAUUUAAAGGGAGUCUUAGGUACCAAGCAGGGAAUAACCACUGUCUAAGACCUUGGAAAAAACCCCAUCAAGGUAGACUGUCCUGGAUAAGAUCCUAAAGUACAUGCUGCAUUAUAAAGGACUAUAGAAAUCAAAUCUGAGCAGAUAAUUUCUGUAACCACUGGAUCUAUUUGACUUUCAGAAAAUAUCUGAAGGCAGCCCUGUUCAGGGAAGUUUUUAAUGGUUGAUGUUUUACUGUGUUUUUAAUAUUUUGUUGGGAGCCACACAGAGUAUCUGGGGAAACCCAGUCAGAUGGGCAGCAUAUAAAUAAUAAAGUUGUUGUUGUUCUUAUAUUGGGGAGUGACUGGCUGGUCAGCAGCAGCAAGCGGUCAAUAAUAAUAUAAUAUUAUUAUAAUAAUUCAUUAUUUAUACCUUACCCAUCUGGCUGGGUUUCCACAGCCACUCUAGGUGGCUCCCAACAGAUUAAAAAUGGAAGACAUCAAACAUUAAAAACUUCCCUAAACAGGGCUGCCUUCAGAUGUCUUCUAAAAGCCUGGUAGUUGUUUAUUUCCUUGACAUCUGAUGGGAGGGCAUUCCACAGGGUGGGCGCCACCACCGAAAAGGCACUGCAGCUCUGCAGGGGAUGGGGGGUGGAAACAGUGGGUGAUGGCCAAAGGCACCGGCUCCUAGGGGCUGAAGUGCCCCCAAAAUGUGGGGGUUUUUGAGGGAGCUGGGCCCCCUCAAUGUUCAGAAGGCAUUUGGCUCCUCACACAUUGCACACACCAUGUCAGGACAUCAUAUCAGCUUCAUCAUCCUGAGAAGCUGGCACCUCUGGUAAUGGGCUAGAGCAGAGGUCAGCAAACUUUUUCAGCAGGGGGCCAGUCCACUGUCCCUCAGACCUUGUGGGGGGCCGGACUAUAUUUUGGAAAAAAAAUAAUGAUCAAGAGCACCACAAGCCCCGGUGGCUGCUUACCUGUGUCUUGCGAGCGGCAGGGGCUGGCAGCGGAGGGACGAUGAGUGGCGCGCGAAAGGGUCUGGAGAGGGGCUGCUUAAAAUGGCGGCUGCUUGAGCGCUGCUGCUGCUGGCACCAACAAAGCCCAGCUCCCUUCCUCCUCUAGGCAGGGCGGGGAGAAGCCAGGAGGAGGGAGGGAGGAAGCACAACCACUGCCAUGUGUGAGAGAGGGAAACAACCCACGCGUGCUGAUGUUUCACGCAGCAAUUCCUGGACCAUCCACGGGCUGGAUCCAGAAGGCAAUUUUGCCUGAUCCGGCCACUGGGCCUUAGUUUGCCGACCCAUGGGUUAGAGCAUGGGUCAGCAAACUAAGGGCCGGGACCGGAUUUGGCCCCCAAUAGCCUUCCAAUCCGGCCCACAGAGGGUCCGGUAAUCAGCAUGAUUUUACAUGAGUAGAAUGUGUGCUUUUAUUUAAAAUGCAUCUCUUGGUUAUUUGUGGGGCAUAGGAAUUCGUUCAUUUCCCCCCAAAAAAUAUAGUUCGGCCCCCCCACAAGGUCUGAGGGACAGUGGACCAGCCCCCUCCUGAAAAAGUUUGCUGACACCUGGGCUAGAGGCAUUGAUCCACCACCCUGGUAACCCACCACUUGAGGCAAGCAGCUCACUUUAGCUUAUAAGUGAGCUGACCUUGUUCACACAGCAACAUUUUAUUGCAGCUUGUCCUUAUCAUUACUAUUUAUGUAACAAUAGUAGAUGAAAUAAGGAACGCUUCCAACUUAAUACAUGAAUCUCUGACCCAGAAAUGAAUGUUUUGAUAGCCUGUCGUGUGGUAUUGCACUCCGAUGACAGAUAAAGAGAGACAGUGAUUUAAUUUAUUGCAUCAGUAAAGAUAUUAAUUUAAUUUAUCUCUGUUGAUUAUUAUUGCCAUCAAGAAAAGUGCAUGUUCUAAAAAGGGAGUUAAACAGAUAACUGAAUUAUGAUUCUGUUUCAGGGGAAAUAAAGGGUUGGAAACGACAAAUGGAACUUCUUUAGGACAAUUUGGAGGGCUCAGAAAAUGAGUAAUUAUUUUCAUAAAAUACGCUGAUUUCUGUCUCAUUUUCUAACCCUUUUAAUAAGUAUUUCAGAAACUCCGGCUUAGCAAUAGAGAGAAAUGGCAUACACAGUUUUGGCUCAUCAGGCUUCAAGCAGCCUCACUUGAUACUAAGAACUUUAUUAAGUUGGCGUUUCUGCUGAAGAUCAGGAGAAUGUUUCAAAGAUAACAUGAAGAAACAGUGACUGCAAAGCAGACUGUGAAGGGUUGUUUCCUCUAAGAAAUAAUAUGCUCUAAUUAAUUUCAGAAGUUACAUUAAAGUUACUCUGGGGAUGGCUUGAACUUAGAAAAAUUAUGACGCUAAUUAAAUUCCCUGCACAUACAUUUGGAUUAUAAAGGUAGGGCUUUAAAAAUGUCACUUUUAAUUUCUCCAUUCUUCUUUUUACAGAUCUGCAAUGAGACAUUGUAGUCCUGGUGGGCUAUCGUGGCUGUUCGGGUGACUCACCCUUUGAGAGUCAUCUCCCCUAAUACACAGGCAGCCCAAGGGCUGUUUUGAGUUUUACACUGCAGGAGGCAUGGUGAAUGCACACAAAUUACUUGCGCUUUCCUGCAUACCCACUAAUAAUGUUAACACCAAAUUGCUGACUCAUGCAUCUCAACAUGAUUCUCUCAAAGUUACCUGAAGUGAUCUCUGGAGCACCUGGAUCUGACUGUGGGUGAGAUCCAUGUGCCAGCAAUCUGGAUUUUACUAUUUGAUGAGCAUUUACAGAGGGAGAGAGCGCGCUAGUGAAUCUCAGCUCUGCAAUAUUGUGCCUGGUAAAAUAUAACAUUUGAACUGGCUCUGAUGCCCAAGCAAGAGAAGCACAAGUCGGACAUGGGACAAAAUGCUACAGCAGGGGUAGCCAACAAGGUGCCCUGAUGUUAGGGAUUGGACUCAAGAGGGUGAGAUGGAGGAGAAGGAAUGGUGGAGAUCACACACACACCUUUUCCUGAUGCUGCAGGAGAAGAGGGAGACAGCCUUGAAUUACAGAAGGUUUGAGGGGUUUGAGGAAAGUCACAGCUCAGAGAGAGACAAACAGAAAAGUUGGGAAGUGUUAUAAGAAGUGGGGGGAACUGCAGCAGGGCAGCCAGAUGACACGUUGUCACUGGAAAAUAUUUCUGACACACACCCCCUUCUCCCAGAACGCAGCGUUCGUUAAGAGUAUAGGAACAAAGGACUCAGAGACAACUGGCCACGAGUGGCUGCCAUAAGGGAAGAUGCUGUUGCUAGGAAGGUAUCAGGAAUGAGCCAGCACCAAGUGGAACUUUACAGCCAGCUGCAGAAUACUGGCAGAACAGAAAGGUUUCGAAUUGAUGCAGGCUGAGCAGAGGCUAGAGCUGCCAGCGCUGACUCCCUCUGACCUUGGACAGCCGGUUGCCAAGGGAACAACUGAGAGUGGGCUGGAACACAGCCAAAGCUCUCAGGAAGCUCAAACAGGUGCAAACAGACACAGAGGCAGUCUUUCGGGACAGGAAGAGGUUGGAGCUGAUCCAGUAAGUCCGAAGAGUUAGCGAAUGGGAGGGCUGCUGGACAGGAAGCAAAACAGAGACAUAAGGGGCGAAGGUUCAAUAUCUUCUGUAGGAACUGGAAGGAGUCUUCAGAAGGGUCAUCUUGAGUGAUAAUGUCAGCGGCUUUGUCAGAGCCGCCUGGAGCUCUCUGUUUGUUUUUGCAAUAAAUCCUCCUUUUUAAUUACCUACGCUUACUGUGUUAUCGAGCCGGGAACCUGGACUCCAGACAGAAGGAGGGAGGUGGAGCCCAGUUUGGAGCAAUGCCAUUGUUGAGGCUUGUUGCGUUCUUUUGUCUCUCACUAUUAGGAUUGAAUAAAACUCAUUUAAAAAAAGACUCUACCUUGUUUUCUCUGCUCUUGCUGCAGCCAGGGGAGGAAUAGCUUUCCCAAAGCUUUAGCAGAGCCUCGACACCUGCAGAUGUCAUGGGACUCCAACUCACAUUGGCCCCAGCUGGCAUGGCCAAUGGUCAGGGAUGAUGGGAGUUGUAUCAUCUGGAGGGCACCAGGUUGGCUACCCUUGUUUUAUAAUGUGGAAGGCUCCUUGUUCAGUAUUCUAGUCUCCCUCUCCUCCCACCAACUGUUUUCCAUCCUUCUCCCCCUCCAAACCAUCAGGCAGUAUUCUCUGGGCACUGAGAACAUUCUGACUUCAUUAAGGUUUUUGGUGUGUUUUUUUUUCUGAAGGGGAGGUCUUACAUAUUUUCUAAAACUCUAAUUUCAUUGUACUUCUGCAAACUUUGAGGCUCCUCCAAGCACACUAAUACUUUUAUCUUGCAUGUUGGUGGUGCCAUUUUGGCUACAUCAGAAAGCAUAGUAUGGAGAUGAACCCCAAAGUCAUGAAGUCUACCCUCCAGGGAUCUACAAAGCAAAGCAAGACAUUCAUCCCUCCGUGAUCAGCACACACAACCUGUUGGGAUUUUUGACUACGUGCCAUUCUGUGCAGCUUCACACUGAGUCAAUUAAGCGUUGGCCGAAAGCCAAGAUAACUGAGCAGAGAGGAGUUAUUCUGCCUAGAGAUAUGAAGCCUUGGAGGUCUCACAGAGGCAUGAUGACUUAUGACCUUACUCACUGGAGUUGGUCAGUGUGGUGUUCUGAGUUCUGAGAGUCAUUUGGAGUUUGUUAAGAGAGAGCUAGUUAAGAUCCGUUUCUGUUCUUGUAUAUAGUAACUUGUAGAGACUGCUGUAAAUAAUAAACACCUCUAAGUAACUAGAGUUACUAGUAGCAGCGUCUUGUUCCUGCUUCGUCCAUCCUGCCUGCAAUGAUUGCUUUCUGGAACUCUGCGUAUGCUCUGCUAAGGUCUGGCUAAGGUCCUGCAACAGGUCAAAGUUGCAAAACACCAAUACAACCUGGACCACAGUAUAAUUUUAUUCAGUCACAAGGAAACCAGUCACAAGGAAAUCCUGUUACACACACACCACAUUUAAAUGUGUGUUUUCAAAAUGGGAUUUAGCUAAAAGAUAUAUAGGGAGGCGGAUGUUUGAUGCCAUUCUCUUUCAAGGCUGUCUUCCUGCUUAGCCCUCUGCCUCUAGUGAGGUCUGCUUUCAAAGGAAGCCAAACUGCCCCUGGAACUUCCACACCAUUCGCAGAAGUAGGGAGCUAACACAACAACGCUAACACAGCACCUCAUCAUCAGGGUGAGUAACUUUGGGACCUUGGAAGUCUUUCCCUUCACUUCCACGGACUUCAGAUCCAGCUCUUUAUCAUAUUUGUUAAUGUCAGUUGCCUUGGGGAGACACGCGCUGAAUUCAUCCUGGCCCUCUUUCUCGCUCUUGUUAUAAUCUUUGUUGCGGAGAUAAUAGCAAUCCUGAUACUUUGGCCUUUUCAUUGUUCAGCAAUUUGAUGGCAAUUCCCAUUCUCGGCAUUAAUAACCUGUGGGGAAGAAGUGAAACAGAGAGGUUGUUCAAAAUAUAAAGAAUACAGAAAUGGCUUAAAUAACUGAGUCAUUAAGAUUCUGAUAGCCUCUUUUCCAUGACAAAGAUGGUAAUGAGAAAAGGAAAUAGCAUACUAUGCAUGUAUUCAUUGGUAAAAUGACUAUAAUGAGACCUGAGGACAGGAAAUAAUAGGAAUGCAGGCCAUUUUCAUUAUAGUCCAGAGACUGACAUUUAGUGUUCAUCUCUGCAUUCUAUCCAUCUUGAUAUUUUCCUUGCAUGACGAUCAAAUUCUCUCCCUCUCUCGAUCUCUCUCACUCUUUCUUAUUUCCUUGAAGAGCUUGUUUCAGUGAGUAUGCUAUGCUUCUCCCAAUCUUCAAAGAGAUAAUUGUAGAUCAAAACUGUGUGGCAAAAAAAAAAAGUUGAUGCAUAUUUUCUGUCACCUGCAGAUAUUAACAUUAAAAAGUCUCAGUUGGUCAAAGUCACAUAAAAUAUUUUCCAACGGAUCAGUUACAGGCAUUUUUUUUUAAAAAGCCUUCUUAUGUCCAUGACAGAUCUCUCUUGAUGCUCAUUGCGGUGGGGAGGCCAUGUUCUUUUGGAAGGAGAAAAGAAGAAAUGGAUCCAGUUUUUGUGGGUGGGGGGCUUGGCAAAGCAUUCAUCAGUAAGUUCCCAUGGGCUUAUCUGGCAGCAGUAAACAACAGCAAUACUCUGAUCAGCAUUCAGAAUGUUACAAGCUGCUGUGUUGGGGUAUUAAAACAUACUUAAGGCAAAAGAAACCCACAGUGUGAAUGUGAACUGUCCAAUUUAUUUUACCUAACCAUUAUGCUCUUUAAGCCUUUAGACUGUCAGCCUGGGUAGCUCAGCGGGUUAAGAGUGUGGUGCUAAGAAUGCCAAGGUUGCAAGUUUGUUCCCUGUAUGGGACAGCUGCAUAUCCCUGCAAUUCAAGCGGUUGGACUAGAUGAUCCGCAGGAUCCCUUCCAACUCUACAGUUCUAUGACUCUAUGACCCAAAGAGCUUAAAGGUUUAAAAAAACAAAACAAAAAGCCAUGAAAGUUCUAUCUAGUUCGCUUUCUAAAGGGAUGCUUGUGAACUGGUUUGAGUUCCUUCGUGGACAUGUUGAACCUGAACUUUAGAACCAGCUCUAUGUGGGGCUACCUUUGAAGGUGACCCGGAAACUACAAUUAAUCCAGAAUGAGGCAGCUAGACUGGUGACUGGAAGUGGCCACCGAGACCACAUAACACCGGUCCUGAAAGACCUACUUUGGCUCCCAGUACGUUUCUGAGCACAAUUCAAAGUGUUGGUUCUGACCUUUAAAGCCCUAAAUGACCUUGGCUUAGUAUACCUGAAGGAGCGUCUCCACCUUCAUCGUUCAGCCCAGACACUGAGGUCCAACGCCAAGGGCCUUCUGGCAGUUUCCUCACUGCAAGAAGUGAGGUUACAGGGAACCAGGCAGAGGGCCUUCUCGGUAGUGGCCCCCACCCCAUGGAACGCCCUCCCAUUAGAUGUCAAGGAAAUAAACAACUAUCUGACUUUUAGAAGACAUCUGAAGGCAGCCCUGUUUAGGGAAGUUUUUAAUGUUUGAUGUUUUAUUGUGUUCUGCUGGGAGCCACCCAGAGUGGCUAGGGAAACCUAGCCAGAUGAGCGGGAUAAAAAUAAAUUAUUAUUAUUAUUAUUAUUACUGAACUUCCCAAGCUCUGCAAGGAUGACUAAUGUCAAGAAGUACGGGGUAGAGUAGAGAAGGUUGGUUAAAGGUCAGGCUGAGUCAGCAGCAGUGCCAGGUGUUCAGAAGCAGAAGAGGCACAAUGUGACCAUGACUUUGUGUCCUCUUCCAUUGAGCAAUCACUUCAUACAUAGGGACCAAGGCUCAGUGGUAGAGCAUCUGCUUUGCAUGCAGAAGUUCAGAGGUUCAAUCUCCGGUAUCUCCAAUCCAGGUUGGGAAAGACUCAGUGCCUGAAAUCUCACAGAGCCAUUUGCCAGUCAGGGUAGACAAGACUGGGCUAGUUGGACAAAGGGUCUGACAGGAUAAGGCAGCUUUCUGGGCUCAUGGUGGUCUGCAUCUUUCCCUGCCCACUCUUCCUCAGAACCCCAUGACAUCCAUGAUCUUCUGCCCUCACAAGCAAAUAGAGAUGUAGGUGUCUGUUUAUCACCUACUUAAAUCUGAAAUGGUGCCUCUGGAACCCCUGGAUAAAAACACAGGAAAGCUACAAAGAUCUGAAUAGAACCAGUCCCAAUGGAACCAUUUGGGAUGCAUUGAAAACGUCUGCCAUUAUCUGAAGAUACGCAUGAUAUCCUCAGAUGAAGCUUUUGAUGUCUAGAGAGAGCUUGUGUCCUUUUUUCACUGACAGCUGCUGAGAAGAAGCAUCGCCACCCAGCUGCACAACUUCACGCUUUUCUCAGCUAUGGAUUGAACAAGCCUGGACUUUGUGUUUAAAGUGACACUCCUCUUUGCUCGCUGAAUGUUGCAAUUGCCUCUUGACAAAGGGAAAUCAAACGCACUCCCUUCCCCCACCCCCGGCCCCUCCCCACUGCCAGACUCAGAGAGGGAAGAAAAGAGACUCAUCCUGAUGGAGUAGCAGACAGGAUGCACUCAUCUUCUUUCUUCUUUCAUUUUAUUUAAUUACCUACUCGAGGUUAACUAUCAGGCAGUGGGCAAUCUGGUCGAUGCAGAAACAUAAUAGCCUGACUACAAAAAGCCAGUGGAAGCCUUUUCCCAGAAAAAAAAAGUGUUCUAAAUUUCUAAUCACAUUAAUCUUUUCAUGCAGGAACUUGCAUCGGAGAGAAAGGCUUAUAAGACUUGCCUGUAAACAAGUCCACAAUUUCUCUGUAAUCUAAAGCAAGGGUAGCCAUCUUGGUGCCUUCCAAAUGGUGUUGAAUUCUGAUCAGCCCCAGCCAGUGUCGCAUGGGGUUAGGGAGGACAGGAGUUGUUGCCUGAGGGCACACUGAUAACCUCAGAUUUCACCUCUGGAAGUUGAGGUAGAAUGUAGUCAUCAUGGCAGGUAACCAUUGAUAGCAGUAACCGGCCUUCGGCUGUGACUUUCUCUCAGCCUACCCUACCUCAGAUGACUGUUGUGAUGAUACAUAGGGGAAAUGGUUAAUGGGGCCAUAAUGAAAUGAAUGACAUAAUCAUACAUCGUCCUCUUGACACAAACUGUCACUUGCCCCUUAACGAACUGCUCUCGGCCUAGGCAGGAAUUUUGCUUAAAAAAUGUUUCUGGGGUUCUUCGUUUUUGCAACAUUUUUCAUGUCUCAUUUAUAUUUUGAUACAGAGCCCAGUUCAGUUGAGUUCCAUUACAGGCCUUUUACAUCCCCAAGUUAAUUUUGUCUUCAUUUUCCAAAAUGGGCAUUCGCGUCAUUUGAAAGUAACUUUUAAUUAAAUGUACCAGUAGCGCUGUCAUUAUUACACCUGAAAGAUCCAAACGUCGAUGAGAGCCAAACAGCCACAAUAGAAUCCACUGAAUUCCGCUCAUAUUCCUUUUUGGAGGCUGAUCACCUUUAAAAACUAAUGAGAAUGAACAGUGGGACAAUAUAGGACAGAUCUAAUUAAGAUAAUGAACUGGAGAUUAUGAGCAUUGCUACUGUGUGUCUGAAGAAUUUUAAUAGAGCAGGUUAACAGAAGGUUAAGCAGCCAUCAAAUAUAUUAUUUAGAGACAGACAGAUAGACAAGCAUAAAACUGGGUUUGGAGAGUGUUUGAUUCACCAAUGAGAAAUAGAUACUUUGGAACAGUAAAACCUCACCAAAUACUUUGGAACAGUAAAACACACCAAACUCUGCAGAUUGAGAAAUGUAAGGAAUCCAUUCAGGAAAACACUGCAAGAAGCAGAUAGACAUGUAUAUGGUUGCAACUCUGGGAUAACAUUUCUUGUUCUGGCAGACGAGACCCCAGUCUCCCUCUCAGUGCAUGAAAGGUGUUUCAUUUGAACACCCCUAAAAAGGUUAUCCAGGAUGGAGAAGAGCCAUAAAUCAGAAGGUCCCAGGUUCAAUCUCUGGCAUCUCCAGGUUGGACCAGAAGAGACUCCUUGUCUGAAACCCUUGAGAGCUGCUGAGAGCAUUGUGUGGGCAAUACUGAGUUUGAUGGACCAAUGGUCUCACUGAAGCCUUAUCAUAACACACUUACCAUUCCUCCACUCUUUCCAGGCAUGCUCUGUGUUUUGAAGCUCCAUGUCAGGGUGCCCUAUUUUUCCUACAGAGCUUUCCCCAUGAAAACCUGUUCUUUAAAGCUUAAUCAGAGCAAAUAGCAAUCUGCAGAAAACCUGAAGUGAUGUUUGUUCCAAAUGGGUGAUAAAGAGUGGGUUUUCAUGGGGAAAGCUCCAGGAUAAAAACAAACCAAAAACCAUGCUCAGGCACAGAUUUUUUUAGCACUGACCUGUGCCUGGAAACUGUGUGGCAAAAGAUAAGUAAGGAUAAGCCCUCAGUAGGAGGCAGCUUCCUAUGUUCCUAAGAUUGUUCCAGAAAUGCAAUCCUGAAUCAGUGCAAAUAAAACAUGGAAAACAGCUGGAAUAAAAGGAUGUGCAAAUAUGCCCAAUUUUGAUUUAGUUUCAGAUGGACCAAAAGCUGUUUCUUCAAUCCUAGCCAGAAAAAAUGUAAGAGUAAGAUUUAUUCUUCUUGUUGUUGUUUUAUUAAUCCAUGAAUCUUCCUUCAUGCAAGUCCCAAGGCGAUUUGCAAUCAUACAACAAAAACAAAAGAAAAUAGGUUUAAAAACAGUACAAAUAAACACUCAAAGUAGGAGAGGCCCCUGUACAAACUGAUGUGGUAUAUGUACAGAAGAUGUAGUUCUCUCCACAAUUUAAGAUUGGAGAAAAGAGAAACUGAAAUGGUUGGAUUAGCCCAGAUUGUGUGGAAAGGCCUUUGCAGCACUGCUCAAAAGCACGCUGCUGUAUUUGUUGCAUAGACUGUGGAUUCUUUGUAUGAACACAUGUGAAAUGUGUUUAAGAUGUGGGAAAUGAAAGUAAAAUUGACAGAUUCACCCACCUCUAUGGGGGUUGCAGUCCAACAAUAUCUGGAAGGUCACAGGUCCCCCAAGCCCUGCUGUGGAAACUGGGAAUGUGGCAGAUAGGCUGGAUCUCGGGAGGCGUUUCCAACACGAGAAUAGAAAAAAUAGGCAGCUUGGGGAUGCUUGAAGUAGCUUGAGAACUAUUUAUCAUAAAUGACUAAUGAAGAAUGCAGCGGUGAACUAGUUUCAUCAAAGCUUGUAAUUCUAAUUGCUUGAGCGUGAGUCUCUGGAGCCCUUCUAACUGGAAUGAGUUUUGAUGAGCUCAGGGCAACAGCAGACAUCUCCCCUUCCCAUUCGAGCCUUCAUCUCCAUGGCAGAAAAUAAGACAAAGUCAACUAGUGGUCUUUCAGUUCCUAUAGCUAGUGAAAGGGAUGGUUUCCUUUCGAGUAUAUAUCAAGAGCUAGCUCUUUGUGUGAGGGGGCACGUUUCUAAGUCCCCACUCAGCCAUUUGGAGGGUUAGAUGCUAUUAGUCAUAAACAGGGGCAGGGAGACACUUGGCUUUGUUUACAUUUUAAUGAGGAACUACUUAAUUUGCUCUUCCUGAACCAGUGGGCAAGCCAAAAGAUGACUGUCCUUCUAAAUUCACCCACCUCUGAAUUUUGUGAGGCCAUUCGCUGACGAAACAAUGUGUACAACAUUGUACAUGUUAGAGCAGAGUUUGCAGAAAACCCAAACCACAGUAAACAUGCAGCUGAGAAUGUGGGGAAAAGAUGUUGGCUGGCAACCUGUUCAUGCUUCCUUCUCAGCCACUUCACUGCCAACUGUUCCAUCCUUUUGACAGCCCUGGAUUGCCCUGGAUGCACCCAGAGUAAUCCAGGGCUGACUCAGUCCAUUCUGGGGGAAACCCAGGUUGGCUUGAAUCACCCUGGUUCACUUCAGGAUCCAGAAUUUAUCAGUCCCAAUGCACAACCCUAUUAAAAAUGCCUAUAUUAGUGGGAAUACACAAGUGUAUUACAAUAGGGAAAAUUACUUCCCAAUAUGUGUGCAUUAGUCAAAGCUGCAUACAAAAAAAAUGUGUUUACUAAGAGAAAUGCUCAUUAAAAGGGCGACGUAUUUUUGUUAGGAUUUUAUAAUAGUAAUAGUAAUCAUCAUCUGAUGUGGAAAUUUAGUGAUCUGAAAAAUGAGAAUCUGAGAGAAACUGGAAAUUGACAGAUUCACACAUCCCUAGCUGUAAAUUGCUCCAGAAGAGUAGCCACGUAAUUCUUUCAGUGGUUGGGAAAAUACAUAAAGCAUAUGCUUUUCACCUAUUUUGCAACAUAUUUAAGGCUUUAAACACAUUUGCUCAGUUUCAGACUAUUAGGUCCGUGAUGCAAUUCUCACUAAAGAUACCAGAAUGACCUCUGAAUAGACGGGAAUUCUCUUUAGAAUUUAUAUCAGAAUUAAAUCCAUCAGAUAUGCAUUUAACUCAGCUUGUAUUUGAAACCAUGACUUCAACUCAGCACCUCUUGUCCAGGGCCCCCUCAGACACUACUGGUCAGAAGUGUUGGGUCCAGAGAUGGUGGCAGAGAGCCCUCUGGGAAUGCCGGGACCUUGACAGUUGCCUGAGGAUGACAAUCCCCAAAUAUGAUGCUAAGCAAAGAGGUGGGGUGAUGAUGACUAAGCACUAAUGCAACCUUUAGACAACAAAAACCAUGAUGCAUUGUGAGCGCUGGCUGGAUGUGCCUGUUCCCAGCCAGGGAAAACACACACACAGUCAAACUGAGUAGGAUUAAACCUACUCGUGAGUGGAGGGUGAAAUCCUGCUGGCUGCAGGGGUCUGCUUCCACACCAUGUUUGCCACAAAGAAUGCUCUGCAGAAGCAGACGCAAGCAGGAUUGGAUCCUCCACUCAUCAGGAAUUAGGUAGAUAUGUCUUUAAAUAUGAACUGAAUUAAAAAAAAAAAAAAUUCCACAUCCCUAGACGGGAGGGAGUAAUCUUGCUGUUGAGAGAGGAGUGUGCUCUCUUUAAAAAAACAACAACAACAUGAAAAUGUGCUGUGCUCUGUACAAGAACCGUAAUCUGGUUAAGUCUUUUGUACAAUCCUAUUACAGAGGUUGUGUAUUGCAAAACAAUUGUGGUGAAUGCAAACAGCCGCCAGGUGUCACUAUUGCUGCAUACAAACAGAAUUUUGCUGGCUUUGAGGUUAAACCCUUGGACAAUGAAACACAGUGAAAAGGAGCCGAAUUUAUGGUGUAACUUUAACCACAGUUACUAGUCAGACCUAUCAAACUCAAAGUCUCUUACAUUCGAUGCUCUUGAGCUUCAGCUCCCAUAAUCCCUGGCCAUGAUGGCUGGAGCUGAUGGGAACUGGAGUCUGAGAACAUCAGGAGGGCCACAAAUGGUUCUCCAUCCUUGGUCUUAAUCUUUAAGACUGAAAGAGGCAUUGGGACAACAGUGCUGUUGGGUACAAUGUACAAUCAGGAAAACACCAUCUUUCUGCGGGCAAAGUAUCCAUUCGCUUGCCCGAACUGGAUCAAUCAAUCUGUUGAAAAACUUUGAUAGAUUUUUCUGAGCAUUCAAACCUGAAAAGCUGACCUAGGGAAGGGAGCCAACUGGGCGAAAGCAGAAAUGUGGUAACUGCGUGCUUCCAGAUCCUCUGGGACUACAACUCCCCUCAUCCUUGACCAUUGCCCCUUGCUGCCUGGGACUGAUGGGAGUUGGAAUCUAAGAAUGUCCUAUGGGCCAUAGGUUCCCUGCUCAUGACAUAUUGCCUUCACACACUCACCAGACAUUAUCAGUGCUGCUGUAGGAUGUUCAGUUAAUACCUGCUUGUGAGAAUAUGGGCCCGAGAUCUUAUAGCUCAGCAACCCUGGUUGCAACCAAGUUCUCUGGAAAAACUGUGAUAGCAAUAACACAACUGACAUCUUCUUUCAGGAAGCAAAAUUGAAAGACCACUUAACUGCUGCAGAACGGUCCCCCAGCAGCUCUUUCCCUUCAAGGUGCCUUCAGUGGAAGUUUCAGGCACUAAAAAUAAAAGCCUUAGAUCAUCAACCCACUUCUGGUCACUGAGCUGGUUAAUGCAGACCUUAUGGGGGUAAAUAUAUAUAUUUGCAGUACUUUCCGAUGAGCUGUGUAAUACAAUCCACUGGGCAUCCCUAUAUUGAUCUAAUGUAAUUAUUUUCAGCGGAGUGGAGUUUGGAAAAUAUAAGGUCCUCUAAUGAAUACCAUGAAGGGAAGGGGAAAUAUAGCUUCAAUGCAUUAAGUCUUAAUUGAAAACACCAAAGAUGGAAAGAUGAGGAUUAUUUAGAAGCAGGAGGAAGAGGCUGUAAUGUAAGUCCUCUGUAAUCACAAACAGGGUAGCAGUUAUAAUUACAGAGAGGCAUUAUAUAACAAGAUCUAAUAAUUUAACCGAGUCAGCCUAUCCUCAAGUUAAUUCUGCUGUGCUAGAUAGGAUAGCUCUUCUUGAACCCCCUUUUGCCUGCAGAGAGCAAUGUUAUGCUGGCAGACAAGAUUAUGCAAGAGGGGAAACUGAGGCAAGUUGAGGGCAUGAGUGGCAGAAAGCUGCUGUGUGCUAAAACAUACCAUUGGCUCAUUUCUCUCAAUUUUGCCUAUGCUGACAGGCAGCUGCUCUCCAUGUUUUCCAGUAAGGAUUUUUUUCCAGCCCUACCUGGGGAUUUUGCCUCAAACCCUCUGCAUACAAGGUAUGUGCUGCUCAAUUGAGCUAUAGUGGUGCUGUGGUCUAAACCACUGAGCAUCUUGGGCUUGCUGAUCAGAAGGUCAGCGGUUCGAAUCCCCACGACGGGGUGAGCUCCUGUUGCUCUGUCCCAGCUCCUGCCAACCUAGCAGUUUGAAAGCACGCCCGUGCAAGUAGAUAAAUAGGUACCACUGCGGCAGGAAGGUAAAUUGUGUUUCCGUGCACUCUAGCAUUCAUCACAGUCCUCUGUGCACCGGUAGCAGUUUAGUCAAGCUGGCCCAUGACCCGAAAAACUGUCUGUGGACAAACGCCGGCUCCCUUGGCCUGAAAGCGAGAUGAGAGCCACAACCCCACGGUCACCUUUGACUGGACUUAACAGUCCAGGGGUCCUUUACCUUAGACAGACUUCCAGAGGAGGAGAGUGCAAAUGACACAGAAAUGAGCACUGAACUUGCCCUGUGUUCUGCUAUAUUUCCAGAAAUGGCUUUUACAUCAUGUAAAAUGCAGUAUAAAGGUAAAGGGUAAAGGGAACCCUGACCAUUAGGUCCAGUCGUGGCCAACUCUGGGGUUGCGGCGCUCAUCUCACUUUAUUGGCUGAGGGAGCUGGCAUACAGCUUCCGGGUCAUGUGACCAGCAUGACUAAGCUGCUUCUGGCGAACCAGAGCAGCGCACGGAAAUGCCGUUUACCUUGCCGUCGGAGCAGUACCUAUUUAUCUACUUGCACUUUGACAUGCUUUCAAACUGCUAGGUUGGCAGGAGCAGGGACCGAGCAAUGGAAGCUCACCCCAUCACAGGGAUUUAAACCGCCGACCUUCUGAUCGGCAAGCCCUAGGCUCUGUGGUUUAACCCACAGCGCCACCUGCGUCCCAAAUAGCAGUAUACAUCAAGUAUAAAUGCAGAAAUCAACAGUUAGGGAAACCUCAGGAAAACAGAAUAAACUGUCUUGUGAACACAGCCACAGUGUUGCAACCCAGGAAGCAAGAGUCACAGUUUAAAACACAUUCCAGUCAGGCAAAAGCACUCAAGGAGGUGUGGAGCAGGGCAGGUGAGUGGCAUGGCCUUGUGAGAGGAUAGGCGUGGCCCGGAUGGAGUCUCGAAGGCCUGAUAGAGAAAUCCAGAGAGCUGCAUUUGGUCCCUGGGCUUGCAGUUCCCACCUCUCCUUUAAUGGUUUCCUAUAAAGUUUAACACUGGCAGAAAUACUCUGUAUGAUGUGGUGUUCUGCAGAGUAUAUCAUAUCAACGGCUCUUCUGAAACCCAGAUAGAGUAGGUCAACUGCCUAUUGAGAGAGAACCAGAAAAUCUAAGCCAUAAGUCUUCAGAGGAGAAAAUAAUAACUAUUUUACAUGGUCCAGGAAACAGUCCUUAUUACACAUUAGAGUGCAGGUUAUCUUCUGAGCCAGAUGAUCUCUGCCCUGAAAAAGAGAGAAAUUGUCCUUAGUGUUGUAUAAGCGAUUGAUCCGCACUUUGAAAAAUAGCAGUUUUGUUGGACUCACAUUGCUGCCACUUUUCCCAAAUCAGAAUUGCAGCCACUUUUUCUCAAUUCAGCAAAGGUGCAUGAGAUAAUGAGUGACACUUGUACCUAGAGAUGGAGUUGGAAAGACUAUUUUCCGCAGCAAUUGGUAGCUCUCAGCAGACAAAAUACAGUUUUUCUUCUUUAAACAAGUGCUGUUUCACAACAGGACAACGGGUACAGCUGUCAGGAGAAGCGACCUGGCAACCCAAGUAAGUUACUACAGAGAGACAGAAGUAAAAGAGAAUCUUCUGCAGAUGACACAAAAAGACCUUAAUAUCCUAUUUUACGGUGACAACUUACCAUUUUGAGUGGCUUAACCAUGAGCCUUCUGACCAAUUCAAAAAAUUAAUGUGCAUAUUACCAAAAAUAGAUCAAUAUUGCAGCCAUUGAAAGGAAAAGCAAAUUACAAUUUAAUAAACAAACAUUUCCCCUCAUAGUCAGAGAGAAAAGCCAUUUUAAUGUUUUAUUUUUCACUUUCUCCUACUGUGUACCAGAAACAAAACAGUCUCAAAAACAGGGAGUGUGUAUCUUUAACUUGCAGCCCUACCAGUUAAAACUUCACCUCACUAACAAAACUUUUCAGCACAAUAUCCAGUGCAAAAUAGGAAAGAAAAUUAGAACACCACAAUUUUCAGGUAGAUUGUGCUCUUAGCUGGCUGAUCUACUGCCAAACCAAGGGCUGAACUUUAACCAUUGAAGUUGCAGCCGCUCACUUUCUCUCUAUGUGUCUUAGGACUAAUUUUCAGAAUCAUUUUCAUGGUGGUGGGGGUUAGGAAAAAGAUCAGCACAUCUCUGUAAACCAAGGGUGUGGAACCUCCAACCCAUGGUCCUGAUGAGGCCUGCCAGGACUCUCCAUUUGGCCAACCAGGUUGUUUUGGCCAAGCCAUGCCCACCUGACAUCAGGCCUGGUCCUUAGCUAUGGCGGGAACAGCAAGAGAUACACACCCUCUUUGUAGCCCAUGCAUUCCCUCAGACUUUCGUUAAAGAGACCUCGCUAUGCUACUACCAUAACCUCCAGAAGGUUGCUGAAAGCAGGGAGCGGGAGAGAGAGAAUGGAGUCCUUCUAAGUUCCUGUCUGCUGUGCACAUAGUGGUCUCAGAAGGAGAUACAGUAGACGGAAAUAUAUAGGAGGAAAGACAGAAGUGGCAUGAGUGGUAUAAGAGACAGAUGGACUGGGAACAAGCAGCAUGAAGAGUAUGGGAGCCAGCUGAUAAUAUUCAGUGGCUCUGUGUGUGUGUGUGUGUGUGUGUGUGUGUGUGUGUGUAAGAAGGUGUUUAAAAGAAGUGUGUAACUCUAUAAAGGUUUAAAAGCAUUAUACAGUGGUACCUAUUCAUUCCGGAGGUCUGUUCUUAACCUGAAGCACCACUUUAGCUAAUGGGGCCUCCUGCUGCUGCUGUGCUGCCAGAGCACGAUUUCUGUUCUCAUCCUGAAGAAAAGUUCUUAACCCGAGGUACUAUUUCUGGCUUAGCAGAGUCUGUAACCUAAAGCAUAUGUAACCUGAAGUGUAUGUAACCCGAGGUACCACUGUACUAGAAAACAUUUAUAUUGCAUGGCUUCCUUGUCUGGAAUUUCUGGCAUAGGUUCCCCAAGAACCAAAGGGACCACCUUCUUACUAUGGAACAUGUGAAAGAGAACAGAGCAUCUUCCUGCAUGAGUUAGCCUCGGGGUGAGGAACCUCAGGCCCAGGGCUUGGAUUCGGUCCUAUCUGGCCCUUGGGACCCUCCCCAGCCCAUGUCCCCUCUUUAGCUGAUAAAGGUACCCGAUUCCUGGAUUUGACACUGCAUUUGCACCGGUCUGGGACCAAGGAACCUGCGGCCCUCCAGAUGUUGCCGGACUCCCAUCAGCCUCAGCAAACAUGGCUAAUGGUGGGGGAUCAUGGGAGUCCAACAACAUCUUCAGAAACAAUGGCUCCCCAGUCGUAGUCUACACUGUAAUUCUAAGUUCCUUCUUCUAUCACCCCCUACAAGCUCUCCAAAAUCAUGAAGCAUCUCUACAGAUGUGACCAUACGUGCAAAGUAACUUCUGACUCUGUGUGACUAUGCUGUGAUGGGCCCCACUGGUUGGUAGUGAUUUGUUUGAGCCUGUUGGUAAAGAAUGGACCACCAUGCUACCACAGACCAAUACCUGGGCGCAUACUGCAAGAGUGAUUGUCAGACAUUACUUCCUUUCUCCAUCUACAGGGACAACCUAUGUGGAAUAUUUUUAUUUUUCUUUAGAAUGUUUAAACCAAACUUCUAAUGCAUCUUUUGUCGGGGGAAAACUUCUGCUUCAUCCUUUUUUUACCACUAAGCACAUCCAGUAGACUAUCUGGAAGCUUACUGGUUUACUAUACUCCAGUGAUCAGUAUCUUCUUCGAUCUCCUGUCCUACUUCUUGUUUAUCUUUGUAACAUUAUAAGGUACUGUAGGCAAUUAGUUCAAAUAAAAGGCAGUGAGAAGUUGGGAAGGGAAAGAGUUACUGAGUCUGAACUUUAUUUCCCAGACAUGCAAAACCAAAAAAAAGGUAGUAUGGCAUUUUUAAAACCAAUCUGGGAAGGUGCUGAAGGAUUCCAAGUACAUUCAUUAUAUACUUUCAAACACACCUUGUAAUUUCCCCACAGAACUAGGUCAUUUUACCUAGAAGCCUUGACAGUGAACAAAAAUUGUUGGCAAAUCUCUUCAAAAGAGGAAAAACCUCUUAGGACGGCUCUACUGAGAAAUGGCAGGAGGUGCAGUUGAUGUCAAUUAUAGAGAUGAUAGGUGAAAUAUAUUUUACGGGAAAAGACCUUGGAGUCAUUGAACACCAUCCAGAAAAUAUUAUAUAUGCCUGGGUGAGAAUGGUUGACUUGUGCACCAUUAAGCACUCACACCCCAUUUAUUUCAAUGAUCUUUAAGUGCACCUAAUUUUAACUGGCUUGCGCUCAUUCACUAGCCAAGUUACCAGCUCAGAAAUUCUAUAGUUUAUUCUUAGUUUUACAUCAGUACACCUGUUUACACCAGCAAAGGGCCCUAAAGUUAAUAGGACUCAGCAUCAUCAAUGUCCAUUUGUGAUUCAGUGAAUUCCAAAAGAAUAUCCUUAUUAGUUUGUUGCCACGUUUUCUUCAAUCCAACUGCAGCCCUGAUACCUACACAGAUGUUUUUCUUGCCAUCUUGUUUCCUAAUCAGGGCUUCUUUUAAAUUCUCUGCAUUUCAGAACCUGAGCAAGCCAGUUAGAUAGAUAGUUCUGGGAUAUUUACAAAAACCAGACAGCAUUGAAGAAACUGAGUUGACAUUCCGUCUGUUGAUAGCAGAAAGGGGCCUGAUAAUUCAGUGUAGCAGUGGAGAGCAACUCUAAAUAAAUUGUGGGAAAAUAAAGUCUGUCAUUAGCUGUUUGAAAUUAAUGUAACUUACUCAUUUUAGGGAUAGUAGAAAAAACACUUUAAAGAAAUUUAAAAUGCUUAAUCAAUUUGUUCAAUACUGGGGAAUUAGAAAAAUUACAUGGCUGUACUGAAUGGUAAUGUACUGAGAUUGUAUACAGUGGUACCUUGGUUCUCAAACGUCUUGGUACUCAGACAACUUGGAACCCAAACACUGAAAACCCGGAAGUAAGUGUUCUGGUUUGUGAACUUUUUUCGGAAGCCGAGCGUGCUCUGUUUUGAGUGCCACACUUCCGAUUUGACUGCCACACUUCUGUUUUGAGUGCUACCUUCCAUUUUGAGUGCCACGCUUCUGUUUUGAGUGUUACGCUACCGCUUUGAGUGUUACGCUAAGGUCUGCCUGUUGUUGCUAUUUAUUUUGCAUUUUUGUUUUUAUGGCUCUUUUUGGUUUGGUUUUGUGACUGUGUGGAACCCAGUUCAGCUACUGAUUGAUUGAUUGAUUGAUUGGGUGUGUGACUGCAGUACAUUGUUUAUUGCUUUCAUUUUAUGGCUCAAUGGUCUUGUUAGAUAGUAAAAUUCAUGUUAAAUUGCUGUUUUAGGGGUUGUUUUUAAAUGUCUGGAACAGGUUAAUCCAUUUUGCAUUACUUUCUAUGGGAAAGCGCGCCUUGGUCUUGGAAGGCUUUGGUUUUGGAACAGACUUCCAGAACGGAUUAAGUUUGAGAACCAAGGUGGGGGCCACUAGGGGGCGCAUCGGAAGAUGGCUGACAAUAACAUCUCUCUGACCCACACGAGGUAAUUUGGAGGCUAUGAUGGGAGUAAUUAGCCUCCCUAACUCCCCCAGGACGGGGGGGGGGACUGCCUUUGCCUGCUGUGCCCUAUACCACCCCCAAACUUGUGGGGAUGGGGGCACUAGGCACAAAGCCCUCCUGUGGGAUUCUGGCACUCCUGGACGCCAUCCCACUAGCUGCUAGAACUUCAAAAGAAAACAAUUUGGAUGAAGGAAUGCACAUAUUUCAAGGAAGGACGGGAGUAAAGACUGCUAUAGAAGAGAUCUCUGAUAAAACAAGACAAGAAUAAACAUGAGAAGAUACGCCAAGACACGGUAUGGCAAAUGACUGAUGGGGGAGGGGAAAAAAACUUUCCUUUCUUUUCUUAUGUGAUUAACAAGAAUCCCCUCCCCUCACGAGUCACGAGUCAGAAAUGUCGUUUUAAGGACUUAAGCUGUGGAUUUAAGGCUGUGUGGAGAUAAACUUUCGAACCAAAGCAUGUUUUAAGAAGAGCGAGGAAUGUAUAAGAGCUUGGGAAUGACGCAGUUAAAAAUGCCGUCGCCAUAUUGGGAAGUUCUGUCGGAGGUCUUGAGUCUGGGAGGAGAAAGAGAGAAAUAGAGCUGUUUAUAUAUUGUGGGUGAAACUCCUCAGAGGGACUUAAGAGCGACAGUUUGGCGAGAUGGAAAGAGCGAUGUUAUCUAUGAAGGCGAUGAUAUAUGGAAACCAUCUUGAUUUGAGGAAUGGAAGAACGGAAAAUUCACACAGGAUUAUUAUUAUUAUUGGUGUUUAUCGGCUUAAGGAGACUAUCAGAAGAGAUCAUAAAGAAAAAAGAGAAAAUAUAUAAACAAGAUGUGAUGUGGAAACAGCAAGAUAAGACUGGAUAGAAUUAUGAACUCUGUUUGGACUGAUUUGGACUGAUUUGGAUAUUAACGCAGUAGCAAGAAGAUGAUCAGAAUCCCCCUUCGGAUCUUGAAAUAUGGGUCCCCCCAACAAAAUUUAAAAUUCGGCUUUGUAAUUCGGAAUUUAUGUGAUGUGAUUUAAUUUGAUUUGAUUGGCCGGUUAAUAAAAAUUAUUUUUUUAGAAAAAAAAAGUUUGAGAACCAAGGUACAUAUGUAUGUGUAUAUGUAUAUGUUCAGAUUUUGUGGAAAGCUAUCAUUUCCCACUAUGUGGAAGGAGUUCACUUUUAAGUUAACUGCUCUUCCAUGUGACCUCCAAGCCCAGUAAACUGUGGUUUGUAUUCACUAUCAGUUUUGGAACAAGUCAAGAUCUGAAAACAUGCUUUUGAUCCUGGAUUGUUAUCAUUAGUCAUAAUUCAAACAAACCACAGUUCCUUGAAUUUAGACUUUUGUGGUGCAAAAAAAGAAGGCAAAGUAUGAGCUUGAGGUAUGUGCAGGCUCAUUCACAUUGUUCCCUGAGGUAAUAUUACAAUUGUUAUUAAUUGCUUGAGAGAGAGAGAGAGAGAGAGGGAGAGAGAGAGUGAGUGAGUAGUAGAACUCAGGGUUAUUAUGACAAAAGAAUGAAAUAAUCUCAUAGGUGCCACUCUAAGGUCCUUGGAAGAACAGUAACAUAUAAAUGUGAUUGUUUCUCACCCUGCAAAUGAUGAAUGCCUGUACACAACAGUUUGAGUAAUAUAAUCAUAAGUAGUGUGACAAUCAUAAAGUGCAUUUAAACUGAGUAUCCUUAAUGUGAACAAAAUCUCUCCUGCAUUAGGAAUAGAUUUAUAAAGUUCAUUUUGAAUUAUGACUAAUCAAAGCAGUUGUGCUGCUUAAUGAAAUCAAGGAUGAAAAUAAGUUUAAAUUUUAUUUAUGUAAUAAAUGCAUGAACAAAUUAACACUUCAAGUGGAUGCAUAAACGGCAGAUUUUGUUCUUUUAAAGUGAGAACUCACGAUGUCUUAUCCUCCCACUAUGUUGUUCCAUUUCAGUGAAAGAAAGGAAUAUUCCUAUCUUGUGUAAGUUAGAUUUCCACAGAAUAUCCACUAGAUUUUCACUCCAGAUGUUUCAUUCUUGCUAUUCAAAUUAAAAGCAGCCCACGGUUCCUUUGUUGUCUGCAUCUACAUUGCAUACCAAAAUAUUGGCAAAUGAAUAAGGCUAUCAGUGACAGAAAAUUAAAUGGAAGGUGAACAGCGUGCACUACAGUGCACUAUAUAAAGAUAUGGAAGAGAGUGGAAGUUGAAAUAAUGAGAAUAUUGCAAAAGUAAACCACUAUACUAAACCCCAGCAGGAACAAAAGGAAACUGUUCUUAAAACGAUAGCAUUCACAUUCCAUGAGCCAUCUGCAGUACAAUUGCAAAACAGUACAAUUGCAACAUAUAACAACAGACAUUUAUAACUGAAAAUUCUGGACAUGGGCAGAGAUAGCAGAGAAGUGAUGUUGGAUUUUUUUUUUAAAAGUAACAUAUUCAUAAUUAUAUUUUACCUCUUGAACUGUUAACGUCCAUCUUCAAACUUUCACUUUUUUUAAGAGGAGAACUUAGGUUUGUGAUUCUAAUGCCAAAAACCUACACAUACUUAUUGGACCAGCUGCUGUUCAGUUACACAUAAUUGUUAUUUGAAACUUAGGCAUUCAAAACAAGAAUCAAAAGAUGUUACAUGCUCAGUGCUGCUGCUUGUGUAGUUGAGUUUUUGUGAUCUUUAGAAGUAAAGUGGAGUGGGGAGUUAAACAGACAGUUGCUACAGGAGAAGGAUUGAGAGCAACAUCAUGAGAGGGGUGUUUCUAGGACCAAGCAGAAACUGCAAAGUUCCCUUGUUAUUUUUGUUAUUGGAUCCUGGAUGUUGUUUAUGUAAUCAUGUUAUAUUUAUACUUCUGAAAUGUUGUUUUUUGUAAGUUAUUAUGUUUGCUAUUGUGUUGCUUGGCUAUGUUAUUAGGAAACUUUUUGUACCAUUUUGUUUAGAUAUAUAUUGCUUUCUUUGUGCAAGUUGCCUUGAGCAUAAUUUUGGGUGUGUGGCAACGCGGCAUACAAAUAAAUGAAAUGAGACAGCGGUGGUUCGUGUUCAUUGGAAGUGCCAGUUAUAGUUUUGACCUCAGCUUUCCUGUUAAGUUUUACAAAGGGUAAGCUGAGUCUGAGCAGGAAACCGACACGCAGUGCCAUUCUCUAGACUGGUUGUACAUAGGCAGGCAGGCAGGUGAGGGCUAGCUGAGGGCAAUAUGAGGAUGGUUGGAUAGUGCCCCAUAUACCUAAUGGAGCAGCCCCCACUGUAAACCAUCUUAUAUUCUCUAUAGGUUCUUCUCUUCUCUUCUCUUCUCUUCUCUUCUCUUCUCUUCUCUUUUCUUUUCCAGAUGGAUCAUGCUACCCAGAGACAAACCAAUGGCAGGAUAUAUUUAUUUAUUUAUUAAAUUUAUAUCCCCCACAUCCUUCCUUCCAAUAUGCGAGUGUAAACUGUUUUUUGCUAUUUUUGGGUGCCGCCCAGAAAACAACUAUUCUGCAGUGCCUGCUAAUUAGAAUGAGUGUAAAUCAGAGGAGAGGUUAGGCCAGCCUGGCACCCAGAAAUGUUGGACUACAACUCCCACCACACCAUUGGCCACGCUGACUGGGGCUCAAGGGAGUCAUAGUAUGAAACAUCCAGAGGGCGCCAUGUUUGGAAAAGAUUGGUCUCUAGGCACAUAUCUAAAUACACCAAUGUUUCAAAUCUGUUUCUUGCAUAGGGAAGCUGUUGGAAUCCCUACUCAGCCAUGAACAAUAGGAGCCAACUCCUGAGGGCCCUUCGGCCCCCCAAUAAAAUAUUGGACCUCCUAAAAUUGAUGGGCAACACCAUUCAAAUGGUGUGUGUGCACCGCGUGAUGUGAUCAAUUAUGCAAGGCAGGGCUUACCUCCCCUUUUAUUCAAGUUGGCACCCCCUGGCCACAAUGAAGCUCACCUUGGGCCAGUCACUAUGUCUUAGCCUAACGUGUUUCAUAGGGAAGUUGUGAGGAUGAAUGGGGAGGAGAUAACCAUGCACACACCACCUUGAGACCCUUAAGAGGAUUAAAGGUGGUAUAUAGAUGUAUAAAUAAAGCGGGAAGAGGGUUACUACGCUUUUUCUCCUGCAACGGACUCUCCCAGUAUCCCUAAUUUCCAGGGACAGUCCCGGAUUUGCAGAAGCCAUCCUGAUUUCUGUUUUGACCCCAAAAUGUCCCGCUUUUCCUUCCCUAUUUCCAUUGGAGGGUAUGGACUUAUCUGAGCCAUCUGAAGGAAGCCCUGGAUAGGGAAGGUUUUUUAAAAAAUGCUUUAUGUUUUUCUUAUAUAAUUUUUAUUAAAUUUUCUGUUUUACAAUUUAAAAUACUUGUUUUGCAUCCUUAAGAUAUCAAUGACUUCCCUUCUUCUCUUUCCAUGGUUCAUUUUACAUAUCAUCCCUGCACAUUUUACAAAAAAACUAUACUAUUCAGUCUUCCAUUAUUGCAUCCAUCUAAACUUGUUUACACUGUUGAAUUUAUCUUAAUGCUGCCAGCGUUUUCAGAUGCAUACAAUUAUUUCCCAUAUAUUCAAUAAAACGUUUUACCAAUCUUCUUUAAACAUUACGUUCUUCUUGUUCUUAUUCUAUAUGCUAAGUCUGCGAGUUGUGCAUAUUCUCUCAACUUAUGUUUUUAGAUACAGUGGUACCUUGGUUCUCAAAUGCCUUGGUACUCAAACAACUUGGAACCCAAACACUGCAAACCUGGAAGUAAGUGUUCUAGUUUGCGAACUUUUUGGGGGGAAACCGAACAUGCUCCGUUUUGAGUGUUACGCUUCCAAUUUGAGUGCCACACUUCCAUUUUGAGUGUUACGCUGAGGUCUGUCUGUUUUUGCUAUUUAUUUUGCAUUUUUGUUUUUGUGGCUUCUUUGUUUUGUUUUUGUGACUGUGUGGAACCCAGUUCAGCUACUGAUUGAUUGAUUAUGUGAGGACAGUACAAUGUUUAUUGCUUUCAUUUUAUGGAUCAGUGGUCUCGUUAGAUAGUAAAAUUCAUGUUAAAUUGCUGUUUGGGGGGUUGUUUUUAAACGUCUGGAACGGAUUAAUCCUUUUUGCAUUCCUUUCUAUGGGAAAGCGCACCUUGGUUUUGGAACGCUUUGGUUUUGGAACAGACUUCCAGAACGUAUUAAAGGUACAGCUGUAUGUUGGAAGCCGCCCAGUGUCUGAGGCAAUAUAUAUCAUCAUCAUGGAAUAGGACGCCCUUGUUGGAGGGUCUGCAACAAAUUCCAUCAGGUGAAGUGGGACGAGCUUCACCUGUUGAAUGUCCAAAAAAAAAAAAAAAAAGCACAGGGGCCCUAUUUUAUUUGUUGGGAGAGGCGGGAGGCAGCAGCGGGAACACUUCCAAGCUGCAGUGCCGUCUCGGCGCUUUGGUGGCGAGAUAGGGAGAACAAUCGCAGGAAGCCACAGCCGCGCCAGGCGCCUCCGGGCCCCGAAGAACAAACAAGCCCGUCAGGCCGCCCGGGUCUUUCGCCCGCCUGAGGCAAAGGAGGGGAACCGGGCGGUCGGGACUGGGGGGCAGGCGGAGGUAACAACGGCAGCGGCGGUGGCGGCCAAAGCUCCUCCCCUGCUCGGGGCCGUUCCCUUCCCGGGCGGAGGAACAUUGUGACGCUGGCGGCGCUGGAACACCUGGAGCCACGGCGGCCGCGGGCGACGUGAGGUAAAAACAAAAGCAAACCAUUCUCGGGCGGAGGAAAGGGGAGGGGAGUCCCUGGCCAGGCAGCGGCCGCCAUGAGACUCCCCCUGUGAGGAGGGGCGCGAGGCCGCGGAGCCCUUCGAGGGAGUUGGGGGGGGGGGCGACGCACGCAGCCGCCCUCCGCCCUCUUCCCUCAGAGCCGCGGGCAAGGUAAGUGGGGAAGGAGCGCCGCUUCGGCCCAGCUGGAAAAGCAGGUUCUUCCUCCUGAGGCAGCGGUAGCCGCCGCCGCAGGGCGGAGCCGCGCAUGCCGGGCAGGGAGCACCAACCACCUCGGCAGGCGGCAGGCGGCGUGUCUCUCACGGAGGAGGAGGAGGAGGAGAGGCGAAUAGCUCGGGGAUGCCUGGAAGCAGGAGGUGGGUCGGGGUGCGAGGGUGGGGCGCGUCCCUGGCAGAGGGAGAAGGGAGCUGCAAUGGGGGGGGUCAGGAUUCAAACCCCCUCCCCAAUCGCUUCGCCUGGGUAACCACAAUUCCCCCGGUUCCAAAAUGGCAUCUCUCCCCCCCCACCCCCCAACGCCUCACCCUUCGCUUGCUCGGUAUCCCCCGCCCUCCCUUCUCAUCCUUUUAGCAGAUAUGACAACCAGCAGGUGCAUUUGCUUCCUCCUCCCCGGUUUGGUCUUUUUCUUUUUUUUCUUUCGUAAUUUGCUGCAUUAUUUGCUUUCAGUCGUUAACUUGGGCGCCUGCUGUUCGCAGGCCAGAGAAGCUGCUACUGACACUUUUUGAGGUCAGCAGCACAGUGUUACCAUUCAAGCGGAUAAGGAAUAAUAAUGGGUAUUAUUAUUAUUAAACCCAGUGCUUUUUUUCCUGGGGGUAUGCAUACCCCUAAACAUUUUGUGAAUCUAAGUUUGGCCUCAUUGAGGGGCAAUAUUUCAAUAUGAGUAGGAAAAUGAGAGGACCCCUAAACAUUUUUUUUAAAGGAAAAAAAAGCACUGAUUAAAUCUACAGCACUGGUACCAGAGGGGCCAACUUGAAUGAAAUAUUGGGGGGUGGCGGCACAUAAGCCCGGUCCCACAUAAUCACAAGAUGCAGCACCCACCCACUAUUUGAAUGGCAACGUCCAUUAACUUGGGGUGGGCGCUAAGCCCCCUCAAAUGUUUUUUGGGGGGGCAAAGGGACCCCGGCCCCUGAGAGUUGGCUCCGAGGACUGGUACUUUGGGUGCCUGCUAGGCACUGCACAAGCCCUGAAUUGUAUGGUCUUGAUCUGUGUUUUAGAGAUUGCAUUAUCCAGUGAUAAAGGCUGUGUUGGGGUGGUCAUGUCUCAGCUUCGUAAACUGGAAUAUGAAUGAGCCUUUUGCCCACACAUGCGUGCAGCCCCUUUGCUUCUUUCCCGGCUGAUUCAGCAGACAAAUCAGGAGGGGGUGCCAACUUGAAUAACAUAUUGGGGGGCAUGUAAGCAGCACCCCACAUAAUUGAUCACAAUAUGUGGUACAUGCACACCAUUUGAAUGGCAAUGCCUAUCAACUUUGGGGGAGGGGAACCAGCCCCCUCAAAUAUAUUAUUUGGUGGUGCAAAGGGACCUUGCCCCCUAGGAGUUGGCUCCUAUGAAUGGGGAAGUUUCCAGUCUUAUCCAAACCAGGAAACUAUGGUUAUCAGCUGCGGAACAAGCCAGUAUGUUAAACCAUGGUUUGAAGUUGUUUUAAUAUCCUAGUUUGUAACCAUAGAUUCAUGGUUUGGAUGAUACAGGAAAUGAUGGUUAAUUGGAGACUUACUGGUUUGAUUGCAAGGAGUGGUGGGGCUGCAUGCAUAGGGGAAAGGCUCAUUUGUAGCUUGACCCAUUAAGUAUUCAAUAUAUGAUCAUCUGAAAGCAGAAAUCAUGAAUUAUAGCUUAUAACUUGCACCAUCUGAAAUGUUUAGGAUCAUGAUGGCAACUGUAUUGCACUCCUGUCCUAGAAAUAGUGGCAGGUUAACAGGAGGACAGGGAGAACAGGUGGAUGGAAAGCUCCCUGGGGGCUUAUUUAGACCUCAUCAUCAUUGUAUGCUGUCUUUCCAUAGUUAAACCGUGCUUACAAUAUCGAUAUGAAAACAUCAUUAAAUAUGCAAUAAAAUCAGACAAUCCCUACCUAAUUCAUCAUAAAGUAUUGACAAGAAAAAUACAAAAACAGUUGCAGUAUCAGUAAAAAUGCUUCUCCAAAAUAAACUCUCAACCCAACAGAAACCCCCAAACACACCACCACCCCGGUAGUUUCUAGGCAUCCUGAGCAGGAAGUCUCUUUGGGCUUAAGAGCAAGAUAAUCUCUGACCCCUUCAGCAGCAGCUUUGUAGUUGGAGUCUGUCAGGACCCUACCUUCCCUAAGCCAUACUUCUCUGUAUGUAUUUUACAUGUUGCCAGUGUUCUCCAUGCAUUGCUUCACAUUGUAUAUCCCACCUAGUCUCCAAGGGCACUGUGAGAUGAGGACUUGUCCAAAGUCAUCCUGUGACCUUCAUAGCCGAACAGGGUUUUCACCUGAGUUUGACAAGUCCAUGCAAAACUUUCAGGAAAUGGCUCUGACAACAAACUUUAGGGAAACCCUUUCAAACUAAUCCAAGUGAGAAUUUCUGACAUCUCUGAAGUAGACUCACAGGAAGUGUGGCAUUCAUGCCAGACUGUAUUUGAGCAACUUUUUAUCAACAAAGAAUCAAACUAAACAAUGAGUAUUGUGGUUUUGUUGAUGUUUCUAAUUACGUUUUGCAGAUACUGUAGUUAUUUAUUGAUUUCAUUGUAUUUAUGUUGUAAGCUGCCUUGAUAUUUGUUGCGAAAGUGCGGGUCACAAAUAUACAAAUAAAUGAUAGUUUGCCUUCCAGGCAGACAACUCAUUCACCAGCUGGAAAGGUUCUGUUGUCACAAGGUAGCAAACUACCCAUCACUGCCACUUCAUAGGCCUGGAUAUAGACUCCCUGGGAUAUGCAGUCAUUUUUUUUGCUUGGGUCUUUCUCCACUGGUGCUCAAGUUCUUUCCUAGCCCAUUUCAUAGAUCCCAGCACUUUAAUAUACUAGGGUGUCAAGGAGGCAUUUGUUUAAGCCCUCUUCAGUCACUAUCUGGUUCUAGGCAUGCCACCAGCAUCAGUUUUCUAUCUGAAAAAAUAUUGUUCAUCAUAAUGGUUCCACAAGUGGAAAAUGGAAAUAGAGAGUUGUUGGAAGAACAAACCAAAAUAAAGUUGUAAAUCAUUCAGUACAUAAAUUGUGCUGUAUACCGAAGAGAGCAGCUUAAUGAAUAUUUUGUUCUACUAAGAAUGCUAAUUUUAUUUGUCAAAUGUACAUAUAUUUAUUUAUUAAAUUUGUAUACCCAUAGAUCUCAGGGCAGUUCACAACAUAUGUUGUCUCUUUCCUCCAUGCAGUUCAAAAAUGGUGUAUAUUCCCUGGUCUAAACAACUUCAAAAGCAGAUGAUGUACCGUAUUUUUUGCUCUAUUGGACGCACCGGACCAUAGGAUGCACCGGACCAUAGGAGGGGGAGAACAGGAAAAAAAAAUUUUUUAUUGUUCUCCCCCUCUAAGUCAAGGUGUGUUCUGUGCAUUCAAGGUGCGUUCACCUGAAGCCUCCGGAGCCCAGCGGGAGUUCCCGCUGGGCUCCGGAGGCUUUGGAUUCCUUUUGACCUGCUCUUUGGGGCUGGCGGGGGGGAGCGCUGCUUUCCCCCACCGCCAGCCCCAAAGACCAGGUCGGGGGACAGCGGGAAGGUGGCGCUCUGCCUCCCCACUGUCCCCCUGCUUGUGGGGGUGGCGGUGGGUAAAGCAGCGCUUCUCCCCACCACCACCCUCCAAACCAGUUCAGGGAACAGCGGGAAGGCGGCGCUCCGCCUCCCCGCUGUCCCCCGAGCUUGUGGGGCUGGCGGUGGGGAGAAGCGCUGCUUUCCCCACCGCCAGCCUCCAAACCAGGUCGGGUUUGGAGGCUGCUAUCCGCAAGCCUUGGGAGCCUGGCGGGAACUCCCACCGGGCUUCCCAGGCUUGCGGAUAUCUGCCCGACCCUUCGUUUUUGGAGGGGGAAAAGUGCGUCCUAUAGAGCAAAAAAUACGGUAAAUAACAUAACUGAAUGCUUUCCAGUGUUAACCAGAUAAAAUCUUUUAAACAUAGAAACUAGCAAAUCAAUGGAAGAUUUCCACAUGCAGCUUCGUAUUUAUUCAUUUGAUUAAUUUAUGAAUCACUUCCCAAUGAAGCAUGCAGAAGCAAUAUACAAUAUAAUAUAAUAUAAAAGAAGUCACAAAUAUUAAAACAGUUAAAGCAAUUGCAUAUAUAAGAACAAUGGGAAACAUAUAAGCAUGUGACAGGAAACAUUUGAGCAUGUGAUUGCUGACUUGCAGCAUCCUUGGAAGAGUAUAGCCACAUGAAGUUUCUGAAUAUGAAGUUUGGCUCUUAAACAUAAAGACUCUUACAGACAAAAGCAACCUGAACGAAUGGGUAUGGUUAUGUGAGUUUUUAAUGUUCAUUGGGCCCAGGAUCCCAAGAAUUGUUUCUCUUGAAGAAAAUUUGAAGAACACUUAAUAUUAUCCCAGUCAAGUAGUUUAUCAUGUGUGAAAAAUGAUGCAAAAAUAGAAGUUGAAAAUACCUGUGUGUCAGCAUAAAAGCAAGAAAGCCGCUCAUAAUUGCAUUCUUCUGCCAAACUUGGUGCAUGAUCAGGCUGGAAGUUAACAUUUUAGUUCCACUGAAUCUAGAUAAUGCUUAAUGCAUUAAAUUACACUGGAUCGCUCAGUGGACCCAUAUAUCCUUUAGAAUACCACAUUGCCAGACCAGACAGGACUCUGUCCCUCAUUCUGGUAGGGGGUGGGGAGGCAGAAGUAUUUCAGCCUUCAUCAACCUGGUACCUUUCAGAUGAUUUGGACUACUACUCCCGUCAUCCCCAGCCAACAAAUGCUCAUUAGGACUGAUGUCACCAAUUUUGUUUUUAGAUGUGGGUUACCAUUUUAAAACUAACAGAUGGCUAUGCUAAAAGCAAUAUAUGCUGCUAAUUGCUAGUGUGGAAUGCUGAAUAAAUGUUGGACUCAGUCUGGUGAGACUUGGCUUUGUAUUCCUAUGUGGCCAUGAAACUUGCUUAACCUUUCUUACACAGUUGUGAUAAAAUGGUUUGACCUUGUGUAUGCCACCCUGACUUCUUUGGAAGAAGGAUGGGGUGCAAAUGUAGCUAAUUAAAUCUCAAACCCUUGCAAGUUAAUCCUUUGGAGUGAAAAUUCAACAAGUGCAAGUUAUCAUUGCUGCUCCACGAAUCACUGCCCUUCAUUGCACAACGAAUUUUGUUGGAGAAAACAUUACAACCCUAUUUUUCCACAUUUUCUCUUUUUUCACAUGGUUAACUUGCAGUAAGUUCAACUAGGUUCUGUAAGAACUGAAUCUGUGUAUGUCCUUUAGAUGUAUCAUACUUUAAAACUUUGCUUAUAUAAUAUCUAGAAGUUGGGUCCAGUAUAGUUGAAUAAGGUGUCCAAUCCCAAGUAAGGGAUUUAUUUAUUUUUAAGAUGAAACAAUUAACUUGCUCAUUUUAAAAGAAAAAGAAGCUAACUUGCUGAACAACCAGUGUGUCCUUGGCUAUUUACUAUGGCUUGGAUUCUAAAAGGAGUGAAUGGAAGGGGGGGGGAAAUGAAAGGUACUCACCCACCUCACUCCUUCAGACACCUUUUCCCAUGGAUAGCCUCUUUGUAGGAUGAGGAUUCCUAACGAACAGCACAGAGAAGGAUGUGUGUGUGUCCAAAAUUAGGAGCAGGCCUCUGCCUGAUUGUGGGCUGUUCUUCCCUUUCCAGCAGCCUGUGUGCUAUAUCCUACAUUAUUUAGAAGCCCCCCACCUAAUCCUCCAGAGUAACUUUGGGGAUUGGUGCAUGGGAAAUUUCUGUGAAAUUUAUUCCAUUCACUUGUUUUAAGAUUCACCCCCAUAUCUGUUACGUUGGGUUAUAAUUUCACUUUCAUGCUAAUAGCUUCAGGAUCUUUUUCUGACUUGGUCACUAAGGUAGUUUCAUUGGCCUUUGAAAACUUUGGUGUAACUCAGAAGCAGGGAUAGCCAAUGUUUUAUACUUGGAAGCUGCUUGCUUCUGAACUUAUAUGUUCAGGUGCCUUUUCAUAGCAACAGAAUAAGGUGCAUUAAACUGCAAUGGGGGUUGAGAGAUGCCAGGUGGCUAUUCAUUGUAGCUGCAGGCUGAAUUACCUGGCAACAAGACUGCAUGAGGCCUGAAAAUGUACAGUUGUUUCCAUGACAAGUCUCAUUAUUUCUAGGACCAGGUUGUAUUGAAUGUCCCCGGUAGACGCUUCCCACCAUUCUCUGUCACCAUCACUUCCGUUGCAUUGAUCAUCCUUGGCAACUCUUUCCUUCACAGUCCAGGAAACUACCCUUUGAGUUAAAGGUGCUUUCCUGCCUCCAGGGCAGUCAAGGCAAGAGCAAUAUCAGGGUUGGGAGUGGAGUGUGCCCUGCGCAUGAUCACUUAGGUUCCCAGCUGUGGGGGAAAUGUAAACACAUCAUUCUUCCCUUUACAGACUCUCUGCUCCUGUUUGUGGUGAUGGGGAAAUGAAGGCAGGAUCAGUGGGCACAGCUCUCCUAUCCCUCUCCAUGCGCUUACAUAUGUGUGAACAAAAAACCCAAAUAGGGCUACAAUGUCCUUUUUUAAAACUGACAGUUCAUUUGGAAGGCUGAGAAUGUCAUUUCCAUAUUCAGUUCAUACUGAGGGGAAGGUCUGGUUUUGUGUAGUGCAGCGUUUUUCCCAAUAGAUAUUCCUACUAGGUCAAUGACUAUUUGCUUCAGCUUUAUAUAUUUAGCUUUUUAUGUUUCCUUGUCAUGGUAGCUUAUAAUAUAGCAUCAAAAUACCCCACAUCUUUGUAUAGUACUUUCCAAGAGUGUGUAAAUUUUACCUUGGAUACCAUGUUAAUCUCCCCCCCCCCCGGUAUUUUUCUUACAUGAAUAUUUUAAGCAGCUGUUUAAAUUGGCAGGUAAAUCCUGGUUUUUGUUUUUACAGGUCAAGAGUAGCAUUUCUACUUGUUCUUUGUGUUUAUUUUAAAAACUGGUUUGCUGUGCCUCCAGUCAUUAUAUAUGAGUUCCGUUGUUAAGGCAGGUGGCUAGUACUUUGCAAUGGUAUAACCUUGAAAGCACUUUUCUAGAUUAAAUCCUUCAGAGUAUGGUUUAAAGCAUCGCAAACAGCUAAGGUCCUUGAAAUGUUGUACUUUCCAUCUCUGAUAAUACUAAUGUCAGCAAUCACACACACACAUAUGCCUUGCCAACGUUCAGACCAAAUUUAUAAAUAACUGCACACCUGGAUUGCAUAUGGCAGUCGAAUUGUUACUGGGAAUCUAGGCAGGAAAGCUUCUAGGCCACAAAUGGUUGACAUGGAAAUGUGUGAACAAGCAAGCUACUGAGAGGUAAUUUUGUUUAAUUGAAAUCUAUUUUCACCCUCUUUUUUUUACCAUAUAUGCUUGCCAGUCAAUUGACUGCCUAUCCUUUUCUGCAGUCAAAACCUUUCAUGAAGCCAAUAAUGCUUUAUGAAAUUCUUGGUAGCAGCUUAACUUUGCCUAUUUAUUGAUAGCAUUGUUUACUGUAAAGGGCAGGAGCAAGAGCUUAAGGCUGGUUAAACCUGCAGUAAAUACGGGAAAAUGUAGCAGCAUAACAAACCUUCUCUUUGUGGUCACCCCUUGUAACCGCAGGUUUCUCCUGACUAGACCACCUCAGUAGCAAAGGUCACUGUUGGACCGAGCAGUCCAAAAGGGGUGGGUAGGAGUGGGAGAAUCCAAGGCAGAGGAAUCAUGAAAUCACAAGGCCUGCUGCACUCAAUGCAAAAGGUGGGUGGGUAUCUUUAGUUUUUCUUUCUGUCCACUGUGGUUUCCUUCAUAUUUUCCUUCCCAUUGGUCCCAACAGUUGCUGGAAUUGGGUUAUUUGCAAAGCUGACCUAUAUUUGACAAGAAGCAGGAUGAGGCUGCUGUGUGGAACAGCCAACAGUCCAUGCUUGGAGAUCUUUGGCUGUAACUCACCCCCCUACCCCCCCCACUCUUCACCUUAGCCUGUCUGUAUUUAUUCCUUUGUUCCUCUUGCUUCUUGGCCUGCCCAUUUGUUACCUUUCCUCAGCCUUCAGUUUUCUUUAUUAUCCAUCCUGCUAAAAGCACCUGGUCCAGCAAUGCUUCUUUUACCCCUGUAAGACCCCUGACAUCUAAUUUUACUUUAACCUUUGUGCAAAAUUAGGGACAGCUAGAAACUCUCUGCAUGUUUUCUGAAGUUAAGUGCUGAAGGAGAGGGUGCACUGGGAGCCUGAAAGCAGAAAGAAUGGGGAAGGGAAUAUUUUGUGGGGUGGGUAGAGCUUACAAGAGUGGCUGAUUAUACAGGGAAAAGAACCACUUGGGUAGUGACCUGGGUAGAAAUAAGUUUAAGGCACAUCAGUUAAAUAAAAGCCGAACCUUCUAUCAGCCACACCCUGUGUUGGCUAAGGGUGUUGAACACAAGGUAGUGAAACAGAAACGCAAAAUGGUACUGAGGGAUCUAAAAGGUUACAUAUAGUUAAUCAAGAGUAUGUUGGCUGUACAGAAGAAUGUAUUCUCCCCCAUGUGCUCCAGUGUAGAAGGGUUGGAUGACUUCUGCAUUUAAUCUUCCAGGAGCAAGGUAAACAUAUUUUUCACAAGUCUAGUUAAAUGAGUUUAGAAUUGGGCUAUAAGUAGUUCAGGUAUAGGAUUAAAGAACAAUUGAAGCUAGGUCUGUGCACCUCAAGGAUUUUUGGACAUCCUACAGCCUUUGUGCUGUGUGAUAAACCACUUUUGCAACUGAAAGGAGCCUCAAGGUAUAUGGGGGUGAUUCUGGUAUUUUAGAGGAAAAAGGGGGGGAAAUGUCUCUAGUGCAUAGGUCAGAGGUUGUCAACCUGGUCCCUACUGACCACUAGUGGGCGUUUCAGGAUUCUAGGUGGGUGGUAGGGGGUUCUAUGGCACAAGCUGAAUUCUCCUUCCAUCAAGCACUGGUGGGCAGUAAGGAAAUUUUACCAUCAAGAAAGAUGCAUUAGUGGGCGGUAGGUAUAAAAAGGUUGACUACCCCUGGCAUAGGUCUUCAGCUGUUGGGUCGGGGCCCAGUACUGGCGGUUCAAGAAACUGCUGCAGCUGCAAUGAACAGCAUUGGAAGCAUGGUCUGUUCUUCCUGAAAUUUAAAAGCUGAGUAAGAGGAGCAAAAAACAUUUCACAUUUUAUAACUGAGAAUUUUGUAUUGCAGAAAGAAGUUUCUAAAUUCAUUGAGGAUUUUUUGCUAGAUAUUAGUUGCUAACUAGGUUUUUACUACAGCUGGAGGAAUAUUCAUUAUAAAAGCUACAGAUUCCCAAACAACUGUUUUGAUGCAAAAUUGCAGCCAUCAACUUGAAUACUUUGCAAGAGGGUAUUUGUUUUUGCUUUUUAGUUGGUGAUAGAUUUAGGAUCUUAAAAACACAAAAAACAAAAUAGCUGCCACUGACAAGCUACAGGUUAGUCAGGUCACAAUGAAAGGCUUUUUGUUUUCAUAUUUGUUACCUGUCUGGUUGCAUAAACAAGUAAUUGUGUCUGCAAAACCCAAAUCCUGCCUCUUCCAUUAGGAGUAUUCCUUUUAGGCUAUUGGAAUCUAAGGGUUCUUCAAAUGAUACCUUAACAGCAUAGUGGAUUGUUAUAAAAACAAACCUGCAUCAAAAGCAGUUAGAAAAUGAAGUUACCGUACUUUGUUUAGCAACAUUUUUUUGCACUUAUCCUCCACUAAUUUUACUCAAGAGUUGAAGAAAUGAAAUAGCUCUAAGGCAGCAACAGUUUUCCCCCCCUUGGCCUUUAUUCAAGAUAGCAGCUGCCGUCUUGUUUUGUGAGAAGCUGAGGGAUAUCCAUAAAGAAGUCACAGUCCAGAAUAUGUGAUUAAGACAUCCAUCUACCCUUAUGAUUAAGAAAUGAACAGAAGGUAGCCCAAGGAUGAAGGAAAUAAAGCAUGUUAUAGUCUUAGUUAUUGCCAAUCUUACAUAUAUUCAUUCCUUUUUAGAGUAUUUCCAUUACUGCAGUGGGAGUACAUGUAAAUGUAAAUAUCAUGAUUGGUAUGAAACUAAUAUCAUUGGUAAUUGGCUGCCAUACAAAACAUACCAUCAGCAUAGCUGGGCUUAAAUUGAUGUUUAGCCUAUUACGCAAUCCUGUGAAUCAUUGCUAUAUAGUUGAAAAAACCUAUUUUCAUGUAAAAUGCUGUUUCCAAAGGUAAAUGUUUUCUGACAGUUUGAAAGCCCCAAAGUAUAAAUGGAAAAGAUAAUUUUCCUUAUCUCUUACUGACAUUUAAAUAUAUAUUAAAAAAUAAUACUUGCUAGCUUUAUUCCUUGUGUCAGCCAUGUUUAGCAUGGUUGAUGAACACUACCCCUAGUGCUUUACUAGCCCAAAAUAUAACCAUGGUUUGAGGUGGCUUAUGAGGGAACCUGAUUUAUGUUGAUGAUAGUUUGUGUUGGUGUAAUUGUUAUGUAGCAUCAUGGUUAACUGGAAAGAAGGAGGGAAUAAAAUUUCUCCAUAGAAAGGUGGGUGUGGCAUGUGUUCUAAGAUAGGUUCCAUAUUUGCACCUAAUGAUUUGCAAGAAUCUAGUGUUGUACCUUUACUGGGUUUAUAUCUUCAUUCUGAAAGUUUAUGUGAGUUGUUAGAUGUGUUCCAGCUGCCCUCUUUUUCAACAUUAAAUGAAGUAUAUAUUCAGCAGUACCAGGGGCAGUACAGGCAACUCCCCAUUCCCAUGCAUUCAAGGCAUGUGUGAUGGCACACAUGUGCAUCACCAUGAACCUGGAAGUGGCACAAAAGGGGGCAAAAAUGGCCCUAAAAGAGUUUAUUUUUCUUGUUUGUUUAUUAUAGUGAAACUGCUGAAUAUCUAUACCUUGUAUAUCCUGUGAUAUAUAUCUCUAUAUAGUGCAUAAUUGGUAUCUGUCAGCUAAAUGUUGUCUGUGCCAUGGUUUAGGGCUACCAUAACUGAAAUGAUCUCAUCCACUGAUGCAAAAGAAAAUGUGAUGAUUCUGCAAUAACAUUUACUAAGGAGAACUUCAUUAUCCUACGUGAACUUAGCUGAAUCCUUGGGAUUCACUGAGGAUACAAGAAUUUAUCUUCUCUGAGAAAUGGAUAAUAUUGCAACACAGAGGGGUUUUGGAAAUACCCUCUAUAAUUUCAAACUGCUUUAUGCAUUAUAUUUUUCAAAGUAAACAGUAUAAACACGACAAAGGUUUGGGAUGCAUAAUCACAUCAAUCAUUUUGCUGUGCUUUUCUCCCCUUAUUUCAUAGUGUUUGAAGAAAAUAACAAAAGAUGGACGACCACAAAUAGUAAGUAGAUUUCUCUGUGUUUGUAUCUGUAUCUGUAGCAGUAACAAAGUUAAGGCACGGCCUUUCUUAAAACUGACAAAAAAAAUUUCAAGCUAUAAUGCAUUAGCUGCAGAAUAGUUCAUCCAUACCCCUAAGUAUGAAGAAGCCAGGAAAACUGGGGUGGUUGUAGUAGGAGCUAAGGUUGGGAAAAUGCAAGUCAGUGUAGAACUGUACAAGGAAUGUAAAUACAGACAGAGAUAUUGCAUCAAAUGCUGCUGUCAGGGAACUGCCAUCGGAGCCAGGGGGAGAGGGAGGGCUCCAGAUGGAUUCCGGAGAGUGUCCCGGGAGGGAGAAAAGCAGCACAUCUUCUGGGGAAGGAAAUCAGCGUAGCACCAGUGGAGAAGGGGGGCAGAUGGGGGAAUCGGCGAGGUGGCUCCAUGACUCCUCGCCGGGGACCAGCGGGGAGAGCACGGGUCCUCCGCUGCCCACACCCUCCCUGAGCAGAAGGCUUCCGCGCAGGGAGAGUAGGCGGAGACUAGGCGUCAGAGAACUUCUUUGCUGGAAGAAGUUCAAGAAACGCCCACUGACGGAUUCUGCCAGCGAUUGAGACAGCCACGGGCGAGUGGCUGUCCGGACAGAAAGGGUUCACUCAGGCAACCCAGCCAGGUGUGGCGCCGAUUUACGCACAAGCAACCCCUAGAAGCAUUACAGCUGCUUAUAUGAUAUCUUACAUGAUUUCAAAUUGCCUCUUAAAUCUCUUGUAAAUAAACUAGCAUCUUGCUUCCUAGCAGUUAUUCAAGGGAAUUUUAUGAUCGGUAUGCCCAAGGCCAAGAGAAGUCUGUGGUCAAUAAAAUGCAGCAGAAAUACUGGAAGACAAAACAAACUCUUAUCAAAGUCACAGGAAAGAAGGAGGAUGAACAUGUGGUGGCCUCAGAUGCAGAUCUGGAUGCAAAACUGGAGGUAGGCAUGGCAGCCCAGAUAUUUCCUCACAAAGGGGGAAAAUCCUAUGUUGGGAGGUCACAAAAAUUGGGCCAGGUUCCAAAAAGCCAUUCAUGCCCUGCGGCUUUUCAACCCUACCUUCCCUGUUGCAGCUCCCCUUGCCACUCUACCCCUCAAAUGCACCCUAAAGUUAGAGGGACCCUUGGAUAUGGCAUUUCAUGAGGCAUGAAAACAGUGGUGCAGCUGUUAACAUUUAUCUCCUCCCAGCACCAUUCUGUACUUUCCAACUGCUUUUUCUUUCCUGAUAAGUUAGAGCAGACCUCCCCGCACCAAAAAAGAAAGAAAGAAAAGAAACCCAACACAUUUACCAACCUCGAUAAAUGAGAAAAAUAUACAGAGCACUUGCAAAAUCUCAUUUUAAGACUCGCUUAAAGCAUAGCACCAUCAUGAAUACAGGAAUAAAAUGGAGUAUGCUUCUGCUUCCCAGAUGAUAAACAGAUUUUGUUGUAGAAAAGGACAAUAUUCUUUUAAUAGUAAAAUGAGCAUCUGUAAUCCCUUAUGUGUCUGGCUGGCCUCCCACUGGCAUUUUUUUUUAAAAAAAAACCAAAACAAGUAGAAAGAAAGGAUACUGUGGCAACUAGUGUGAACUUCAGAUUGCCCAUGCCAGCCUAGAUGCUGGUGCUGGGCCUGAUGUUUGCCUCUGCCUCCACCAUUUCCUUUUCUUUGGGUGGUAAUUUGAGGGCCCCCUGAGCUGCAAGUCCCUGGACUUAGGCCUGGAUAUCUUAGCUGCACCACUGCAGGAGAAGCUACAUUGGGAGAAAUCAAGAAGAAGCUACAUGCACCUAAUUGAAAUCACUGUCCUCUGGCUCAUGUACCUGAUUUAGUUGUAAAGAUAAAAAAGUGUCCCCAACCUCUUGGAAGAAUGGGAUACAAAUGUAGCAAAUAAAUCAGUGUUAUGCCAUAGAAGUCUGUUUUCAACCAUUUCCUUUCCUUCUUUUGGUGUGCAAUUGCUGAUGUUUUUUCCAUUUUAUUAGCAAGGUUGAGGGAAUUGGAUAUGUUUAGCCUGGUAAAGAAGAGACUGAGAAGAGAUAGAUAGCCAUAUUCCAGUAUCUAAAGCAGGCUUCCUCAACCUCGGUCCUCCAGAUGUUUUGAGACUACAAUUCCCAUCAUCCCUGACCACUGGUCCUGCUAGUUAGGGAUCAUGAGAGUUGUAGGCCAAAAACAUCUUGGGGGCUGAGGUUGAGUAAGCCUGAUCUAAAGGGCUGUAAGAUGGAGCAAGCUGUUUUCUGCUGCUCCAGAGGCUAGGUCCCAAACCAAUGGGUUCAAGUUACAAGAAACAACUAAACAUCAGAAAGAACUUUCUGACAGUAAGAGCUGUUUGAAAGUGGAACAGACUCCCACGAGAGGUGGUGGACUCUCCUUCCAUGCAGGUUUUUAAGCAGAGGUUGGAUAGCCAUAUGUCAUGUAUGAUUGAGUCAAUAUUCAUGUAUUACAGGGGGUUGGACUAGAUGACCCUUGGAGUCCCUUUCAACUCUACAGUUCUAUGAGUCUGAUUUUAAAGGAUAUUCGUUACCUAAUGGUAGAAUUAAAACAAGCAUAGCAGUGUUAUAGAAUUAGCAUAGUUAACAGAGAACCUGUUAAUCCCUCUCUGGUCUCUCUUUAAAUAAGCAAAUGUUGAUGUCUGAUUUGGACUUUUUUUUUUUUUUUUGGUAACUAUUUAUUUCCUGAGAAAUUCUAAAACUAAAAUAAUUAAACCUCAUCUCUGGAAAUAUUGGAUAGUUUGAGUGUUUACUUCUUGGAGUGGUUCCAGCUUGCAAAUUACAUUUUACAUAUUUACUUUCUGCCUGUGACCUUAAUUAUACCUCUUAAAAUCUGUGCCGUCACAUUCCUUGCACAGAAUGGCCUUCCUGCUAUACUGUAAACAUGGUUGCAUUUCAUUGGCAGAGAACAUAUCACAGAGCAUAAAUGCCCGUGAGACAAACUGAUUUGCUCAGACCAUCUUACAUGCUUUGUAUUUAUAUAGGAAUUGUAUUAGAAAAUUGCUGCACAUGUGAUGUUGUACAUUGGAGGAAAACACUAUGAAUUCAUAGGCAAGGAAAGCUGAUAAGGUUUCAGAAGCAACAUACUGUUUUGAAGGGAAAUAUAGUUUUAAGGAAAGUGUUUUUUCUGUGUCUCCUGUCUCAACAAUAGUUUGUAUUUUAUGUUUCAUUUCAGCUCUUCCAUUCAAUUCAGAGGACGUGUAUGGAUUUACUUAAAGCAAUUGAACUAUAUCAAAAAAGGAUUUGUUGUAAGUAUUUUAGCUGUAGUUAGCCUUGCCUUUUCAGGCUAACAAUCAGUGGUAAAAUGAAGAUAAUUGUGAGGUAUUCUGCAGCAUUAAUCCGAGUUCAAGUUGAUACUAAAAUUAUUUAUCAGUCUAGGCUUUAAAGAUAGCUUUGUACAUUUGGCGGAAACAAAUACUAUGACAAAGAAAAAUAUGAUAUUACAUCGAACUUGAUCAGAUCCAGUCCAAGCGAUUUUGCUGUCUGAGGCCAAAGAUAAGAUUCCUCUCCCCAUUCCAUAUGCAAAUCAUGCUUGCAAUUAAAUCUUACUUCAACGUUGAUGACAAGACAGCAUCCUCCACCACACCUAAGGGGUGUGGGCUAGCUUAUUAGGUGCAGAGCAGACCACAUCACACACAGAGCUCUGUCUGCUGGCAAAGGGAAAUGACCAGCAAUGGUGUGUGCCUUAGGACAGAUGACAAGGGUCCAGCACUGCUGCUCCUCACCCCAACUGCUGCCUAAGGCAGCUACCCCACUCUUUCUGAUAGUAGGGACAGCCCCAAGAUUGAUAAACUGGUCCAAUCUUUGUGUUACACAGAAAACAUGAGAAAUGUCUCUCUAGCAUGUUCUUAUAUAUAUAAAAAAGGAAAUGCAGUAUCAGAGGCUGUGGUAGAGAGUGUGAGGGAGCUGCUUAACUUUUUCUCCUGUUGUUUGUCCUGUCAAAGCGUGCGCCCCCCUCCAAGCUGCUUUUUAUGGCAGAAAGGGGACUGUAUAUUUUGUCCUGCAGAGAACCAAAGCAACUUGAAUAUAGCAAUUUGGGGUAUCCCCUGUCCCUCUGCUUGAAGCAGCACCCUCCUGUACCUGUUUUUCAGUGUUAGCUGUUCAAGCAAAACAAUGGUUCCAGAGUAUGGUCUGAAGGAGGCCACUCACCUGCUGAAAAUAAGCCAGCCUGGUGGUGGUGGUGUUGGUGGUGUUAUCAUCAUCAUCAUCAUCAUCAUCAGUGAGUGGAUAAGUGACUACCUGGGAACCACUUGAACUUCUUGAGUAACUUCUUGAGUUACAUGAUGGAAGAAAGGUAGGAUAUAAAUGUAAGGAAAUAGAAAAAAGUAAAAAUCAUCCAUUGAGAGAUUGCAUAACUUGAUACCUUUUAAUUUGGUCCUCACAUUUGCUAUUGUGUAUGGACCUGUAGUACAUGCUUUGCCCUGCCUUAAUUUGCUUUUUUAAAAAUAGAUUAAUAUUUAAAAACAUUUUCUUAAUUUAAAUGCAAACUCUCUGAAACCAAAUCUUCUAAAUGAAAAAAAAUCCAAAUAUACAGAGGGAAUAGAACUGAAGGGUGUAUGAUGCCCAAGUUGUUUCAAUCAGCAUCCAUUUGACGAGCCCCUGUGAACUUCUGUCACUUGAGCAUCAGGCUCAAGGAGUUGAAAGAGAGUGUAAAACAAUCAAGGGAAAUUCUAGGUAUUGUAGUCAGGUCACAGCAGUCUACUUCAUCUGAUCCCACCAAGCUUAUAGCUCUAUUCAAGCAAAAAAUAGCACGUUCUCCUGUUGCCUUUUCAGCGUAGAGGUCAUUUUGCAGUUCUUGUUACAUUACACUGAGCCCAUGAAGGGAUGUGCUGAAGUGAACCCGAUCGUCUGUUUCGUAAGUGCAUGGGAUUCAUGAAGGUUAAUUAGAAAUUGCAGGGUUAUGUUGGAGGGUUAUUCUGUGACCUGAAUAAUGGGGGCAAUGCAACAUUUCCCUUCUUUAAACUUAGUGGUGCAUCACCACUUUCUCUCUCUCUUUUUUUUAAUCUCAGUUCUGUCUCAAGAAGAAAAUGAAUUGGGGAAAUUUCUCCGAUCCCAAGGUUCUCAAGAUAAAACCAGAGCGGGCAAGAUGAUGCAAGCUACAGGAAAGGCCCUCUGCUUUUCCUCUCAACAAAGGUAUGUUUGACUUGAGAGACUUCAUGUAUGAAAUAGCUUACCAUCCUUGCCCUGCCUUCUGAAGCAGGCCUGCACAAGAAGCCCACGUGAGGUUUCAAGAUUUUCCUGUCUCCUGCCUCCCAGCAGCCCCAAUAAAAAGCAGGAAAGGACUGCUGGUAGCUUGAGGUCAAGAAAGCUCUCUGGCUGUAUCUUUUGUCUGGUUUUUUUUUUGAGGGGGGUGUCUUUCUUCCUCAAUGUCACUUAUAUAUUACAUUUCUAUCCUGUCCUUGUUCCAGUGAGUUCAAGGCAGCAUCUACAAUUCUCUUUCUCUUCCCCACCUCAUGUUUUAUUUUCAUGACAACCUUGUGAGUUUGGCCAGUAACUCUGUCUCAGCCUAAUAUCACCCAGUGGGAGCCUCAUAGCUAAAUGGGGUUUUGAACCUCAGUCUCCCAGGUCCUUACACAGGAUUUUUUUCUGCCUCCUCUCUGAAUCCUCCCGAGACUUUUUACUUGUUCCCUGCCUGUCCUCCCUGAGCUUCUCAUUCAGACACAGGAGAAUAGGCAGGAAAUUAAAAGAUUAAUUCCUUCUCUGAUUUGAAGAGCUAAUGAAACGUGCAUCCCCUUCUGCAGAGAGGAUCCCUCUCAGUUUCCAGCUCAGCCUUCUGACAAAGAGGGCCACACAUCUUGACCUCUGGUUUGUUAAAGCCAGGAGUCUUUGCCAAAUGUGUUGUCGCUAAGAGGGCUCCCUUUCUCAGAAAAAAAGACUCCAGGCACUUCAGGUAAAUAAUAAUAAUAAUAAUAAAUUUUAUUUAUUAUUAUUACAGUAUAAAAGUAUAGCAUAAACAACACUCUAAAAUCAUUCAUUAUAAAAUUAAUUAAUUCAGGCCACUGGCAACCAUUGGGCCAGAGCUCCACGAAGAUUGCCGAGGGAGGGAGUCAGGCUGUGCCCUGGCCAAAGGCCUGGUGGAACAACUCUGUCUUGCAGGCCCUGCGGAAAGAUGUCAAGUCCCGCAGGGCCCUGGUCUCUUGUGACAGAGUGUUCCACCAGAUCGGAGCCACAGCCGAAAAAGCCCUGGCUCUAGUUGAGGCCAGCCUAACUUCUCUGUGGCCUGGGACCUUCAAGAUGUUUUUAUUUGAAGACCGUAAGUUUCUCUGUGGGGCAUACCAGGAGAGGCGGUCCCGUAGGUACGAGGGUCCUAGGCCGUAUAGGGCUUUAAAGGUUAAAACCAGCACCUUAAACCUGAUCCUGUACUCCACCGGGAGCCAGUGCAGCUGGUGUAGCACCGGGUGAAUGUGAUCUCGCAGCGAAGACCUCGUGCAUUCUGCACCCGCUGGAGUUUCUGGGUCAGUCUCAAGGGCAGCCCCACGUAGAGCGAGUUACAAUAAUCCAGUCUGGAGGUGACCGUCGCGUGGAUCACAGUGGCUAGGUCAGGGCGAGAGAGGUAAGGAGCCAACUGCUUAGCUUGGCGGAGAUGGAAAAAUGCCGCCUUUGUUAUAGCUGCAAUCUGCGCCUCCAUGGAAAGGGAGGUGUCGAAGAUUACACCCAAACUCUUAACGGACGGUGCUGGCACUAAUUGCGCCCCUGCAAGAGAUGGGAGUUGCCCCCCCAAUCCCAUAUCGCCCCGUCCCAGCCACCGGACCUCUGUCUUCGAAGGAUUUAGCUUCAACCGGCUCCCACGUAACCAUCCAGCCACAGCUCUUCCAAACAUCUGGUCAGUGUGUCUGGGGCCGAGUCAGGAUGGCCAUCCAUCAACAGAUAGAGUUGGGUGUCAUCGGCAUACUGAUGGCAACCCAGCCUAAAACUCCGAACAAGCUGGGCGAGGGGGCGCAUAAAGAUGUUGAAAAGCAUCGGGGAGAGUAUCGCACCCUGAGGUACUCCACACACCAAGGAGUGGCGCGAUGACAAUUCCCCCCCAAGCGCCACCCUCUGUCCCCGACCAGAGAGAAACGAGCGCAGCCAUUGAAGGGCUGUGCCCUGGAUUCCCACGUCGGCAAGGCGGUGGUCCAGAAGUUCGUGAUCGACCAUGUCGAAAGCUGCUGACAGAUCUAGAAGAAUCAGCAGCCCCGACCCGCCUCGAUCCAGCUGUCUACGAAGAUCAUCUGUUAGGGCGACCAGAGCCAUCUCGGUCCCAUGACCAGCGCGGAAGCCGGACUGGAAUGGAUCCAGAGCCGAUGUUUCAUCCAGAAACCCACCAAGCUGUUCAGCAACCGCUCUCUCAAUCACCUUACCCAGGAACGGAAGAUUCGAAACCGGGCGGUAAUUGGAUAGAUCUAAAGGAUCUAAUGAUGUUUUCUUUAAGAGUGGGCGCACCACUGCCUCCUUCAGUUCCCCUGGGAAUGUCCCCGUGCCAAGGGACAAAUUGAUGAUAUCCCCAGGAGGGCCCGCACCUCGUCUGGACACGCUCUAAUCAGCCAAGACGGGCACGGGUCGAGAGGACAGGUGGUGGGCUUUCCAGCUCGGAGGAGUCUGUCCACAUCGGCUGGGGAUAUCCGGUCGAAGUGGUCCAAUACUGGACCCGAGGACAGUCGAGGGGCCUCCAAUUCCUUUAUUGUAUCCAAAUUGGCAGGGAGGUCAUGGCGGAGCAACUAGACCUUCUCCACAAAAAAGCUCGCAAAUGCCUCACAGCUAAGUGUCAAAUUGUUAUUUAAAUUUGGCUGUCCCUCAAGGGACGUUAAAGACCUGAUUAUACUAAAUAAUUGCGCUGGGCGAGAGCUAGCGGAUGCAAUGGAGGCCGAGAAGUAUGACUUCUUAGCAGCCUUCACUCAAACACCAACAGCUAUAUUUAAGUACAGCAGGCAGGGACCCACACUCACUUCCUUCCCCCACUCGCCUCUACAGGACAGCCCUCUACAAGUAUUUCCUCUUGACCCAGGAGCUAACCAUAUACACACUUUCCGCUUUUCAUUUUAGCUCCAGUAUGAUCAUAUACCUACACUCCUUGGCAUCAGUUUCAAAUGUGUAUGUCCAUCCUCUGGUUUAGUAUGAUGCACCACUAACUAGAAAAUGGUGUUUUCUUUUCAUCAAAGAGUUCAUCUGUAUCCUUGUGAUCAGGUUGGUAUCUAGAGACAGGGUACACCAGGACAUUAUUGCACCUUCCAGUGUCAAAAGUAUCACAGCUUCAUUGUCAGGAGGAUGGAACAGCUAUCAUUCCUUGGUUUGUGGUAUUCAGCCUUGCUGGACACAAGCCAGGGAGAAGCCAUCCUUGUCCGAGAAACCUAUCAGCUGGAAACACCUUAAGAGUUUGUGAUAUCUUCCUGAUAGCAUGCUUUGACAAGGCUUUGUUCCAUACAAUCUCACUAGCUAUUGUUGUCCCCCACCCCCCACCCCAGCUCCAGAUUGCACACAAGAUCAUUGGCCAGGUCAGGAUACUUUCAGAGGCCAGGAAAUCCUGGACUGGUGUGGACCCACCAGAGCAAUCUUGUGAGGCAUGUAUCUCACAAGAGAUGCAAGCCUGUUUGGAUGGUGGAUGGUGUCGCAUUGCCAGAAGUUGAUAGCCUAGGACAGCGUACAAAAAGUUCGCUCCAAUACCAGUGCUAUCUUGUAUAAUUUAGUAUAAAUGAUAUGUGAACCAGGAACAUCAGAAUGGAACGCCCAAUCAAGGAAGAGUCCUUUGUGUCUCCUAAUGCUUAGAGAGAUACCGUAUACCAUUAUGAGUAGUUUGAGAUAUUCAGGAGUUUGAUGGCUAGGUCACCCAUGCAUGCACCAAACCGGAAUUAUUUGUUGUUUAAACUAGCUUUGCUCCAGUUUAAAUGGAGAGUGAACCUAUGUGUGAGUAGGCUAUUGUAUCUCCAGAUAAGUGAUAGCAGAAAAAGGUAGUGUGUGCUGUAUUCCGAGAAUUGUCAAGGUGUGUGAUUUGGAGGGAAGGCUUCUCUUGAUCUCAGGAUGGAAUAGGAACCAUAUUCUAGAAACUGCAAGAGGGAACUUUCAUCUGUCGCCCAGACUGGCUCCAUACUUUGAAUGCUUAGCCUGUUAUCCACAUGGCCAAUAACUUUUACCUUGUGUCUGCAUAUUAAAUAUUAGCUGUUUCACCACAGCACCAGCAUACUGUGCAAAUUAACUAGGGCUACUCACUGAUAUAAUAAAUAUUCUGUUUAGGCUGCAAUGGGACAUUCACUUUCCUGGAAGUAAGGCCCAUUGUACCCAGUGGGACUUACUUCUGAGUAGAUGGGCAUAGGAUUGCCUUGUUAAUUAAUUGGUUACUUUUCAACAGGUUAUAAAGCUUCUCUGAAAGUGCCAUUUUAAGGAUUCUGAAGGAAAGCUUCAGUCUUUGAGAAUGUGGAAAUUAAUGAACUGUUAGUGGGAACAGGCUUUCUUAAAUAUUUUUUUAAUACACCAGAAGCAACCAGGAAAAAAUGGAUUUGCUGUGUACUUGUGAAAAAAUUGUCCCAAAUGGUACCAUCCAAACUGAACCUUGUGGUCCAUUCUAAUUUGCUUGUUGGCAUUCCUUCCGUUGGCAUUUCCUUUCUAGCAACCCUUUGUCACUCUGGUUUGUAAUCAAAAUAAAGCCUAAAAAGUCUCUUUUGGUUUGGUUUCAGGAGUCCCUACACUUGCCAUUUUUGUCUUUGCUUUUUUGGUCACAGGUUGGCAUUGCGCACUCCUUUGUGCAGGCUAUACCAAGAAGUGGAGACAUUUAGGUACAGAGCUAUUUCCGAUACGUGGUUGACGGUCAAUCGAAUGGAGCAGUGCCGAACUGAAUACCGAGGAGCUUUAUUGUGGAUGAAAGAUGUGUCUCAAGAGCUGGAUCCUGAUCUUUACAAACAGAUGGAGAAGUUUAGGAAGGUAUGAAAAUUCCCACCAUUUGCUAGAGAGCAAUGCUUGAGAAAUGGUAAUGGAGCAUGGGUUUUAUCCCAGUAAGAGAAAUAUAGUUCAACAUCUAGCACUGAGGGUGAAAUUAAUCAUAAAUUGAUCUUUCCCAUGUGGCAGGAUACAGUUCAUUUGAUAGUGAAUAUAUUUUCCAUCGUUGAAAGAUGCAACUACCAGAAAUGUUUUCCUAAGAGUGUAACCCUAUACAUAUUUACAUGGGUGUGAGUCCCAUUGCAUUUAAUGGGACUUACUUAAGAGUAGAUACAGAAUGCUCUAUAAGUAACUGUAUUACAGUUGAUUAUAUGUAAACAUAUAUAAUAUAUUACACAAAAUGGAUCAGAUAUUACCAUAGUAGGCAUCUCUUUAGGGUUUUGAGGAAGGACAGAUAUAAAUGUUUUAGGUAAAUGUCUGGGCAAUUCUAUGCCUGAGAGGAAUUCAAUUGCACUUACUCUCAGGUAAACAUAUAAUAGAUUGCAAUAUAUAGAAGAUGCAUGCAGCCUGUGCUUUUCCAUGAAGACUAUUGAUUGCUAGCUUUCUUUGUUGAGUCUGCCUCUAUACCCAGGUGGAAUCUACACAAAUGUUUAAAACGUUUUGAAAAUGCUUUUGUUAAGAAUCAUUUUGAAAAAUGCAUUGAAUUUACCAUAGCUCACAGUCACCAACUAGUGUCACAAUUGCAUAUUGCACUUUACAAGACAUUCAAAAUGUUUUAUUUGCAGCUGUGUAGCUGAGUCCGAUCAGAAGGUCGGCGGUUCGAAUCCCCGUGACGGGGUGAGCUCCUGUUGCUCAGUCCCUGCUCCAGCCAACCUAGCAGUUCGAAAGCACGAAGUGCAAGUAGAUAAAUAGGUACCGCUUCGGCGGGAAGGUAAACGGCAUUUCCGUGCACUACUCUGGUUCGCCAGAAGCGGCUUAGUCAUGCUGGCCACAUGACCCGGAAGCUGUAUGCCGGCUCCCUCAGCCAAUAAAGCAAGAUGAGUGCCGCAACCCCAGAGUCGUCCAUAACUGGAUCUAAUGGUCAGGGGUCCCUUUACCUUAGCUGAGUCCCCAGUGGGUCCAGUCCUCCAGAGCUACAAGUUGCUUCUCAGCUCACAAUCCAGUGAAGGCAUCUAUAGCUAUAUAUAUUUUAAAAACUGGCUAAGUGGUCUCUGGAGAUGGGCAGAGGACAUUUUGUGUAACCAGAUUCUGCUGAAAAUUUUUGCAAGAUGUUUGGUUGAUUGGGGCAAAUCUGAGCCACAGAUCUACAGAAUGUACUACAUGCCCUGCCAUCAUUUCGGAGACUUGGUUUGUCAAGAAUUCAGGCCUGCAUUUGAAGGCCUGCAAAUCCCUACCCUUGUCAAUAUGGAGUUGUUCUAAGAGAGGGAGAAAAACGUUUCUCAAUCAACUCUCUCCAUGCCAUGCAUAAUUUUAUAAACUUGUAUCAUAUUGCCUCUUACUCUCCUUUUCUUUAAACUCAAAAGACUCAACCACCAUGACCUUUCUUCAUAGUCGCUCUAUCCCCUUGGUCAUUUGGCUUGCCCUUUUCUGAACCUUUUCCCACUCUUACUGAACUUGCCUUUUAGAAUUGUUUAUAAUACAAAACAUCAGGCAAAAACACCCUGUAACUUUGAAGAAGCUAACUUCCUCUUCUGGACACCAGGUUUUACAUAGCACAUCCUGUAACAGCAGUGGACAUCUGCAUUGCUUCACAGUUGAAAAUUUGAUAAGCAAAUGUCUUAUGUUUCCUUGAUGAGAAUUAACACAGAACUACUUCUGUGUUUAGGGUCUGCUGUUCUGGGGACAGUGGAGCUGCCUUAUCUUUUAGUGUGCAACUCUGAUUUGUGCCAUUGGGUGGCAGUAUUUUACUAGAUCUUUCAAGUUAUUUGAGGAUUUGUAUCAUAACAAGGGGGACUACACUGUAUGUCUUUGUUCAGGAGGUUGUAGAUGUGCUAGGAAAAGAAAAAGCUGUAAAUUCUUUUCCUAAUCAUGAUGAAUGCAGUUGACAAUGCAGGUGAUGUGGCAAUUUUUUAUUAUGAUUGGGUGAAUGGAAGUUGUGUGUUACUAUAUUAUUAGAACAUUUUUAUUACUGGCAUAUUUGGGACAAUUUCAGUUUUCAAGUGAAGUCAUUUGUUGCAGUAGGGAACAUGGUCAGAAUAAAGUUACUUUUCAUUUAUUGUCUUUUCCCAUGUGCAAUACAUGCAUAAUUGCAAAUAUGAAAGAUUAUGUUCAGUAAUGUCAUUGAGCUUCAGCAUACCUGACUUGGGGCUCGUCCACACUUUGCUUGUCCCACAGGUCCAAGAGGGUUUCUAUGCUUUCUAGACAUGGGUCUGAGUGGUUUUCCAUUUGCCCCACAGCUUUCCCCAGGAAAAAGCUACUAUUUAGCACUGAAUUGGAGCAAACAUCAAUCCACAGAAAAAACAGUUAACAUUUAUUCCAAAUCAGAGGUAAAGAGCGGGUUUUUACAGGAGAAACUGCCAAGACAAGUGGAAGUGUGGAUGAGACCUCAUUGCUGAAUAAUGUUUGUUUUUAGAAAAGUGAAGGUAGCACUGAGUGCCCCGGAGCAGAUGGGAUUUUUAUUCAUUUUUGGUGUGUUGGGGGAAAGGCAGCGCUUUUUUUCUAGGGGGGACGCAGGGGUACGCAUACCCCUAAACAUUUUGUGAAUCUAAGUUUGGCCUCAUUGCGGGCAGUAUUUCAAUAUGAGUAGGAAAAUGAGAGUACCCCUAAACAUCUAAACAUUUUUUUAAGAAAAAAAACACUGGGGAAAGGUGAGUAAAGUUCCUAAGUACAGUGGUACCUCGGGUUAAGUACUUAAUUCGUUCCAGAGGUCCGUUCUUAACCUGAAACGGUUCUUAACCUGAAGCACCACUUUAGCUAAUGGGGCCUCCUGCUGCCGCCGCACCGCUAGAGCACAAUUUCUGUUCUCAUCCUGAAGAAAAGUUCUUAACCUGAAGCACUAUUUCUGGGUUAGCGGAGUCUGUAACCUGAAGCGUAUGUAACCUGAGGUACCACUGUAUGUAACAAAUCUGUUAGUUAAGGUACCUAUUGCAAAACACCUGAGUACAUUCCAUACGAAGUUGGCAAGGGAGCAGUAGUCUUUUUCAUAAUUCCUCGGGAGUGACUUCUGUGAUGGUUUUAUCCUUGCUGUGCACACAUUGGCAUUCCAACUACUGAAUGUCGGGCAAGCAAUAUCCCUGUGUUUAAGGGGUCCAGCUGCUUUGUUGGGUUAUCCACCACUCCAAUUAGAUAGCCCCAAAUACCUUUUGGUAUUGUUACUGAGAUCAAGAAUGCUCAGUUCUGUACUGUGCUACAGGGAAGUUGCCACACUGCAUGCUUAGGUCUACUUUAGAUGUUUAUAUAUGCGUAUAAACAUAUUGUGAUUAUAUAUCCUUGUGAUUAAGGUGUUUUAUCUGAAACAGGAUAUGGGACCUGGUAUCCCAUUAAGGACUUAUCAGGAAUGUGCACCUAAUGUUUGGGCUUUAUUAAAGCUUUUACAGAAUUGCAUUCAAGACUUGCUUUGAAUGAUGAGCAGUUUCAAAAUACAGGGUAUUUUGCUUCAAGUGGCCUUUUUUGUUUUGUUCCUCAAUUAUGCCAAGCCAAGAGAAAUGCCAGCCAUUCAUUUCUCCUCUUUCUCUUCCUGCCCUCAAUUGCAACAUACAAUUUCAUACAUUUUAGGCACCUCUUUGCCUUCUUUGUGUGGGGGUUUUUGUUGUUCUUUCCAUAAAUUACAUGGAACAAUGGGAAGGAUCUGCCUAUCUGAACAUUACAGCUAACCUGUGUAUGGUAGGAGGUACAAAGAGAAUCUAUAUAGUUACUCAGUAGCAUUCCACCAACUUAAAUCUAAGCAUUACUGGAUGGCGACUUUCAGUAUGACACUUUUCAUGCUCUUUGCACUACAAUGAAAACUUACUGGGAAAGGAGCUGCAUUUCUUGAAGCAUAUUGUCUUCUCUCUUUUUCUGCAUUCAAGCUGGGUGAGGGAAAUGCUUUACUCUAUUGACCUUUGUUUUUACUAUUUCUAUUCUUAGGACCUUCAUCAGUACAGACUGGUGAGUUACCUGUCGGUUGAAAAAAGCUGGCAGAUGGAAAUUUGUCAGUCCAACAGAGCUGCCAUCAGUCAUGUUUACAGAGCAAAAGCAGGGCUUUUGCUGAUUUUUCCUACCUGCAAAUGUUCUCCUCUUUUGCUUAUUUAUGUCAGGCAGCCAUUUUGCUAGUAGGUUUAUAAAGUGUUCAGGCUCCGUGUAGCAGUGGAUGCCAUUUUAUGGAUUUCAGCUGAUAGUAAAAACCCAGAGCUGUGCGUCUUCCACCAUUCUGCAUUUGUACACAUAAGUCAGUAUCCUGAGAAACUCACACAUGCAACCAUGCAAAUUCAAUCAAUUUGCAAAAUGUACAUUUUGCUCUGUGCAGAAUUUGGAGGAGGUGUUUCACAUAGUGUGCAUGGCAAUAAGUUACAAUGCUACAUGGUUGGGGCCCUCAACCUAGCACUAUCAGGGUCCUCUGUUGAAAACAUAGGAAAUAUAGGAAAUAUCAAGUUAGACCAUUGUUCCAUCUAGCUCAGUACAGUGCUACCUUGGUUCUCAAACUUAAUCCGUUCCAGAAGUCUGUUCCAAAACCAAAGCAUUCCAAAACCAAGGCGCGCUUUCCCAUAGAAAGUAAUGCAAAACAGAUUAAUCUGUUCCAGACUUUUAGAAACAACCCCUAAAACAGCAAUUUAACAUGAAUUUUACUAUCUAACGAGACCAUUGAUCCAUAAAAUGAAAGCAAUAAUCAAUGUACUGUACUAUAAAAUAAAUAAGACAGUAUUGUAGAUGAUAAAAAUUAAAACUACUUUUUUUUCUUACCUGCACUGAUGAUAGUCAUUGUUUGGAUGGGGGGCUUUUAUCCAUUUCUGCAGUCACACAAUCAAUCAAUCAGUAGCUGAAGUGGGUUCCACACAGUCACAAAAACAAAUUAACUGAAAAAGCCUCGAAAACAAAAACGUAAAAUAAAUAGCAAAAACAAAAGCACCAAUCUUAAUCCAUUCUGGAAGUCUGUUUGACUUCCGAAAUGUUCAAAAACCAAGGUGCAGCUUCUGAUUGGUGCAGGCAGCACGGAAACAAUAGCUGAUAACCGCAUCGGAUGUUCAGCUUCCGAAAAACGUUUGAUAACCGGAACACUUACUUCCAGGUUUUUGGCAUUUGGGAACCAAGACGUUUGAGUACGAAGGCGUUUGAGAACCAAGGUACCACUGUACUGGCUACACUGACUGGCAGAGCCCCACCAGGGUUUCAGUUUCAGGCAAGGUUUCCCCCUUGCCUAACCUAGAGAUGCCAAGGAUUGAACCUGGGGUCCCUUGCAUGCAGAGCCACAGCCUUUUGAGGCAGUCUGCAUUGGGGGGGAAAUUACACAAUGCCCUAAUUCACUAUUGGGAGAGAAAAUACAACUGUAACGUUUCCCCCCUUUUGAUAGAAGUGAGUGCAAUUUGUAGCCUUUUCAGAGUGGAUUAAGCAGGACAAAUUACAAGCAAACAGUUCCAGAGUUAUUUGUGCUGGUCUCCUCUUAAGGUUUGAGGUGUUUUUUUUAAAGGAGCCAUCUAUAACUUUUCUUUAUUUCAUUGUAGAAUUGGACCAAAGCUGAAGCAAUUGCUACCCCUUCAGAGGAGGUGAAUCCUGCCAAUUUGAUAGCUGCAGUUGUUUUCCAGCAAGGGCAACCUUUUCAAUUUUAGGGGUGGUCAAAAUGAUACCACUUAAUGUUCCUUUGGGUUUCUUGGAGAAAUAGUCUGGAAAUGUCAGACUUGAGAAAGGUGCUCCUAGAUAAGAAACUGUCAAAUUUCAGGCAAAUUGACCCAGAGGUUUUUGUGCUAGGCACCUUUUAAAGUUGAUUUUGGGUGUGUGUAUGUGCGGAACUAAAAGGGAUGUGAGUCAGGGUAAAAUAAUUUCCUCCACUUACAAACCUGACGUGUCAGUCACAACAGAGCUUUCCCUCUCUCCACCCUGGCAUUUGCUCUUCCUAUCACUCCUUUCUCUCUCACACACACAUAUUUUCCUUAUAUGAAAGAUGAUAUAAAGCUGUGGGGGUCUGAUGCCGCUGAGCACCCCUAGUGCAAACUCAUCCUCGGUCAGUGUCAUUUUUCAAACUCCUUUCCAUUCCAGAGAGUUGCUUUGGAACAGGAGACAGUGAAUUUCUUCUUUAACUGGAUUGUGUCUGGCCAGCUUGUGAUCUUUUCACUCUCUGAUUACUCAGAGGAAGAGAAGGAGGAAUGGAAAGGAAAAUUCACUUUAGAGGGAUGCUCCAAGAAUCUUUUUAAAGCAAACAUAUAUACUUCAUGAAUUUUAAUUGCCAUAGCAGGGCUACUGGUUAAAGCAUUGUAGUUACUCUAUGAUCAAUAACUGUCUACCUGCAGUCACUUAGUAUGUAUUAAAUGGCUGGGAGGACUACAUCAUUGCUGUUCAUAGGUUAAAAGCAGUGUAAUAAUGUGUGAUAGAGAUGCCCUUCAAAUCCAUAAUGAAAACUGCUCUUUAAAAAUAGAAGCAAGCUUCUGGGAACAUAUUACAUCAUCUUAAGAUGUAUUGCUUGUAGAAUGUUGUAGUAACUGUAGACUGAAUGCCCUUGAGUGAUUUCCUUCCCCAUCUGCUCCAUUUUAGUCUUAAGAAAUAAAAAACUGAAAUGAUGUUCUAGGAGAAGUGCUUUUAAAUUAAUGAAUGGAAUUAAAAUAAAAGUGGUAUUGUAGAUACACAGCUCUUCCAGUUAUUCCCACUUGCUUUGUGAUGCAAGUGAAACUAGGGUAACGGGCUCUUUUUAAAACCCUUGGGCACAUGCAGAAUCCAGCAGAAUUCAAUGUAUGUAUUACAGUGAAUAAUACAGUUUCUGUAUCAAUGUUCCCCCCAAACAGAGACCUGAAUGAGUCACUGGGAAUGCUUGGAUAAUCAUAUUUUGGCUUAAUAAAUGGGGAUAUAAAGGAGCCCUUUGCUAGUGUGCACAAGCCCUUCACUCCUCUGAGGUGCAAUCAAUAAAAUUGGACAGCUCAUUAUUAAACAUAGUUUCCCAUUUUGUCCAAACCAGGAACCUGGAGUAAGCCAGGGUGUUAAACUAACUUCAAACAGUGGCUUAAUAUCCUGAAUUGUUCCAAAGCUUGUAUUUUCCUGGAUUAUUUUUUUAAUGACUGUUUAUUGUGUACUGGUUGUUGUUGUAGUGUUUUUUGAAGAAAUGCAAAACCAUUGUUAGUUAAAGACUUCCUGGCACAUGCUUGUGAAGGGGCUGCAUACAUUGGCACAACGCUUGGCCAUAUCUCAGCUCCUUAAGAUGAAUUCAAACCAGCUCACUGUUACAUCUCAAAGGGAAAAUAUCUGCUUUGGGGUUGUUCACAACCUCUAAAGAUUUUCUGUUGAUAUUAAACAGUCACUGUAUUUCAGAUCUUCACUAUACCAAUAAAGAAAACAAUGUGUUAAUGCACUAUGUUAAAGGUUUAUCAUCAUCAUUACUAUUAUGGCUAUACUUGAUGUUGUACCAUAGCCAGUGUGGACAAUAUAAAUAUUGGAGCCGGAUCCAAGAGAGCUAUACUGUAGAUUUACAGAAUCCCCUUAGGUUGCUUUCUCAACCUUAAUCAUGAAAUUAUAGUUUAGACUUUUUUCCCCCUUUUUUUUGCUAUCUGACUGUUGACUUCAUAUUAAACUAUUGAUGUAAUAUCUGAUUACAUUAUAAUAUGAAUAUUUAUAAAUGUAAGCUGCUUGCUAGCUCUGGGAAGCAAUAAUUGCUCAUUCUUCUUCUUGACUUUGCUUCAGUGUCAGAGGCAUAGUGUGAGGGGUGCUGGGGGUGCCCCCCCCGGUGCGGUUUCAAGGUAGGCGCCUUUCUGCCCGUCAUGAGCCAUCGCAUCCUUCUCAGACACCCUCCAGCAGGAGGGAGCCUGAGGAGGCGGCAACAGCUUAGGCAUCCUGAAAGCCCUGUGCUGCUCGCAAAAGGAGUGUUGGGCUGGCGCUUGCCUGUUACCUCCUUCUCAGCUGCCCUCCAGCUGGAGCUUGGUGGGCGCCUGAGAAGGGCGCAACAGUUCAGACAUCCUGCGAGCUCAACGCCAUUUUUGCGAGUCUCCCAAAGUGAUGCUGGGCUUGCAGGGCGGCAUGAGGGGCAGCCAGACAGACGGUGUAGCAUGGCCCCCAAGCACUGGAGAGACGGCGCUGCCCCUCUGUCCGAUGCUAGGAUGAUUCAGGGCUGUGAGGGCGCCCAGAAGGGUUGUGGCAGCUCAGCCUCCCUGCAGGUCCUGCACUGCCUGCAAAAGCAGAGAGGGGCUGGUGCAUGGAGCUGCUGCAUCCCUCCAGCUGAGAAGGAUGCAGUUGCUCUGGUGGCGCAUGCUACAAUCCAAGCAGAGUUAUUUAGAAGCAAGUCUCACAUAACACAGUGAAAGCUAUUUCUGCAUAAAGAUUCAUAGGAUAGAAUGUAAGCACUCAAAACUUUCUAUAAAGCAAUAACUGGUAGUUGGAGGGUAUAAGUAGUGUUUCUCCAUGAGAUGGGAAGACUGUCCUAUCUGCUUGGUAGAGCAAUAAAUAUUCAUAAUUUGAGAAGUGAACACAUUGUGCUGUUCAGGUACUUGGGGUGCAUAAAACUGGAAUGUAGCCAUGUGGGCCCCGCAGAUGAUUCUGAUGAUAUGGAUGAUGACAUCUCCUAAAUCACAAGUGGGAAACCUCUGACCUUCUAGAUGUUGUUGGAAUCCAACUGCUAACAGCCCCAGCCAUCGCCAUCAUGGCUGAUGGUCAGGGAUGAUGGUAGUUCUUACCUUCCACGUGUUGCUGGACCUAAAGUUUCCCAUCCCUGUCCUACAUAUUGGCAGUUGUGGGAGCAUAGGUUCAGUUAGAAGCCCGCAAUAAUAAGUGCAAUACAUCACUAAUCAUGCCAUACACACACACACACACACACACACACAUAUAUAUAGUCAUAAUACAUAAAUAAGCUUACAUAAUUUUAAAUAACUAAUUCUGCUCAUAGUUUUUUAUAUAUUUCCUUAAUAAAGGGUGGGGAGGGGUAACAUUACAUAACAAUAUCAUUCAUGUACUCAAAGCCUAGAAAGUAUGUAUCAAACGCUACAUUUCAUAAAAUUCUUAAUUUGCACUUAAUAAUGCACAUGGUUGUACAGAGUCCUAUACCUUCAAAUUCUCAUACAUAACAAAAAUACUGCACUUUUCACAAAACAUAAAUUUGUCUACGCUUUUCUUGCUGUAAGAAAAUGUAUCAAUUUGAUCAUAUAGACAAUAUUCCAAAUUCUCCAUAACAGUUCUAAGAAGGUUGCAUUAUGUUUCCUGUUCCUCAUAAGACAUUCUAGAUAUGGCAAGGGGGUGUAUAAUAAUCUCCUGAUCCUCUGUUGGAACUUACAUAGCUAAACAAUAAAAUUAGGGGAUCUGAAGGAAGACAAUAAUGAGAAAUUUUUCUAUAUAGAUAGGAAUUAAUUUCAUUGUUUAAAAACUUAAGAGACAUCCAGUAAAUAUGACUUACAUUUGCUCUUACUGUGUUUUAGUGACAUUGUUAGCCCCUGAAUAGAUUUGCCUCAAUAAUUAGAUUCAAUAUUUUCCCCCAUGGUUUUUGGUUUUUUUAUACUAAGGUUAAGUAGAGAUAUUAUGAUCAAGAAAAACAAAGUAUAUAACUUGAAUUAAUGAUCUAGGUUACUAGAGGCAUGAUGCAAUUGAGUUGUUGUUGUUUUAUUAAAAGAACAGUUCAUGGUGGUUGUUUUUUAUCCUCCCUCUCUUGACAGAAGAGUAUGGAAUCUGAAGCGCUACCAUAAACAUUUUUUUUUUACUCUUUAACGAUGAUGUGUCUGAGCAAGAUUUGUUUCUUUCAAGCAAAGCUGCAGCAGCACCUGGCAAACAUAGAUGCCUUUAGCAAAACGAUAGCAGUGAGACUGUUCACAGAUGGCCCACAAGGCAUUUUUUCCCCUCGUCUGUCCCAGAGGUUCUUGUUAAAAAAAAAAAUCAAUGGAAUCUCCUGUUUACAUUUUUUUUCUCUUUGACUUUUUUCCCACAGCCAUAAAUCAAAAGGUUUUUAUUUAUUUUUUAUAAAGAACAGCUCCUAUGUUUUUUAAUAUCUUUGCACACUGUUUUGUACUUUUAAGCAUGUGGCUUGUUGAGUGAACCUGUUGAAUUCUCUACAUCAGAUGCAUUGGCCACCUCUACUUCUUUUUUUUGGGGGGGGUUGCUGCAGCAGAGAUGCUGUUCCCACUUUUUAAAUAUUUUAUCAGCCCUGGAGUAAGUGAGUGGUUGCAUUUUAGAGUUCUGUUGCUGCAGGAUGUCUCCUGUUUUCUUCUGUGAGAGGAAAGCUAUCUAUGCUUGAUCUUAAUGAAUGAAUAAUUUGUUAAGUAGAAAAAGAAAUCUUCAUAAUGCAGGCCAGGUUAAUAUAAAAGGCUGAUUCCCUAUAUUACAUGAAAACUAAUGUUACUGGCUAAAUAACCGGACUUUUCUCAGCCUCCAGGCAGCACCCCUCACUCAGCCCAGCUCCACACCCUUGCUGAGCCUUUUCGCCUGAACGGAAUGUGCCCUUGAACUGUAAUAAAGCCCUUCACUUGUCUAGAUGAAGGACAGAGGAGGGUGAGUGAGCAUAUGCAGAUGCUAGUCUAUUGUACAAAAAAUAAAAUUUUACAAACAUUGCUCCAUCCAAUUUUGCCUCUGGUUCUACCUACCACUGGCAUGUGGCGCUGGAAGUUUACCAGGAAAGGAAUGUGCCCCACCCCUUGUUUACAGCGGAAAUGAUCCUAGUGGUCUGGUAGCCAAUUUUUGGUGGGUAAAUUUAUUCUCAUUCUCUCUGCCUCUCCUUCUCUUUUUCCUCCCUCUCACACAUCUUUCCAAACUCUUAGUCACCUUUUUUGGAGUUUGCUAACCCAUAUACUUCAGAGUUUCCUUUGCAUGCCCACUCCAUUUCACUCCACUGAUGCCAGGUCACAGAACCUAUAUCCCAAUGUUGGCAUCCUUCCUCGAAACCAUUUUUUCAUAGGUCUUCAGCUUGUUCCUCACGUCUUGGUGUUUUUCUUCUUCAAUUCGAAUAUCCCCCAGCCUCUGCUUCUCAGGAAGCAAGGGACUGGAAUCCGCACACACAGUUUCUUGUGUACAUAUGAAUCAGACCAAGCACACAGAGAAAAAGGUACCAUGCCCAAUGUUUCCUUUGUGCUAUGAGUCACCAUAGAUAAAGCCUGGAAUCUGUUUUCAGUAUCAGGGAAGAGUCUUGGAAUAUGCCCCUCAGCAUGUGGCGAGCAGGUUUUUCCUUAUUUCUGAAGAACUACAGAUUAUUUGCACACGCCCUCACAAUUAAAGGUGCAGGGUUACAGGGCAUAUGGAAUGGCUAGCACACAUAACUGAGUGGUAGCCUCCCUUUUUAGCUAUUGAGCAUGGCUCCCACCACAUGAGGCUGCCACCUUGCUGAAUCUAAGCACAUCUGGGUCUGGUCAGUGCUGGGAUAGGUGACAGUGUGGAGUUUCCUGGUGGAAGAAAGGUGGACUGUAAAUACAAGUAAACAAUAUGCAGUUGUAGAACCCAAUUAUUUCCAUAAAAAUCCACUCCUUGUUUUCCUCCUAUCCCCUUUCCUGUGGCUAUAUAAAAAAAAAAGACUCUUCCAGUGCAACAACUGUCUGUUUCCUUCCCUCCUCACAAAAAAGCAGGGAAGUGGAAUAAAGAAGUUAGUUACUGCAUCCAUGAAGGAAAGAAGUCAAGUUUCUAACACUAGAACUUAGGCCAGAAAUUGUCUCGUUUUCUUACACACACACAUCAGUUCCCAGUCUCUCUCUCUUCAUUUUUCCAGCCACACUUAUGGAGUCCUUCCAAAGACAAUAGUCAACUUCUGGAGAAGGAUAGAACUGGCUUGGUAGGAACUUUCCUCCCUCAGGCAAAUAAAGCAACCUGGCUCUUUGGGCAGGAAAGCAGCUGAGGUGAGAGAAGGGGCUUUCAAAAUGGUGUCACCAUUUCUCUUCUCCUUUCCUCCCCCCUUCAUGGCUAGCCAUCAGAGGACUGCGGAUCUCUUCCACCUCUCUCUCUCUCUCCUCUCCUUCCCUGGUGUGUGCCUUGUUUAUGUCACCAGCCACAAGUACAUUGCAAUAUAGACAAUCAAAAGCACUCAUAAUUCUUUUUUUUACAUAUUGCAGUUGGGAGUGGCAGCCUUAUAGUGGCAUGGUCCAUAUUGGGCAUAUUGUUCUGGAAAGAGAGAACCAUUUUCCUUCAGUCUUUUUUGCUGCGGAUUGGUUGAAGAUACAUUGUAACAGAUUGAAUGUGAAUACGAACCAUCAUAAAAUAUAUACUCUACCUAGGUUCUAGGUCUGUUCAGACUUUGAAGCUUGCUGUACAAGGAAAAUGCUAAUGUGGAGAGAGGAGGCAAGGAGAGCUCUUCCCUGACUGAAAAUCUGAUUGGAAUGAUUUCCCCAGGGCUCUUCAAUCACAGUGCCUUGGGGGCAGGAAGUUAAAGUAAUGCAUCACCUUGUCAUUGUCUAAACAACAACAACAAAAAUUCCUUCCAGUAGCACCUUAGAGACCAACUAAGUUUGUUAUUGGUAUGAGCUUUCGUGUGUAUGCACACUUCUUCAGAUACAUUGUCAUUGUCUGUUCUCCAUUCUUUUCUAGUUCUGUUAAUGGUGCUUGUUUGGAAAAUGUGGGAUGGUCAGUUCCUUCUGCCUCUGCCACAUUCAUUCCUGCCAGUUCUGCUUUGCAUUCGGUUUCUGAGAUUUAUGGUGCCAAUUGAGCAGAAAUCAAGCCCAAAACUGUUUUUUCCAUUUGUCAUAAUUCUCUAUCCCCUACAGCCAUCUCUAUCACCUGCACCCACCCAUUCUAUGAUGUAUGACAUUUUCAAACUGAAAACCAUUUUCUACAAAACUGCAUUCCUUUUAGACCGCUAUCUAAAUCAAGCAUGGCCAAACUUGGCCCUCCAGCUGUUUUGGGAUUACAACUCCCAUUAUCCCUAGCUAACAGGACCAGUGGUCAGGGAUGAUUGUAGUCCCAAAACAGCUGGAGGGCCAAUUUUGGCCAUGCCUGAUCUAAAUCAAUGUUAAAGGUGACUGACCCUGUAUCUAUCCUACUGGAAUUCAGUAGAUUUCUUACCUCGAAGCUGGUGUGUGCUUCCCACCCCCUACAAAUCACCCGCUAAAUGUUAGGGGAGAUUAGAGGAAUCCCCCAAAACUGUAAAGAUUGUCCUCACAAAAAACCACUGCAGCUACUCUGUAACCUGGCAGUAUGCAUCCCCUUAAAAGGGGCUACCAUGCCUACAAACUUCACCCAAUUCUGUCAAAAAAUUAUAACGUUAUAGACUGUUCCUUUAUUGCUCCUGUGAAAUUUUGUCAACUAGCCACAGAACCUGGUGUUGUAGGGCAGUCUGUGAUUUGUAUUCUGUUAUUGUCAAAACUAGAUAAUGUUGAGCAGUAGUUUGAGAAAACAAAAAGGGGUUGCAUCAUGAACUGUGUGUGCUUACACAAAGAUAAGUCUUGUAGUGCUCCACAGUGCUUACAUGUGGAUGGGAGUAUUCAGGUAAGAAGACUAAAAUGUAACCAUCCCAACCAUCCCUUCUAAGAGAUGAUAAACACAACUUAGAUCCUAAAAAACCCAAUUAUUACCAAACUAAAAUUCUCUUUUUCUUAGUAAAAGUGAUGUGUUUCUGCAUUGCUUCUUAAUGGAACAAUAAUAGUUUCAGUUUCCUUGAAAAUCAACUGGUGAUCAUUUUGCAAAGGAUGCCUGUUAGAAACGCUUUCCUGCCGGGUGCCAUUUAGACUCUCCUGUCUGCCACCCUGCUCAGGUUUUACUUGCUUUCAGUGUUGAACACUGAACACUGAGACAAGAACAGUUAAAAUCCGAAGGGAGAAAUGGCAUGCUAGCGCAGUCAGCUGUGUGUUUUUCCUUUAAUUCAGUUCAGUCAAUAUUUGUGUUUGAGUCUUGAACGGAGAAAAAGAGAUGAAAAGUAAGCUGCAUUCUAUGCUUGCAAUUAAUUUAUGUAGCAAAAGUAAAGCAGAUGGACCACAUUAGGUAUAAUCCCAACCCUCUACCAAGUCUUGAAAGCGAGAGUGGCAAUCAUAGCAAAUCUGUUCUGUAAAAAACAUCCGCCCAGCAGCUGUGUUUCCUUCCUGUUUACUUUUCCAUUCAUCCCCUAUUUCUUUACUCUUAUUUCUCCAUUUCAGUCCAGCUGUAAAUCAUUUUUAUCACAUAGUUCUGCAGAUGACCCACUAACUGUACACAUUAUGGAAAUGUAGAAGCUUUUUGCUCCCUUUUGGUUUCUGUCCUUUGCAAAAUCUGAGCAGAAUUAUUUUCUAGAGGCCUUGUUUGGGCUGGCUAUGAAUGAACAAUCAAUAUGCCAAAAUACUUUAAGUUUGUGUUGACACACAUGUUUAAUGGUGGUUUCACCCAUUAGAAACUGAUUUCAGAAGCCAGGUUAGAAAUUGAAAUAAUAGCUACACUAUCAUUGAGGGAAUUUAUACCCCGCCCUUUGUCUCCAAGCAGCCCAGGGCAGCAAACAGAUAUGACAGUUUAAAAGCAAAAGCAUUCUAGUAUUCUAACCUCAUGGGUGCCUGUUGUUUUCUCCAGCUUUAGUGGCCUAAAUAGAACCUGUUUGGGGUCUUUCUAAAACCUCAGCAUUUGAAAUGAUCAGUCUUAGAAAACAAAGCAGUUUUCCUUCAAAUAUCAGAAACUACAAAAAGCAAUUAAUAGAGCAAUCCUAUCCUCUAGUUAUGCCUGCUUGGUGGGGUAAGAUUGUUUGUAAGAACAUAGGAAGAGCCCGCUGGAUCAGCUCAAUGACCCAUCUAGUCCAGCAUCCUGCUCUCACAGUGCCAUAUCAGAUGUCUGUGGGGAAACCUGCAAGCCAGGAUUCAAGCACAAUUGCACUUCCUACCAUGUUUCCAGCAACUAGUAUUCAGAAACAUCACUACCUCCAACUGUGGAGGCAAAGGAUAGCCAUCAUGGUUAGUAGCCUUCAAUAGCCCUCUCCAUGAAUUUGUCUAAUCUUCUUUUAAAGCCAUCUAGGUUGGCGGUCAUCACUGCCUACUGUAGGAGCAAGUUCCAUAAUUCAGUUGUGUGUGCACUGCUAAAUCACCUCAUCCAAUAGAACACAAUGCAGUGCCAACAGAAAAAACAUACAUAACUUAGUUAACUAAGGCUGCAAUCCUGUGCGGUCGUAUUGGGGAGUAAGCCCUUUUGAAUUCAGUAGGACUUUCUUCUGCAUAAACAUGCAUAGGAAUGCGCUAAAAAUACAUUCAGUAUAACAAUACAAUGGUACAAUUUGGCAGGACCAAAAUACCAUUUACAUUGUAAAUCUAAAAUAUCUCCUACACAGCUCAUAGCAUUAUUGCCCCUGAACCCUUUCUGUGUUCUGCAAAAGUAGACACUCUCCUGGCAACUUGAAUACUUGAGUUAACUUGAAGAUGUUCAUUCAGAUGUCAUGGGAAACAAGUUUAAGCAAAUCACGAUUGGAGCCAGCAUGUCAAGGGAAUGGGGGAGAGUAAAGGGAAAUGUUUGAGCAUGACACUUGUUUUUGGCUUAAUAAACCAGUUUAUAUAUCCAGAAUUGUUUUGCCAGAACCAUCCCAUUCAGCCACAUUUUACUCCAUUUUGUAAAUCUCAAAGCUCAAUUUCUGUUUCACCAGCAAAUAUCCAGUAAAAUAUCUUGCCCUCCCUUGUUCAGUUCUCUAUAUCAGUUUUGAGGACAGGGAAGAGCUAAAUGUGCACUGACAUUCUUACAGGGGGGAAAACAAAAUAAGUUUAAUAAACUUAAUAUUACUGCUGGACAUCAUAGUGCAUCCCCUUCAGUUAGGAAAUUCCCAGUGUUUGUGGUUAGAAAACCAUAUCUCAUCUCCUUUACAGCAAAAAAGCUGCAUGUGUUCUCCUAUAGAUCCUGAUCCAGCAUUAGGAGUAUUGUCAUCUGAGAAUGGAGAGUGGAGAGGGAGGCGUCAGGUCCUAUGAAUUAACAGAUACUUCUGUUACCUCUCAGUACUCGGAUACUGCACUGAGUACGUAGAUAAUGUCCCAACAUUAAUAAGGCAAAGACUUUUCUGUGACCUGUAUCUGAGGUAAUGUCUGAGGAAAAAUUCCUGGAAAACACUCAUGGGAAGAUUCACAGAAGUAAUAAGGGGGUAAUAUGGAGAAAGACAUUUGUGGAAAAUAUUUCAUUGCAAUUUAUCGCUUUCUGGAAUUUCUCUCUAAGAGUAGAUCCAAUCCCUAUUUACUCAGAGAACUGUAAUGCAUUGUUUCCCUCACGUGAGUGAAUCCUGUACUCCAGUUCCAUUAUUUCUUGUGGGUGGUGGAUUCUAGUGCAUGCCCAGAUGCAAGUUAUGUAAUAGCUUUCCCAUUCAUUUAAAUUGAUAGCUAAGUCAUGGGGCUCUGGGUUCAGUCACACAACUUGAAAACAUCUGCAGUUGCCUUGGAAAUGAUUGGUAGGAAAGGAUUAGCCUGUGUGGAAUGAGCUCAUUUUAAAGACUAUAUAUACCGGUAAUUUGGAGCUUUCAAACCUUGGCCUAAUAGAUACAGUAUUCUCAUUCUCCUAGAAGACCGUGACUACCUCACAAAUCUCACACUCUUUUCCUCAUAUUUCCUUCUCUUGUGAAUUACCCCUCCCUUCCCAAAGCUAACUGUGGUUUGCCAAUGUGACUUCCAGUAUUAAUGAUAAAUUUAGCUAGCUCCAAACAAGAGUUUGUCAACCUAUUUCUGACCAUGAUUCUAAGAAGGGCUGCUUUUUCAAGGGCUGCCAUCAAGCCUGCCCUUGAGUCCAUCUAUAGCUCCUUCUUCACCAUUCCUGUAGAGAGAAGCAGUUCUUUUCUCCACCUGCUUAGCACCUACUUUGCCUCUGUCUUCACUGAAAAGGAAAGCAAUUCUCAGCAUGAUGAUAAUAGAAUAAAAGAUGCAAGGAGGGAGCUACAGCCCAAGAUAGGAAAAGAGGUGGUAAGGAAACAACUAGCUACCUUAAAUGAAUUUAAAUCUCCAGGGCCUUAUGUGUUGCAUUCAGUGGUAGUAAAGGAGCUUGUGGAUGUAAUCUCAGAGCCUCUGUCUAUAAUCUUUGAGAAUUCUUGGAGAACAGGUGAGCUCCCUGCAGAUGGGAGGCAGGGAACUGUCCCCAUCUUCAAAAAGGGGUUGUGUGGCCAUCUGUCAUGGGUGCUUUAGUUGCAUAGCAGGGGGUUGCAACUAAAUGACCCGUAGAGUCCCUUCCAACUCUACAAUUCUAUAUUCUACUGUUCUGAAUUCUGUACUCAGUGCCCUGCACUGCUGUGUUGGAACCUCUUGUACCUUCCAAGUAUAAAAUAGAAUCCAUCCGUGUUAAUAAAACUUGAUACUGGAACAUUUCCUGUCUUGGCAGAGGAAAACAUGUAGCAUUUGGUAACACCACAGUGCUCUAAGUAUUAUAAUAACCGGUAUUGACACAGAAAGCAUAUGGCCUUAUGUUACAUAUUGGGUCAAGUACAUCUAAUGUUAGUCAUCCUUUCCUGUUUAUAAGUUAUCCAUCCCUUAAAAAAGAAAAUAAUUGUGGUGUUGCAUAAGAAAAAAACUAUUUCUCUUAAGAAACAACAGUUGUAAUAAACAAAGACCGCAUGUAUGAGUUUUUGGGUGGAUAUUACAGUAUGUUGUGAGACAGGAUUCUAGAUUAUGGGAUGUUGAUUUAAUCAUACUUUUCCCAAAGACAGAUACUUGGAAGCUAAUGCCCGUUCUGCUACAGUUAAUGCCCAUUUUGAAGUGCUCAGGACUGCUACUGACUAAGCUGUUUGAGUAAUGAAUCCUGGGUGCAUUGACAUAUGGGUAAAGCAUAUUAGAUUUUUUUAUUAUUAUUAAACCAGUCGCUAGGUUAGACAGUAUAUUUUGAAAAUGAAAUGGUAGGAUCACAACUGCAAUCCUUUGCAACCUUACAGGAUGGGAGUGGGAAUAGAAAGAUCAGUUUACAUAGAUACCAUUUCUGUUGUCUUUUCAACCCUGCUGUAUUUUUAAGUCCAAUACUCUAAUACCACUUGCAACAAAGUGAAGUCGAGCCAAUCCACAGUAUUUGCAUUUUGAACAAAAGCUUACAUGCAAAAAAAUUAUACUCAGAUUUGAAUGGUUUAAGUUAAUUUUUCCUGCUUAUUAUAUUUCAUUUUAAUGUUUGUUUCAUUUUGCUUUGGGUCACUCCUUGUAAAAAAAAGAGAGACUAAUAAAUGCAAUUAGUAAUAAUCAGGUGAAAAAGCGUAUGUUGUGUGUUUAAGUGAAUGAGUUCACCUGCAAUAAAUAAAAAAGGUGAAGUAUGAUUCUGUUCCCAUCCCCCAGCCACUGUUGCCUGAGUGAGAUAAUUCAGAAGUACAUGCAUCGUUUGUGUCAUGUAUCUUUUGCCAGUUUAAGCACAGAAACCUUUGUGUCUAAGUUAAUGUGUGAACAUGGUAGGAUUAAAAUGUAGACAGUCAAUAUAUUAUAGAAUAGGGCAGGAACAUUGUCAGAAGACGUCCCAGGUGGCUUGAGCUCUGGAAGUGUCUGGAUUAGGUUCCAGGGUAAUGUUUGAAAAUUCUUCUAUUGACAAAAAUGUGGUCUAAGAAAGAGUGGGUCACCUGAGAAACAUGACCUUAAUAUAUUGAUGGAAGAAUAGGCAUGUUUGAGAGCUGGACCUACCAUUAGUCACUGGUAUUCAUUGUCUGUCUUUGUCAAGAGUGAGAGAGGUAGCAGCUACGUCUGCAACAAACUUGGGGUUUUGUUGUUUUGUCCUAACAUAAAUUUUGUUGAGACUGCACUGUAAGUUUGUGUGUGUGUGUGUGUGUGUGUGUGUAAUCUGCCUUUUUCAAGCAUGAAAAUUUAUUUGCUUCUGUGGAUAUUGCUUACCUCUGGAGAAUCAAAUUUAUUCGCUAGUACUUCCAAGAACUUAUUAAUUGAAGUGUGGUCUAUAAAUCCAUUAAAUAAAACAAAUAAUGACUCUGCUGAAUAAUUAUUUGGAAAUACGACAGACAUCCUGAUGAGUGGUGUUUUCUGGGAUGUCCUGGUAUCUGAAGAAGCUCUUACUCUCUGAAACUCUCUAUAUUUAUAGGUCCAAGCACAAGUCCGCCAUGCAAAACUGAACUUUGACAAACUGAAAACUGACGUUUGUCAAAAAGUGGAUCUUCUCGGAGCAAGCCGAUGCAAUCUUCUGUCUCAUGUGCUCACAACAUACCAGGUAUCGGAAAAGAAAGUAUCCACUAAACCAGAACUUCUGCUUAAUAAUGAUACCCACCUGCCUUUAUGUAGCAGUCCAAUCAAGUUUUCCUCCCCAUAAGGCUAAGGUUGGGUAUAUGAGCAGGAAAUCUUAAGUGUCAGUCAACAUGCAAGUGUUAACUUUCAUUGGUUCUUUCCAUUACAGACAACCCUACUUCACUUUUGGGAAAAAACAUCUCAUACCAUGGCAGCUAUUCAUGAAAGUUUCAAAGGGUAUCAGCCAUAUGAAUUCAUGAUGCUAAAGGUAAGGCAUAUAUAGUAGUUUGUUCAUUUCUAGCCUACCUGGCAAAGUAAUUUGGAUAAAUGAAAGAGGGGUAUCAAGCUUCCUUUUUGUAGAACUUUUUUACAUUUAGGAGUGUUCAUCAAUUUCUAUAUAUCGUAAGUGCAGCUAGUCCACACACACUAUGCUAGCAGGCACUUCUAACAUGUAUUAAGAAGAAUGUUAAAAUGUAUGUUGUAAUCCCAUACAUUUGGGUCAACCCAUGUAUGUAACCCAUAAUGUUGGGUUGGUAUGCAUGUAAUUCUAAACCAUGGUUUGGUGCUCUGCAGACAGUCUUCAGUCGCCUAGAGCAAAGCAUCUGCCUCACCCCCUCUCCCCACCCCUGCGUGGCCUGGCGAGGAAUUCUGUCAAGUUCAGAAGAAUCACUGCUCAGUGCUAUAUGCAAACCAGGAAUUUUGGUUUAAAACAAACAGUGGUUAGUUAAAUAAACCAGCUGCACAAUCCAUAUCACAUCUAGUUUGGCCUUGAACUUUGUUACAAAGCAGAUAUUUGAAUUUGAAGCUAAGCAGGUACGUAAGUUUGGUCAGUAAGUCCAACACAAUAGUCACUACAGCAUACUCCUAGUAGUGAAGCUUGCUUAUAAGUGUGCUCUCCUGUUAUCAGAAAUGAGCAUACGGGAAAAUUAUCUUUUGGAAUGCCUUGCCUUCCUAAUGCAGAAUAAGCAUGUUCUUAGUUUUGUUAAAUAAUUAUUUGCACAGACCACACUGCAGCUGUCCAAAUUAAGGAAGUGUGUCAGUUUUCUAGCAUCUGAGUACAACUUGGUGAAGGUUAGGCUUUUUAAGUUCAACAGGUUUACUUUUCAGUUUUCUAUUUUAGUUAAUAAUAUAAUUAAUAAAUCAACAAUUUUAUGAAGUGAUCAUUUAUUCAUGCUAAAGUGUUAUCUCCAGAAAGAGAGACUCUGCCCUUGGGAACGUGUCUGGAAAUAAUACAUUGCUUUAGCAGUGGGAGUUCUUCUCUCUUCGCUAAACUCUGGUAAUGAACAAUCUGAUAAAAAUUGUUUUCUUAGCUUCAGGGUAUAUUGUGGAAGUAAUGUAAUUGCAGCUGUGUUUCCUGAUAGUUGUAUUUGUGUUUAAGAGAAUAUUUUUAAUGCACUAACAAGUCCAAGAAUUUUUUUGCUUGGGGGUAACCAGGGGAGUUUGUUCAAGCUUUUAGGAUUCAUUCUUUUUAUUGUUAGGAGAGUGUUGAUUCCUCUUGACUCCUUUUUUUGUUAAAGAUUAACAUUUUAAGUUUUGAAAUAUGCUGAAUAGAGAACAUGGACGCACCAUUCAUAUGGUAUUAUUAAACUUGGAUAUUUUGUAAACCACUUAGCUUUGUAAACUGCUUAGAGGUUCUAUUUACAGUCAAGCAGUAUAUAAAUUUUGUUAGAUAAAUAAAUUUAUUAUAACUGCUUUAAUAUUGAAAGCAGAGAAAGAAAAGAGGACAUAGGAACAAAGAAGAAUGGUAAUAUGUGAGGAAGGAAAUGGUGGAAGGAUAAAUUGCAGUAACCUUGUAUUAGGGGACCUUCAGUGUUUUCUCAAUUUCCCUUUUCUCAAUGGUCAGUAGUGAAGCAUCACUAUUUUAUGAUUUAGAAAAUAUUAUUGAAGAAAUGUUGAAGAUGAGCUCAGGAAAAUAUAACUAGGUUCCUUGUCAUCUCCACAACCCUGAGAAGGAGGCUAAAAUUCUUAAAUGUUGCAGUAGAGUCUGAAGACCUAGUAAUCAUAACUACUGCUGUGAGCCUCACCAUUUCUCAUGAAAAGGCGAAUAGGAUUUGAUGGGGUUGUAUCUGUUAUCUGUUACAUUACAAAUUGUAUUAUAUGGUUGCCAUGUAUCUUGCAAAAGGGAGGGGGGAGUCCAUUCCUAAUUUUAAAUGAGUUUGAUUAGACACAGAGGCAGCUACAAAGCCUGUGAGAUAAAUUAAUGUCUUUACAGUUUCAGCAGCAGCUUCUAUCUGCUGCUUUCAUGUAUUCUGUAUUUUAACAUUAUCAUCGCCAGAAGAUACGUCGUUGCUAUUACUCAACCUUAUUUAUUUAAAAAAUAAACCUUAUUUACAAGUACCUAGUUCUUCUUGUCAGUAGUAGUUAAAAAGAAAAACAAUUUGUAUAACUUUGUACCAGAAUGCUACUGAAACUGCCAUAACAUAUUCAUUUAACAUGUAUUUUGUUUUAAUUUUCUGCUUGGCAUAAAUUUCAAAGUUUGGCUUUAGUACUUGUACUGUGUUCAUUUUCCUAAUCCAGAACGCAGUUAUUGUGAGUGUGCUGCUUUCUUUGCAAUUUCUUUCCAUGUUCCCUUUUGUCUGUAUGCUUAGGAUUAUCAUGUAGGCCUUUGGUUAACUUAUUCAAAGUUUGAAUUCGGCGGCAGCUUUUUCUGACCAAUUAUGUAGUUGUUAAUAUUGCAUAAGCUUUCAUUGGUUACAAUCCACUUCAGCUGCGAAGAUGGAAUGACCAGAAGUAGGUCAAGACAGUUAAUGGAGUGUUUACCUGCAGUACUCCUCUUUUUUCAAAGGGAUGCUAACUAUAAUUCAGUGGUAGAGUACCUGCUUUGCCUGCAAAAAGGUCACAGGUUCAAUCAUGUCCAUGAAGGCUUGGUGAGACUCCUGUCAGUGUAGACAGGAACUGAGCUAGGUGGGCCAGUCUGACUCAGUAUUAAGGCUGCUUCCUGUGUUCCUACUUGAACUCCUGUUUUGCUACCUCAACUAGCAUUUUAGCAACCAGAAUCUAUGCCCUUGAAAAUGGCCCUUCUGAAUAUUGUUCUAAGGUGUCUAAGAAAACAGAAACAUUAAAACUUGUGAAUCUAUUUCUGGGUUUUAUGUCCAUUCAUAUGUUUUCUUAAAGAUGGUUUCAUUUGGGUGAUGUUAGAUUGAUGUAAGAGCACAAGGUUAUAGGGUGAUAUUAUUUAGUCCUGAACUAUGCUGCUGCUGUUACUGAUCUAAGUGGUGUAACUGGUAUCUGUGUCAAUCAAUCAAAUACCUUUAUUGGCAUCACAGUAUAAAACAUUUCAGGUAACUGGAAUAAUUAAAAAGACAAGGGUGAAGCUAUCAAGGGUUAUAAGGUCACACUAUGGUUGUGUUCAUUUGGAUAUUCUGCUACACUCAGUGCCUUGGAUGGAGACCACAGUGACGCCACUACCCCCAGAUAUAAGAAAAGCAUAGAAAUUCCUUAAUGAAAUAUAUUCUUUCAAAAUCAGUCGGCGAUCUUGAUCAAGUGACUGUUUCAGAUGUGCAAAUAUACAAAAUUAGUAGCUCGCAUAAAUGUUUCCUACCCUGCUUUUACACACUCAUUGUUACUCAUUGUCACAUAAAAAAACCCUAUACCAACUCUCAUAAAUCAUCUGGAGGCAAUUUCUUAGUCUCUAAAGGUGACCAGGCCUAGACUAUGUAUAAAUAAUUAUUGUGUAAAAAAUAUUCAUCUUCUAUAAAUUGCUUUUUUUGCAAGCUUAAAUCAAGGUUCAACCAGGCAAUAAUGUUCCUUAAUAAGUGUUUUGCUGUUGCCUCUUCUGUUAAUUCACCUGCUUGAGGAAUAUAUGCAUCUCCUGGGCUUCUAAUUCAUGUAAAUAUUUAUAGAAAAGCUUAUUGUGACGGGAGGAAGAAAUGAAAUUGCCUGUUUGUUAACUAAAAACACUUAAAAAUACCAGAGGUAACUUAAGUACAAACAGCUGUUUUUGGAUCAGCAUUACAUUGGCAGGACUUUGCAACGCCUCCACUAGUGAAUCAGUUUGUUUAGCUUUGGGACCAACACAGGAGCUAAUGGAGAUAAGACGGAAUAUUCUCCACUUGGCACCCUGUUUGGAAUUAAGAACCUUGUGGUAGAUCAUCUGAGAAUGUGUGAAGAAAAUCUGAUUGUGCCCCACCUGGUUUAUUGUGUGCCCUAGUAUUUCAAAAGAUGGAUAGAUAAUUUAAUUUAAAAAAUCUUGUUUUUGCUGUUUGUAACUUGUAUUUGCAUAAAAUAACAUUCUUCGUGCAUAGUAGGGUGAUAACAUGUUAGUCAAACAUCUUUAAAGUACUAUUAUCGGACUCAUCAAAUCAUAGAAUCACAGAGUUGGAAGGGAUCUCGAGGGUCCUCUAGUCCAAUCCCUUGCAAUGCAGGAAUCCUGCCCACAGGUGUCUCUGGGUGGGUUUGAACCACCAACAUUCCAGUUAUCAGCCCGAUGCAUCCCCUAUCUCAGAAUGCAGACCAUGCAACAGCAAAUAGCAUGAAAUAGAAAACUUUUUUAAAACAAAAAUAAUCUUAAGUGGGCAGAAUACUGAAAAUGUAGCUGUAAAGUGGAAUGUUCAAUCUUUUGGCAGCCUGAAAAAUGCAUGGUAAUAAUCAGGUUAGGAGUCUGAUUCUUGGAACAACAUUUUAUUAUAUCUUCUAUUAUAAAUCCCACAACUUGCAAAACUACGCAACAUGCUUCUUUCUUUUCAAAUAGAUUAACUUGUGCUAGUCUGUUGCAGCAGUCUUGUGACUCCUUAAAGCAGUGCUUUCCAAACUUUUCAUGUUGGUGACACACUUUUUAGACAUGCAUCAUCUGCAACACAGUUUUUCAGUUUUACUAGCAAACCAGAGAUUAAACUAACCCCUUAUAAGAGAUACAGACACUUAUCGCGCAACACAUGUACACACUGCAGCUGACACGCUAACGUAUUGCAACACACAGUUUGGAAAGCUCUGCCUUAAAGACUAUGGGAGGAAUCCUGCUAGAGCCAUUGCACUCAUGGAAGAGCUUUUGAUCCUGUGAAUGCCUCUACUAAUGGAUGAAAAGGGGAGGGGAUUUUUGCCAAUUUACCCCUGUAGAAUCCAAUGUCACAAAAAAUGAAUCCAGAUAGUGGGGGACCCUUCAGAACAUCUAGAUGCUUCAGAAGGAAGGAUGAACUGGCAAACAAAAAACACCCCACCCUCCCCUCUUCUUCCAUUAACGGAGACCUCUGCUGGAUCAAAAGUGCUUCUUAUGAGCACAAGGCCACCAAAGGAAUUUCCUGCCUAACAAACUAAUUGUGGCAUGCACUUUAAUAAAAUUCACUCAGUGGUGGUACUAGAACUGAACGAUGCAUCAUAGCUCCAUGGCCCUGAUGUCCCCAGGGUGGGGAGAUGACUGCAGCCCAUCAGCAACAGUUGCCCAAAACAUCUUUUCUUCACCUCCUUUCAUUCCUUCACACCCACACACCAUUUUUUAAAAUAGUGGGCAUGAUGUGGAACAACCCUUCCGAACCACCUUGGUUUCUCAAAGUGCUGAGCCUCUGGGCUAAUGAGGGACUGUGAGAAUUUAAGGUGAUGGGCACAACUGUCUGGAGCUUUGUUCUGCCUUUGGAAAAGGAAAGACAUAGGAGUCACUAUUGCCACUGUCACAUGAUCUGAAAGGAGGAGAAAAGGAGAAAACCAAAUGGAAGAUUGCAUGAGCAGGUGGAAAAGAACAAGCCACUGUUGCUUUCUUCAGCUUUAUUUCACAAAGGUUGGUGGGUAUGCUGGAACUCAACAACCUCCAUAAAAUGUUUUGAAGAAAGCAACAGCAACCCUCUCUUUCCUUCCUUCCUUCCUUCCUUCCUUCCUUCCUUCCUUCCGCAUGGUAAGCCAGGUCUCUUUAUCUCGUACUUAACUAAAGAAGGGAAAAUUGGCCAGUUUGUCCGCAAACUCUCUCCAGGAAGGGGACAAAUGGGUCCUUUUUUCUUUAUUUACAAAGUAAAGAAAGGGGAUCUUGUUCCUUGAGCCCCUUCUUUCGCUCACUUAUCAGGCGGCAGAAAGGAAGGAGGUUGGAGGAGGAGGGAUGUGUGUGAGAGGGAGAGAACAUGCACAGUCUGGGAGGUGGGCUCCCAUAGAGCAUUUUGUCCAGGUUGUCGAGCCCAUUUCUUUUCUUCCUCCCCUUUAUUUAUUAAUUUUCCCAAAGAUCCCCCAAAAUACAUGAUACCCAAGUGAAAACCAUUGAUGUUCCUACAUAGUAGUCUUCUCAUGUGUAGCAUAGUUGAAUCACAGAUGGGAACAAGACAAGAAAAAGCUUGUUGUGGUAUUUUACCGAUUAUUCGUAAGAACCUUGUAUAUCAAAGCUGCCCUUUGCCUCUGUUGCCUAAUAUUAACAGUAUUUUUUUAAUGCAUAUGAGGCAGGAUGGGUCAUCUCUGCCUAUUUGCCACAGUGUAUAUUUAGCUUUUCUUUUGAAAAUCAUCUCUCUUACAUUUGAAUCAAAUUUAUCGAACUACCUGCCUGUUUUCCAUUCUGUUUCCAUCAAAGUUAUUUUUCAUUGAAUUUUAAUUGCUGGCCUCUUAAUGUUUCAGGAGCUCUCAUUUUUCCUGUUUAGAUAAAAGUAAUUUCCAUCACUAUGAAACUGUUUUAAUGCAACUUUGGAUAAGUUUUCAGCAUUCCUUCUUGUUGUCUUUCUAUAUUCUUUUUCAUACAUUGAUUGGUGGGUCACCCAGAGCUUACAAGAGCCUGUAAAUAAACUAACGGAGAGUGAAGAAAAAGAGGAGGAAUUGCGGCUAGAGAACGCCAGAUUAGAAGAUGAUCAGCAGAAUCAGUAAGCCAUAUGAUAAGAAUCUGUUGGAAGAAAAUAAUACUGUGGAUGACAAUGGGCUUUCAGGUUAUUUUUAGCUCUACAGUUAGGAAAAUGCAUAUUUCCCCCCAAUCCCAAAGUGUAUGAGUAUCCUAAAAAGAAGACAGUGGGAAGGAGGUGGAAGCUUCUCUGAGUUUGCCUGGAAAUCACCUUCUCAUUUUAAAACAAAAAAACUGGUUGAAGUGAAUGGAAGAACCUUUCUACACCCAUUCCUUUUUAUGAUCUUUUUGUUCCCCUAGCUGAAUCUCUUUCUUAUUUUCUUCUUUCCCCUUGUAAUAUUUUCCCCUGCAGACAACACAUUUGAAAAAUAUUUUGCAGGCAUGCAAAAUACGCAUUGACUUUUGCCUUCCAUGCACAUGUUUCAUGAGUUUUCCUACAGAUGCCCUUUUGCAUAGGGAAAGUGUUACAUUGCAUAGAUAUUAAUUACAUUACAUUAGUCCAUCUAUCUGCUGUGCCUGGGCUUUGCUCCCGAAUGCUGCCCCUUUCCCUUUUUUGCUCCUCCUCACUGACAAAGCAAUAAGCAUCUUAGGUAUAUCAUACAGAGGAUAUAAGCACAUUUCUCUCUAUACUUUGCCUCCUCAUCACUGCUCCUAUUGCAUACAUGAAUUGGAACAUAUCCAUUGCUCACUUUGAGCACUGAUUAGCUUUUGUAAUCUAUACAGGGUUUGGCAAGUGAUCCAGUACAGCGGCAAGUACGCUGUAAGAGUAUACCCUGAGAACUAAGCCUGGUGGUAUUCUAGUUACUGGUGUCAAGAGGCACUAUACAGAUAGGCUGUAUCUUAAUCUUUGGUAGUUUGGCUGAUGGGGACAUGUGAAAAGGAGAAAGAGAUGUGAUCCUCCUCCUAUGGAAACAUCCAGAAUCAGCAAGGAGGGUAUGAGCCUUGCUGUAAUCACACGGCCAGCUGUUUAGAAUAUUCAAGGUUAAGGGAAGGCUAGUUGUUGAUUCAUUGAAGAGCAGCUUUCAGUGUUUGUCAUUAGACCUCAUUUCGUUGGCUUUUUAGUUUCUCCAAAAUGUUUUUUGUUUGUGGGGGAAAUGUUUUUAAGUAGCAGUGUGACAUCGAUUAGAUAAUUUUGCUUUGUGUCUUUCUAAUUUUGGAUAUUUAAAUGAGGGGUGGGAACCUGUGACCUUCCAUAUGUUUUUGGACCACAGCUUCCACUGUUCCUGACCUUUCGUCACACCGACCUGGGCUGAUGGAAGUUGGGAGUCUGACAACAUCUGGAGGGAGGGCAUCAGAUUCUACAUUACUGGUUUGGAAGCUUGAGAACACCUACUGCUGAGUCACUUUUCUAGAUAGCCAUUUUCACUCCACCUAUUGUGUUCCAAGGGAAGCAGGUUAAGACUCUUCUUCACAGUUCAUGUAAAUGUCUUAUGUAACAGUAUACGAGGAAUUCUGAAAGGCCGCUGUGAAGAAAAUUCCCACAUGGAGCCUCUUCCUAGAUAUAGAGACUUCACGUCAGCAAAGCACUUCUAACAGGCAUGAGGAACAUCAAAAAGAACACAUAAAUAAGUUGACGGAUGUUAACUUCCUUUUCAGCCUGACUGCAUAAGUGGCUCAGAAAUUCAUGUUGUGUUCUUCCUUUUUCUUCUUCCCUGUUCUGUCCUGCUUUGCACCAGAGCUUUAUUUCUAAAAGCUUCUGCUACUCGACUUGGCCUGUAGUGUUCUUGCACAUCUAAAGACGCAACUGAUAUGUCCUCAGCUCUGGGCUCAUGGUUCAGAUAAAAUCACAGAGUGACAGCAGGCAGAGUAAUAGCAAUGAUCCCUGCCAAGCCAGUAUACGUCAGUUGCCAUGUAAUCAGUCCUCUUGCUUAUUCAGUGGUUCUGCUGGCCCCUCCACACCGUAUCGGGGAGAGUAGUUCCUCUUGUCCCCCAGACGGAACAUUGAGUAUCUUCUGCUCUCUUUAAAUCUUUAGAAGAAAACAAAAUAAACCAAGUUCUAAAUCUCAAAAGCAAGGAUAGCCAACAUGGCGCCCCCUGGAUGUUGUUAGCAGCAUCCAUUGUUCCUAACCAUUGGCUGUGCCUGCUGAGCCUGAUUUGGAGUCCAACAUCUGGAAGGUACCACACUGACUUCCCUUGCUUGUGAGAGUCUCCAGUGAGACUGCUUUAAAAUGCUGUUUUGCAUUAGUUAGAAAAUGAAGAAGAAGUGAAUACGGCUGUAGUGAAAUCACCAGGGCAACAAAGAGAGCUAGGGGAGAUGGGAAGAUUGUAAUUUAGACAGGGUCCCCAACUCAUUUUGAUUCAGUCACUGCACUGACCAUUACAUUUAGAAGGAUUAUCCUCCUGUCACUGUACCUUUACUGCCUGAAAUACCAACAUAUUUUUGUUUUCUGAAAUCACCUUGGAAUUUAAGUGUAUCGCGACAUGGUCCGUAAAAACUGAAAGGGGGCAGAGACAGUUGUAACUUUUUGCCAUUAUUUUCACCAGUAGCAUGCUACACCACAGCAUAAACUAAGUUCUUGUUUUUUUACCUUCCAAUUUAAGGUUGAUUUCGUUAGAUGAGGACAAUCACACCAAGGAAUCAACCAGCUCAGGUAUUUAUUUUAUUAUGCCUUUCAAACGUUGAGCCUGCUUAAAAGUCUCUCAUUCAUCCUAAUAGAUGCUAUGUGCCAGUUUGUUCCUGCAAACUACUUUAGUGUAUAUAGCAUUGUCUCCGUCAGGGUUUUCUUCUCCUAGCUCUAAAAAUCCAAAGCACAUGAAAUCAAUUAAGAGCAGAGAUCUAAGAAUAGAGAUUUUAUUUAACAACUCUAAAGGCACCUUGGAAAAUAAAUAUCAUGGAGUGUAGGCCUCCAUAUCCUUCUACUUGCUGCCAUAACUUUGAGUGACCUCCAGCCUGUUCUCUAUAACACAGCACUCACUGUGCUAGAGCUAUUUCCUGUAUUGUGGUACCAUCACACCUCACCUCUUUCCAGAAAAAAAUAGAUUGGGGCCACUGCUAAAUUAGAUGCAUUGCCCUGCUGUGCUUCUCCAAACACACCAGACUUUUUUACCUUCCCUGCGUCCCCUGCAUGCUUUUUGUGUGGUGGAGCUGGGCUUGGUUGAGGUUUUAACUUGUUCCAGGUGAGGGCCUAAGAGCAAAGUUACCAAACAUUGUCAAAAGUAUUUUAAUUCAGCUGGAUUUAUGGAUAAUUAACUGGAGCAAAAACAUAAUCUAUUUCUAAUUGUAGGCAGCCUGGCCGGGGGGGGGGGGAUCUGCAUUUUUGAAAUAAUUUCAUUGUAAACCAAUUACCUAACCUGGAACAGAUGCACCUCACUAUCAAAAUCACACUGCAGCUGCAGAUUGAGGGGAGACUUUGACAUCAUCAAAUAUACUUUGAAGAGCAAAAUGGGAUUUUAUCUGUAGGUAACAGAAGUAGGAACCCAACCCUUUCUCUGUUAUUGGCAGUAUGUUCUUAAUUGCACAACAUUCUGUCUUGUGCUGGUGAUUAGCUUAGCUGGGAGGAUGGCCAAAUAAGGAAGAUUAGAAUGCUGAUAUUUAUCACUUCCUUAAAUGAUUAAACUUGGUAAAUGGUCGACCAUAUUUGGAACUGAUUCAGUGGCCUUUCCUAAAGUGGCACCCAUUAGGUACACUAGACCUAGAUCAUGGUGUUUUUGUGAAACGAGUUUUGCUUUGGAAAGACAUUGUGUAAUAUUCAGUGGUAGUCAUGCUCAGAGUUGACCCAUUGAAAUGAAUGAACUCAAGCUACUUAAGUCAACUGAUUUCAAUGGGUUCAUUCUAAGCAUAACUACUGUUUAAUACAACCUACUGAAUUAAAGGAGACCCUUUAAGAACCACAAAUAGUUUUUGUGAGUGCCCAGUAGCAGGCUACAAAGUACUGAAAAGAGAGAGUGUGUGUGUGUGUGUAAGAGAGUAUAAAUAUAUAGAAUGUGUGUGUGUGUGGUUCUGGAGACUUUUAAGACACCACCGGUAAAUAAUUUAUCUGGGAUAGUUUCAGGUUAAAUGUGAAAUCCUAACUGCAAGUUAACAGUGCAAAGAGUGUCAUACUAGAAAACCUUUGAAGCACAUUCCAUGUUUAAAGCACUUUAGGUUCUGACCUAGAAAAUAUUUUGGUUACAGCAGAAGAAACUAAGGACAUCCUGAGUACUUUUGGGGAGAGCUUCAACCACAGAGAGAAUUCAGGUAUGUCUCCUAGACAUGCAGUGCAGCCCUAUACAUGCCUGCUCAGAAGUAAGUUGCAUUGAGUUCAGUGGGACUUACAGACAGACAAGUUGCAUAUGAUUGCUGCCUAAAGAAAAUGGUAUAACUGCAAGUAUGAAAUGUACAUAUAAGAGCCUACAGCUCAAUAACUUUCCCUUAUGUUUUGCCAUUUUUAGGAGCCAUAGAUGACUUAUUAGACUUGAAACCUGAGGAAAAUGGUAUGUAAUCUUUUUGUCUGACUGUUUUAUCAAUUCUGCAAAGGGGCACCAAACAUAGUAUUUUCUUCUUUUUCUUUGGCGAUCACUCGUAGCCGAGUAAGAUUGUCUUCCAUAAACAUGGUCUUAACAGUGAGUCCGUAAGUGACUAUGGAGGCCAAUUCUGGAUCCACACAUCCUUCCACAGUGGGGACAUAAGUUUCCGGACGAGAGUUCAUUACAGUGCGGGUUUGCCAAGCGUGCCUUCCUCUUAGCACAUUUCUCCCUUUCGGCCUGAGUUCAAGCAUCUUCAAAGUCCAUGACACCUUUGGUAGAGGCUGGUCUCCAAUUGGAUAAUUUAAUCUUUUAAACAAUUGCAUUAUUUAAUCUUUACUAAUAUAAAAGCUAGCUGUGUCUCGAUGUGAUCAUCCACUUUGGGCGCUUAAGGGUUGCAGAAGAACAUUCACCUCAAUUUGUGAACCUUUUAGUAUGAUAUUGAUGUAGAAAAGUAUCUCCUUCUGAACUGAUAGUGAUAGUAAUAGUAAUAGUGUCUGUCAGUUUCCUUGACUUGAAAUGCUGUUGUAAGCAACAAUUAUUCUUCCACUGAAUUUUUCAGCCAGGCAAAAUUUGCCAGCUAUGCUUCAGUGGUCCAUAGCAACUGUGUUUUUUGGGGGGACAGGUGUGUGCGCCAUAGUACAUUCAUCCUGGCAAUAAUUCUAUGGGUGGUAUUCAGCUAGGUUUUACUCAGAGUAAAAAGUAACAUGACUAAAUCCAUUAAUUUCAACAGGUUUGCUCUGGGUAAAACAUACCUCUUCUUGUACCUAUCCCUCCCCCCUUCUUUCUUUUUUUUGCCUCUGAAGCUAGAUUCCCACAUUUGGUUGCGGCAUGCUGAAGUUAUCACAUCACUUCUGAUUGUUUCAGCACAACUCCCACACAUGGGGGUGGCUAGUAUUUACUGUGUAAGGGAACCUAUUAGCUCACAAGUUUUCCCCAGCAGUAGCUGCCUUUACACAGAUACUUAUUCAUUAAAAAAAAACACUGUGUGUAAUGUAUGAAGCAGAACCAUCUUGUACUGACACUUGCAACCACAUUAGAAGUGACUGUGAAUUAAGCUUGGCUUGGCUAACCACUAAAGUGCUAAACAUACAGCAAUCUCAUAGUAUGCCACAUGAAGGAGUAAAUCUAUAUCAAUGGAAGGUAAAAAGCAGACUGUGUUCUGUAGAAUUUUCUUUCUUCAAUACUGUGAUGGCAAAGGACAGUUUAUGAAAAGAAGGGAUAGAUUUACUGUUGGAAAAAGGAAGCGGCAAGGAAAUGCUGAACACAAGGCAAAGAACAAAAGGGAAGAGAAGGGAGAAGUAACAGCAGUGCAAAUAGUUUAUUGAUAAAAGUCAUGUUGGCCCUUCUUUAAUAAGAACUCUGUUCUUAGUGAGUACAUAGCUACAGUUUUUAGAACACAGAGAAAUUGUUUAUGUCUAUUAUACAUGACUUAUUUGUGAAAUACCAGCAGUAUAUGAUGACUGCAUCAAAUAGCCUUGUUCUUUGCUAUAAUUCUGUUAGAUUUUUUAGUAAUAAUAAUAAUUACUAUCAUUAUUAUCUAUCAUCAUUAUUAUUUGCUAUUGUGGUAGAUGUAAUUUCUAGCAUAGCAGAGGAAUGGUGAAAUGUUACUAUUAAAACCAUGUCUUCAAUAUAUGUUGUAACUUCAUGAUUCCCUGCUAGAUCUGGAAAUUCCAGGAAGCAAAACAGGCUCUCUCAAACACAUUAAAACACUAUGUAAUAUAUCAGGGCAGAGAAGUCAAAAUAAAGAGGAGUCUUACAACAUAAGAUGUGCCUUACACCAAGGAGACAAGAGUUGCAGUGUUUUAUGUCACAUUUAUCAAGAAUGUUUUGCCACAUCUAGACCAAUAAGAGAGUCUUUUGGCACAAUUGCUUUUCAUUUGAGCCACAUGGGUCAGCUGUGGCUUGUGAAGUGAAACAUCAGUGAUGUCACCCACUUGUAACAUGAGCUUUACCAUGACUGAAGACUGCUUAUAUUUCCUGUAUUGUGACUUUCUGGCUGUAGUGAACUGCUAACCACAAAUCCUCUUUUCUUUGAGAGAGAGGAGGGUGGUUCUAAUUUUUUUAAUACCUAAUUAAUUCCAAAUUUGGUAUGCUAGGAUGCAACUUUUGACUGCCAUCUUUGAUGCAGCUGGAAACUCACACUGGAUUAUACCAGUGUAAUUGACUACUUAUAAUAUUGGCCUUUCUUGACAAGUAAGUGUGUAACUGCAAAGAGGAUUGAAGAUGUAAACAGAACAUUCAGCCCUCAAAAUUGUCAGCCAUCGUGCAGGUUAAAGCUGCUGUUUUCUUUCAUCCAAGUUGGUUUUAUUCAUGGUGUGUGGGUGUUUUUUUAUUCUCCCAAGUGGUGUUGACUCAUAGGCAUUUUUUAAAGUCAACUCUGUCCCCUAACUUCUCCUCUUUUCACGCCUCCAAUAACUUCACUCUAUGUGUUUGAAAGAAGACUCAGUCACUUUUGAGUAAGACCUACUUAAUGUAUAGAUGAAAGAUUCUUUCAUCUAUACAUUUCUAAUAUGCCCAACUCAUUACAAGAAAGUAUUUAUCUUUGCUGUGUUAUGUGUGGAUAAUUUAAGUGCAGAGAAGGUUACUUGGCCAGCUGAGGCUUUUAUUAGAGAAAGCUGCCUCUUGUACAUGCUACCACUUACUUUAGGUAACCUACUGAGCUCCACAGUGAUGAAGCAAUGACAGGAAGAUUUCAAAUGACAGGAAGAUUUCAAAAAACACCCAGCAUCAUACACAUUGCUGCAGUUUUGGAGCAAAGCUUCAAGCACUUUCAUGCCUAUUUGGAGACACUAGCCUUUUCUACCAUGGUUCCCUCCAGAUGUUUUCAACUACAGCUUCAUCAUUGACUAAGCUGGGUGGGGUUGAUGGGAAUUGCUGUCCAAAAGAUCUGAUGGGUACCAGGUUGCCUCCAACAGCAAUGUUUUGGGAGUUUUGAUCAUCUGCUGUCCCAUCACACCUCCCAAAUAAACUCUUCUUUUCAAAAGUCAAUUUCUGGAGAAGACGAAAAGCAGCAAUGCCAGAUAAAGGACCUACUGGGGCCUCAGGUAGUUGCACUGAAAUGAAAAGCAUGUACAGUUCCAAAGCUCACAUUCUGAAAGAGAUCAUGUUUGCGGAAAAAUGGAGAAGUAUGUUGCUGGUUAUACUAAAUUCAGUUUCUAAUGAGGUCAGUGUUCAGUCUUCAAAUUCACUGUAGAAAAAUGUUCCAAUAGUAGAUGGAAUUCAUUCUCUGAAAUAAUUCAGCUGUGACAGCCCCCUGGAGUAUGCUUCCUUAUGAGUAGGUUGAAAUGAAGUUGGCCAGACUGGCAUUGCCAACUGUUGUGAACCCGAAGUUGUGGCAAGGAUGGCAUCAGACAAAUUCUAGCAUCAAACACAUUUUUAUUCUCCCAGGCACUUGGACAGCUUGGGCUUUUGGCAGCAACUGAUGCUCACCUUGUACGGAGUGAAUCGAUAAUUUGUGUUGUUUUUGAUGAUCCUUUCCCCCCCCCCCCCGCCCUUUUGGAUGACCUUUUUUUUAAGCAUAUCAUAUUUGUAUUGACUUAUUAAAUUUAUUGUGGAUUGUGUAUUUUUAUUAUUGCAAAUUGUUUUGGAACACCCCUGGGAUGUGUGAAUAAAUAUUGAUAGAUUUAAAAGCAUUUCUGAACUGCUUAAUAUGUAAACAAACUGUACAGAAAUAUAAAAAUUUAAAAUGUAAUAAAAACAGUAAAAAGGGAUUAUAAUAACUAGGGAAAAUAUAUUAUGAAAACAGAUAAAAGCAGGAAUACAGUAAUAACAGGGUGUAUUCUUUUGGUCAGGGAAAGCUUGGGCAAAAAGAAUACAUCUUUGCAAGAUGUCUGAAGCAAAGGAUGGAUAAUGCUUCACGUAUGGCAGAGGAAAAUACAUUCUGGAAUGCAGGGGCAAUGGCAGAAAGGGGCCCUUUGCUGAGUUACCACCCUGUUAUAUUCUGAAUAAACUUUCCCCAGAUGUUCUACAGAUCUUGCAGGUCUUUACAGGGACAGGAGGUCUUACGGGUAACCUUGUUGUUCAUUGUCUACUAUAUUUCUUGCCCACCCUUCAUCAUAAUGUCCCAGGGUGGAUUAACAUCUGAAUAUAACUGAUACAAUACAGUGGUACCUCCAGGUUACAGACUCCGCUAACCCAGAAAUAUUACCUUGAGUUAAGAACUUUGCUUCAGGAUGAGAACAGAAAUCGUGCAGUGGCAGCAGGAGGCCCCAUUAGCUAAAGUGGUGCCUCAGGUUAAGAACAGUUUCAGGUUAAGAACAGACCUCCAGAACGAAUUAAGUUCUUAACCCGAGGUACCACUGUACAAUCAAACAAGUUAAAACUAAACCAUCAGUCCGGAACAGAGUAGAUGUCUUGGUAAAGGUGGUCAGGGUUAUUUCUGCCACACAGUUCUUCCCACAAACAUGCUCUCUAGGGAAGGGGAAGAAACAUUGUGGCUGGAGAGAUUCUCAGGGUAGAAUCACAUGUCCAUUUCCCAUGGAGGUGCUAUUUUAAAACUUCCCAUAUGGUGAGGCUCGCUUUUGAAAGCUGGUCCGUAUUUCAAAGAGGCUAGGGGAACAUGGUAAUGGAGAGCUCUGAAGUUUCCACCAUUCUUUCCAUUGUCUCCUUGAGAGGGAGGUGGAAAGUAAAACGAUAGGCUAGCAGUAGGCUUUAGUGACUCAUUUGCUGGUUCAUUGAGUUUUCCUAAGACCAUAAGAAGAGCCCUGUGGGAUAAAACCAAAACUUAAGCUAGUCUAGCAUGCUUUCUCCUACCGUGGCCAACGGGAUGCCUAUGGAAUCCCAUAACCAGGAAAUGAACACAAGAGCUCCCUUCCCCUUCAACAGUGACUGAAAUUCAGAGGUCUACUACCUGUAGCUGUCAUGACAAGCAGCCCCUGAUAGCUUUAUCCUGCAUAAUUUUCUCUAAUUCCCUUUUAAUGCUGUCCAAGCUGGUGGCCAUCACCACAAAUUGUGGCAGCAAAUUCCAUAGCUGACUUUGCCAUUUCUGAAGAAGUAUUAUUAUUACCUAGAAUUUUCUACAUGCUAAAAUUUAACUCCUUUUGCCCAACAGUGGUUGAUUGGACACUGUUUGUUAUCCCUGAGCAUCCAUUCUUGCCCCUCCAGUGCAUGGGCACAUAAUCAAUGUACAGUACAAUGAAUCACUGUAUCUCUUUGCCUUCCACACUGGUAAAGCAGCCAAGUCAUAUUCCCUUCCUGUUUACUUGUCAUCUGGAAGACGGGGCAUUCUAUGCUUCUCCAUUAUGUAUUUCCUUCAUUUUUCAUCUUGUAGACAUCUGAGCCAGCAUAAGGUCAACCCCAUUCAGCAAAAUUCCUGGUUGGAAUGCUUUGCUCAGUAGGAAUAGUGUAACUGUAAAGUAAGCUCUUCCUUUUCUAGGUAAUCCAUCAUGAACCUUCUGUUUCUUGUCCAUAUUAAAUCACAUUUCUAUUACAACAAGGAUAAGGACUUCUGCAGGAAAGGAGUUUUUCAUCAUUUUGGAUCAUUGGUCAAAGUAGUUCUUUUGUUGAAAUAUCUGGUUUUUAUCUGGAAAAGUGGGGGUGUACGCCACUGGAGGUGUCUGCAUUUUAAACAACUGUCAAAACAUGAGUUAUUGCAUGAACUAUGACAUCUAGAGAGGUUAAACUGAGAGGUGAGAAAUCAUAAAUGUCCAGACUGAAUUCCAGAAUGUGAGGAAUGAGAGGUGCAGUUGGAAGAUCAUCUAGUUUAGGUGCUCCCCAUAAAAUUAUUUUAUCUAUGCCUCAGUCUCUAGGGCCUAUACCAGGUCUCUUAGCUAAUCCCUUAUUGUCUACUCUGAAGCCUAAGAAUUUCAAGCAAAGGUCUAUCCUGUUCCUUUUAACUGGGACUUCUAGAGAUUGAACCUGGAACCUUCUGCAUGCACCGUGGAGCUAUAGUUCCUUCACUACUGGUAGAUCUGAAUGGGCAUUCCUUAAGUAUCUUCCUCAACCCUUACUUGUGUUUUUUUCUGAUUUCUUUCUGCUUUGGUACUCCUGCUUCUCCCAGCAGCAUCAAUGGACCCGCUUGCAAAUUCUUUGGAGACUGAGGCUACUGAUAAGGAUGAUAUGGUAUUACUGAACGAGAUUCUCAAUGCGUCUUCUUUGGACGACGGCGAAUUCAGCAGAGAGUGGACAGCUGUAUUUGGAGAGGACCCACUUGCUGACAUGCCCACAAGCUCUUCCGCAGGAGAAAUGGAGAACAAUAAGUCAUCAGCGUCAGGCUUCCUUCCUUCUCAGCUUUUAGACCAAAACAUGAAUGACUUGCAGUCCUCCCUUCAAGGUAGGUUUAUUUUAGGCUGAUUAGCAAACAGAUGGGCUCAGUCCACCAACCUGAUGCCGAGCGCUAUGCCAUGCAUGAAUGCAUGUGAACUAAGACACAUACUUACUUGGGAGGAUAUAGCCAUAACCACUAAACCAGAGCUUUCCAAACUUUAUGUUGGUGACACACUUUUUAAACAUGCAUCAUUUUGCGAAGCAGUAAUUUCCCCCCCAGCCCCGGGAGGAGCGUGGGGAGCGAUUGCAUGACACACCUGCAUACUGCAGCCAACACACUAACAUGUCGCAACACACAGUUUGAAAAGCUCUUCACUAAACUGUAGGAUAGUGUUAUGUGCAUGAACCUUGGGCUUAAGUGCUCUCUCCCUCUCCCUUUACAACCAUGAGGAGAUAAUUAAUUUAUUAUUAUUAUUUAAUUUUGUAUACUACCUUAUACUUGAUCAAAUAACUGGUCCAUCGAACUCAGUAUUGUCUCUAGUACUGACUGACAGUAGUUUCAGACGGUUUCUCCCAGCCCUACCGACAGAUGCCAGGGAUUGAACCAGGGGCAAUUUGCAUGCAAAGCAUGAAAUUUUAACCUAACCAGUUGGUUGUUUUGUCCAAAUUGGGACAAACUGUGGUUAGGAUAAACAGUGGUUUGUCAGAACAAGCCAGGAUCAAGCCAUGGCUUCUGAUCCUGGCUUCUUUGGAUAAGCAUAGGGAAACUUAACUGUAGUUCCCAGUUCAGACAAAACAACAAAUUGCAGUUAGUUUAAAAUGGAAAUGAAUGUUUACAAUCUCCAUGCAGACAGGAGGGAAGUAGGCUUGUUCACAUAAAGCUGAACCAGGUCUUAGCCAACAUUACAUCUGAAUCAGGUCUCUUCUCUCAGUCACGCUAACACUCUCCCAUGAGGUUUGUAGGUGUGCCUUCCAGGAAAUAGCUCCUUCCCUUGGGUUACUCACACUAAGCUCAUUUAUGCAUUUUCCUCUCCCUAUUUUUACCCUGCCUUAAGUAUCAGUUGGCUACUCUGGUGCUGUAAAAUAGAUGCAUCUGCACAACAGGCUCAGAAUGAAAGUGCUUUGUUAGUUUGCAGCUCUUGUUGCUUCAGUGCUCCGUGCACAGCAGACCAGCCUCCUUGCUGCCAAUAUUCUAUGUUAAUCUCUCUGCUGUUUCUUGGGCAGAUGGUGGUUGUGGGAGGGAGGCGUAGAGGGUGAAAGGAAAAAAUUGUCUCAUUAUUUUUAGAGUGAAGGGAUGACGUGUGUGAAGGGUUCUUAACUCCUCCAGGGUGUUAACGUGGGCUGGUUUGCAUGUCAUUUGUUGAUGGGAAAAUUAUUCCUCUGACAUUCCUCAGGUAGAAGAAAAUAGUAGAGCCUGGAGUAGCAAUAAAAAAAGCUGUUGUUAAAGGGACCUUGUCAAGACUGGCAUGCCUAAAAUAGGAGCGUGUCAUCAGUGAGGCUUCAGUGGCUUCAGUCCAAGCACUUUGGCUUAAUAGGCCUGUGGACAGGGGCAUAUCUGGCCUCUUUGUCUAGCGUAGUGCAGAUGCUUAAUGGAACUGAAGUACUCAGAUUUUUAAGGUGAUAUGGCGUAGGAAAGUCACUAAGAGGCAAACCAGACACAGUGGGGCAGAUCUGCGAACAGGAUCUCCUAUGAUUGUUGGUAGCUGCUUUUUUAAUUACAAACUAUCACCAAGGGUAGGGAGGGCAAUUAAAUUUAAAAGCAGCCAGUGAGUGGGAGAGAUGUGUGAUACCUGCAUAUUGUUGUGGCAAAUAGCUGCUUUUGGAUGAGUGUGAUUUAAAUCGGGAAAUGGCACAGAUGGGGAAUGGUUAGACCUUUCUCCCCCAGCACUGUGGCCCCAGUGUAGAUCAGCUACUUUUAAAUGAAAACUAUCGUUCACAAAUCUUCCGCAUUGCAUACGGUUUGGUGCUAAAAGACUGAAUAGUGAGCCAGGAGGUCUCUAGUUUGAAUCUUGCUUUUGCCCUGAAUUGAAGGCGGCUGUAUCCCACCCCACCACACCCAGUUUGGACUACGGGCCUGUUCUCUUCCCAACUCUUUCGAACCUGCAGUCUUGUACAUUUGUUGUUACGCAGUUGGGGCUGCAACACAGUCACAGAUCACUUAAAGGAACGGCUGGUGGGGAAAUGUAUUAUUUACGACAUUUGCAGAACGCUUUCUUUUUUGCCAAAUGCAAUUAUGUCAUUCCUUUUCUAAGAAACCCAUAGUGCAGGCUGGGACCCCAGGCUGAAAGAGCAUGACUUCCCCAAGGCCAAUGAGGGAGAUCAGGGUGGAGCAAGGGCUGGGGUUCGUGUCUCCUUGGUUCACUGCCAACACACUUCACUUCAGAAGGAACACAACUGUUUGCAAUGCUAUUAUCUAUGACAUCCAGCACAAUAUGGAGAGAGGUUGUUUUCCUUCUAAGUUAACCAGUAAAAGCUAUGCCCUGUUAAAUAAUUGAAGGUGUAUUAUAAAUGCAAGUAACCUCUCAUUUUGCAUGGCUGAGGAGCCAACCGUGGCAACUAUUUUUCAGAAUUUCCAUUCCUAGUAAUGUAAGUGGUUUUCUUCCAAAGUACACAGGCUUUGCUUGUUAAUUGAAAAUGUCUCUUUGCUAGGAUUAUUUUUCAGAGAUCUGUUUAGCGUAUGACUGGCAGAAAACAAGUCUUCUUCAACUGCAAAUUACUGCCUUAUUCCACAAUGCCUGUUAAGUAAACUAGAGAACUUACUGUUGUGUGAUCAAAGCAGUUAUGUACAGGUUGCUAGCUUUGUGUCUCAGUUUCCCAUCUAGCUAUUAAUUAUCUUUGAUGGCAUCAUAUGUUAAUAGAGCAGAUGUUUUUGCUUGUAUAAGGUUCCAGGUAAAAUCCCAAGCAUUUACAAAUAAUAAAAUACCUUGGAGCAAACAAUGCUAUACAAAAGCAUCCUGGCAGACUGAAAAAACCUUCUGCUAAGUCAGGUUCCUAACUGUGUUCAUGUCGUUAGUUAUUGCUGAUCAAUUAAAUUGAUUAUCUGUUUUUAAAAAAAUAAUAAUGGAGUGUUAGACUUCUUCCAUCUCAUUUACUUUAGUGGGAUUAAAGCAUCUUAAAGCUGGUUUCAGAUGUAAUAAAAAACUACGAUUACGCUAACACCACAGUUGAAGAUCCCAGUGUUCAGUGUUACAUCUGAACCAGAUCAGUUUGUGGGGAAGCUCAAGUUCAGACAUUGAAACAAACCAUGGUUUACCCAAGUACUCCGUGGUUUUGUGUUGCCUCUGAAUUCAGCCUGUGCACAACAUUUCAGCAAUUUAUCAACUAAGCAUGCCUGUUAAUCCCCAUACCAGCAAGGAGGCAGGCAUCAUACAGGCAUGCUUCACUUCAGACGUGGGAUAAGAAUAUAUGGAACACUUUACAUCCACCGGAAAUUGUCUUAAUUAUAUUUUCCUGUCCGCUUAGUCUUUUAUCCAGUAAAUACAGCCUUUGUCUUUUAGUCUGUUUUGUCUGCCUUUAAAACCGUAUUGUUACUGCACCCAUUUAUUCCCAGUCUUCACUUGGUCCUCCAGGCACUAUUGUACUGCAAGAAACUGUUAUUGUUGAAGGGCUCCCUUUGCAGGUGAAAGAAGGCAAAAAGAACAAAUGAUCUGAGUGUGUUUCAGUCAGUCCACUGAUUAUGUCACUGCCUUCUCUGGCUACUUUUCUAACUGCAAAGACUGCUUUAACAAAAAGGCAAUCCCUUUCUCCACUCCUACCUGUAUUUCAUUUUGAUAAUAAUAAUUAUAGGAAUCAUUUUUAAUUUAUGUGUACAGGAGCUUUUUUCUGUGGCUGAACAAUCUAGCUGUUGCUUCCAUUUUUAAAUUUAAUUGAGGUCAAGAUAAUGACUGCUUGCUUCACCUUUUCCACAUUUGUACAGUUGCUGGCAGAAGAGUAGGAGGUUUGGUUUCCUUAAUGUCUCACUGAUAAUCUUGCGUCUAGUCAUAUCAUGAGCUGCUCUUUGAGCAGCCAGCUAGUAAGCACCAAUAUUUUUUCCCCAAAGGCCAAUUUCCCCUGUAAACUAAACUUUGCUUGUAUUAGCAAUGGAGAACACUACUUUGUAACAUUAUUCAAAAGUUUUUCCUAACCACCCUUUUGGACCAAACUUACAGACCCAUAGGGCAAGUGUCAGGCACCUGAACUGCUAGUAGUAAUACUAGCAGAUCUAUUACAGAAGGGCUGGAGCCUGUUUGUUGUGGGAGCCUUUUCCAGACGGUAGGCUGGAUUGACUCCUGUUCACUAUUUGAAACGGCAGUCUGAAGGUCCCCACUCCCAGUCAGCAGAUAGAUCUGCUCAAGAGCUCUGCUAACAACUUCAAAAAUAUCAGUUGUCAAAACAAGCUGUACUGUUAGUUUCAGUAGAUGAAUGGAUUUGAUGGAGCACUCAAGACAGUUAAAGUGAAUGCAAAAAAAAACAAACAAAAAGACUCAAAUACAACCCUGUUGCAGUAACCGGUAAGGAAAUGAGAGUUGUUUAAUUUCUAUCCCAAAGUACACAAGAAGAAUUUACAACAGGAUUAAAGUAACAUAAUACAAAGUACAAAAUGUAAAGACCUACAUAAAGCAAUGAAGCCAGAGCUGUAAAGCAACAGAUCAGGACAGGAUUUUUAGAAAUUGUUUUUAACAGAAGAGUUUCAAGCUUCAAUUAUUACUGUCGUGAGCAGUGUGAGCUCGUUAAGUAAUUAUAGCUGAUUGACAGAAAUGCAACUGUUAUUGAAUUUUAGGUUGGGCAGCCAGCAGCAUUAGCCCUACGCCUGUCCCACAGACCGCCCAGAAAUCCAACAGCGUGAACACGACCAUCAACAAGACACCUAUGAAAGGUGACAAACACGUUACUCUUUGAUUGUGUGUGCACCAACACAGCAAUACAAAGCUUAGAGUUUGCCAGGUGUUUGGUUUUGUGUGUGUGUGUGUGUGUGUGUGUGUGUGUGUGUGUCUGUGUGUGUGUGUAGUCUUGCAACUACAUAAAAUGGCUUCCUUUCAGGAAUUGUCUUCUAAUUAUGCUCUAAUUGGCAAGUUAUUUAAGUAAUCGGCACUUGACUAUCAAUGCUUGCUUGUUGGUUGACGUUAAAAUGUUGCCAAGACCUGAGUGGAGAUGUCCUGUUUCAGCACCGAAAACUCCACUGGGUCAUCACUUGGUCACGCUCUGUGUUGACAAAAUCCCUUUCUAGAGACGCUCUAGGAACUCAAGUACUCCUGGCUGCAGGCAGAAUGGACCCUUAGGGCCCUCCCAGUGUUGGGUCUUUGGUGAUCUCCCUUUCCAUUUUUGCACAACCUCCAAAAGGCUCAUCCAAGUGAAGAUGAUUUCAUUAAAAUACUAUGAAGUGGUUGGGAAUGGAGAAACCAUGAGCCAAUCCACCAAUUGAGGGAGUUUGUGGGCUACCCUCCUCUUCUCCCGAUGUCCCUGUGCUUAGGAGCCAGGGAAGUAGCUAAUUGCUAAAAAGGCCUUCUCUGUGAUGGCACCUAAAUUAUCAAACUUCGUCUUCAAAUGUGUUUUCUGAGCAACAUCAUUGUUAUAUUUCAAGAAAAACCCAUCCCAAUAUCUUGUUUGUGUUCUUAAUGAUGUUUUAAUGGCAGUUAAGAUCCUCUUAAUUUAUUUUUUACUGCUGUUAUGUGAUAUAUUCGUUUUUACCUGCCAGUUAUGCUGCUUUAGUUUCCAUUAUAUUUUACUGCAAUAUAUUGGGUUUUUUCCUAUUGUAGUCAACACUGUAAGGGCAGUGUGUGUGUGUGUGUGUGUGUGUGUGUUGCAAAUUAUAUAAAUAAAUAAUAGAGAACUGUAAACCGCUUUGAGAUUUUUCUAAAAAAUGUAAGAAAAAUAUAGAAAUGAAAUAAUAAUAACUGCAGAAUAUUUAAAUUUUCUGUCAAAAGCAAUAGAUGAAUAUGGGUUCUAUCAGGCAUAUAUUAUAUAUUUUCAUCAGUAGUGCAUUCUAAGUCCAUACCAUGUUUGCUUAUGUCAGCAUUAGUAUAUUUUUUAAAAAAACAACAACUGUCAAGCAAAAAUCUUAACUUCUUGGGGAUUGUUUGUCUUUUUUUUUUUCCUUUUUGCAGAAGCUGCAAGUUCCUCUAAAGAUCUAACGGCUUGGUUUAGCCUCUUUGCUGAUCUGGACCCCUUGUCCAACCCAGAUGCAGUUGGGAAAACAGAUAAAGAACACGAAUUGCUCAAUGCAUGA